CUCCUCCUCCUCCUCUUCUUCUCUUGUGUCUCCUCUUCUUCUUCUCCUCCUCUUUCUUGCUCACCACAACACUUGUUCUUUCUCGGGAGCAAUAUCCCGGCAGCCCCCUUUCGCUCUUGCCCCGCCUGCAUCAUGGGUAAAGACUUUACAGUCAGGGGCCAUCGAUUGCUCUUAUCAAAUAAACAGAGUGGCACCAGCGGCUGCACGGACCCCACCACCACCACCACCACCACCACCUCCUCCACCCCUGUCUCCUAAUCUCAAACCCUCCCUCCCCUUCUCUAAUUCCACCCCACCUCUUCCCCUGCACGAGAGCCCUAGCAGCUGUGGUCCCAUGUAAAUUUUACAUGAUUGGCACCUCCUUACACCCUCCCCUUCAUAUCAUAUUGCAUAUUAAUGCAGAGUUUAUGCAACUGCUAUCAUGUCCAGGCCUUUCCCUGGGAAUUUGCAUAGUUGAUUAGAGUGCCUGAAGUGCUUGAUUGUUGCAUGGGUGAGUUUAUUUGAUGCUGAAAUGUGAUAUUUGCUCUUAAGACACGGGGAGGAGGAGGGAAGGGAGUCUGGGGAGCAGAAACGGUUCCCCUUGACCCUUGAAAUGCAACAUAAUCCCACGUGGCCCUGUUUGAUUAGGGGGCAUUUUUUCCUGUCUAAUUGUUGUCAUCAGGACUCGCACUAUCAUUGCGCAUCUGGAAGCACUUUGACAUCAAGAGUCAGCGGUUCUCCAAAAAAGUUGGCUUCAAGGAAUCUUAAAGGUCCGCGAAGGCCAUGCAUGCAUGCGUUUUGCAUCCUCCCUUCCUUUUGGCGAGACGAGGAUUUCUGUCUCUGUAUUCUGUAUUUUUUAAAAGUUUGAUUUCAUUAAGUUGAAAUUAUUCUGAUCAGAGAAGAAACUUAAGAACAAAGGUUUUAUCUGCGCAUUUUACACCAGGUCUACAAGUCGUUUCUUAAUCAAUAACAACAAAAACUCACAUUGGGGGUCUCGGGGACCAAAUCCAAUUAAAUAGGGACCCUUGGCAUAAGGUGUGUCUAUUUGGGGGUCCUUGACAUGAAAACGUUGAAGAAGCCCCUGAUCUAAGUGACUGAGGCAAAGGGCUGCAUUGACAGUCUUUGUUUCUUUUUUCUCUUCACCCCCUCCCUCCCUCUCUUUCUCCUUCUCUCUGUCUGUCUCUCUCUCUCUCUUUAAAAGGGAGCGGAAGAGUGGGCUGAUACCGGUCUCAUGUUGCGUAUGGAUUUUCGUUUAUAUAAUCGAUUGAAAUGUCCCAAUACAUUGAUUUUGGGUUCAGUGUUUUACAAACAAGCGUUUAUGGGUCUUGAUUUUAUGUUAGGGAUGAUUCCAGUGUGACACCAGCGCGCAAAGAAGUCGGAGUUGUUGAUUUUUAAAUACAUGAUGCAAAUAAAAACAAAUAAUUAUCAAUUCUUUAAUUGAUUGAGAAUAAAACAUAAAAGUGAUGCAGAUUAGAAGGAGGUUAAAAAAGAGAGGAAAAGGGGUGAAAAAGACACAAUAUUGUGCUGCCUCUCUCCUUAAUCAAAUAAAGUGGUGUAAAAAAAACACGCACGCACACACACACAAAAGCAUUUCCUUCCCUCUGAAUUUCUCCUUGAAUUAUAUGCCAUCACUAGUGUGUGUGAUUGCGGAAUAUUAAAUUAAAGUGGGAUAAGUCCGCACCGAGGCGGGCUGCGUCCAAUCCGCAACUCAUUUCCCCUGUUGUAGCACCGCAUCACUGCGCUCCUCUCUUUUCAAUGACAAUGUGCCAAAUCUGGGCAUUUUGAAAACACUUUCCAUAUGCUAUUAUCGGAUCGCUACUGAGCAAGAGAAAGACAGAAAGGAAGAAAAACGGAAUGUUUUAUACCAAAGGUACCGAGAUUCUACAUUUUUAUUCCUCUUCUCUUUCAAUGGCUGAUUGUACUUUUAUGCUUUUUGGUGGAUUUAAAGGAGGUAAGAGGAGGUGAUUUUGAAGUUUUUAUAACGAUUGCAUAUUUAUGGAUCGCUGUUGGGUGGCUUUAAGACUUUAAGUGUGAAAACGUCGAGAAAGUUUACGGCGAGCAUUUAAGGACAGAAAAGCUGUUUGUGUUUCUCAGAUUUGACUCGUUUUUCCUCAUUUAUUCUAACAAAAGGAGACUUUGUUUUUGAGCACUUCUCUCUGGAGUUCUACCUUGUCUGUUUGACAAAGUUGAAGAAACAUUUUGCUUGGAGAUUUAUUUAGCUGGAAUCAGACAGAAUAAUUAUGACAUUUUUGAUUUAUUUGCUCUUAGUUGAUUCUGCAGCUUGGCAACUUGAUUUCUGAGGAUUUCUUUUAUUUUGCAAAGAUCAUAAUACGACUCAGAUCUUUGCACAUAUUUUGACAUUUUUGAUUUUUAAGUGCAUUUUAUUCACGCUUAAAUAUUCUCAUAUGCAUGGUAUUUUUUCACAUUGUUGUCAUGCGUUGUAAGAGUCACACUUAACUUGUUAUUGUCUGUUUUAUGGGCCUUUGUGCACCUUGUUUGUGCGCGUGUUUGCGGGACGAGACUUGGCCAGUGGGUCACUGUGGCAGGUUGCAGGUCAGAGCUGUGGACUUUUGGCGUGCUCUUCUUCUUCUUCUUUUUUUUUUCUUAGUUGAGAGGGAGAGUGUGUGUGUGUGUGAGUGUGUGUGUCCUGAGGAGGCACAGGGGUCAGCCAUGCAACCCCACGAGGGCGCCGACGCAUAGGACAAACAAGGUGGAGGUCUGAGAGCAAAUCCUCAAAACACUGACCAGGUGACUGCUGUAUGGCAGACAUGAGGAUAUGAUACAAGAUUUGAAAAUAGGAGAACAAAUAACAUCAAACCUGUGUUUUAGUUUGACCUCAGAGGAAAUAUCGAUUAACCAGCAGUGUGGCUUCUUUCUGCGUGUCAAGCCUUUAUGGAAAUAUCCGGACGAUUCAAAGUUAUUGAUCUACUGAAGUGGCAUAAGAUCACUAUGAGUGCUCAAAGCUCCUUCCACGCCACACGCUGCUCAAAAUAUAACAAGCACACGACCUUUUAAUGUUUGAUAAUUACAUUAGAAUUAAAAGAGUUAAAUUUCGGACACUGGGGUCCAUGUUUGGGGUGCUGUCACUGAGAAAUUCCUUGUUAUUUUUAUUCCAUUUGAACGCAAAAAAUACAGACACACUCGCACACACAGACAAACACAAGCAGGCGCACACACACAUCUACAGACACACCACCAGAGCGGAGUUUACAGAUAAAAAUCUAUAAUUAAUUGAGGAUGCUGCUGAUAUGGAAAUGGGGCGAAAUAUUAGUUAACGCGGUCUAUUGUGGAGCGGUCCUCCGGAGAAAGAGCAUCGUCUGCAGGGAGAGAGGGAGGGUGGAGACCGGGGGGAUUUACAAAACGCAGGAGGUUAAGAUAAGCGAUAGUCUACAGCAACUAUAUAUAUCCGUUUGUACUUUCUCUCUAUUUCGUGUGGAACAAAUAAAAAUUAAAGCGCAGUUCAGCGUAAAAUGACAACGCGCGCAAGAAGAAGUGGAUAAAGUAGAUCCUCUCACAGAAAUGAAGAUGCUCGAAUGGAAAAAAGAGACAAAAACGCUGGUUUACGUCUAUAAAAGUCCUCCGUUUAGGUGUGAAAAGUCGCAAAUGAGAAAUAGGUCCAUUCCAUGCAGCUUUGGAGACCUCGACGCACGGCCCCCGGUUUUUGCGCGUCCGCUGCAGCAGCGGGGCAGACUCGAUUCCCCAAGCCGUCUGUUAGCGACGCCUCCGAAGGCUUGACAGGCUAGAAACCCCCCUGGAGGACAGGCAGGCAGCUGCAGCAGCAGUAGCGGCAGCAGCAGGAGCCUUGGAUCCGGGUGAAAAGUGACGCCUCUGUUCCUCACCUCGACCCACCCACCCCCCUUUUUUUGUCGGAGACCUCUCUAAACCCAGAAUAAACAGCCUCGGGUCGGGUCGGGCUCGGAUCUCUUGGCUUCUUAAGGAUCCAGUUGGUACGGGGUGCAGUCCAGUCAAUGUGGCUGCAAAGUAGACCUAGUAGUUCACUUGCCAGCAGCAGCCUUAUCAUCACAUCCCAAGCCCCGGCUCAUGCAGUUCAAUUCACCCCCAGCUUCGAUUUUUUCCAUGAAGGCGAACAAGAUCUCUUGAUUUUCUCCCCGAUUGAGACUGUGUAAAGUCUUCCUCUUGCCCAACAGCCACUAUUAAAGCAACCGGGGGGGAAACACACAGUAAACGGUUUGCAUUGAAAGGCUAUAGGGCCAACAGAGCGAUGCACUUUGUAAGGACACUAAAUGUAAAGGCAAGUGAAUAGAGCUUUGAAUAGAGAGGGGGAUUUUUAGUCUGACCCUGUAUUGGAUUUUGCAGUUUGGCUCUAUUGAACCCACGCGGGGCCUCAGCGGUCCCGAAAGGGCAGUGAUGACUUUCCAACAUGUGCAGGAUUACUGGGAUGCAUCAUGGCUUUGACUUUUAAGCUCGAGUGUUUAUGUGUUUCAUAUUUGCAACAGAUCACAUACAGGCUCCUUUCUGCGAGAAAAAAGCGACGACAUUAUUAGAAAAUAUGAUGAAAAAGACAAAAACUGUGUAUCCAUGUGUGGCGUAAAUUACGCACACAUGUGUAUGAGUGGCUUUUGUGCCUUUUUCACAUAAAUGAUGUUAUCUAUUAAAUGUUCUGCAGGCCCCGUUUUCAAGCACGCCACGAGACGGUUUUGGUGUGUUUGAUGUUCGGUCGUAGGUGUGUGUUUUACAGUGGCAAAAUCUUAUUUACCAAGUUUCAUUAAUUUUCAUAAAUUGUCUCAAAGCUCAAAGAAACUCGCAGGUGUGUCUGUGCUUUUACAUUUCACGGAUAUACGCAGACUGUUUCUCUCCGAGCAUCUUCACCUGUGGUGUCAUAAUCAAGCAAAUCAAGCUGAUGUAUAAAAAAAAAACACAAAUGAGCAUCAUGUUCAGAGAGAAAUAAUCCUGUUUAUUAUGUUUAAUAAAAAAAGAGGAAUUGUGUUUAGGUGUAUUUUCUGUACAAGGAUAAGAAACUGAACUGAACGUGUUUUCUUGAGAGUAAAAGAUACCUUCUAAGUAUUAAUUCUUCCAAGUACUUAGCAAUGAGUGCAGCCUGUUUGCUGUUGCAGGAAGCGCUUGUCCAUUGUUCUACAUGUGAUUUGGCCCUUGGAGAGAAACCGUACAAAAGGAUUUUUCUGCGCGCAUAGACCUCUGCGGCCGCCAGGGCUCCGUGUGCGCGUCAUUUGCAAUGUGGAGACUGUUGAUCAACUCACUAAUUACACUUCUCUCCUCUAUCUCCCUCCCUCUCCGUCUCUCUUUUGCACCCUCCCUCCCUCUCUCUCCCUCUCUCUCUCUCAUUCGCCCUCUCUCUCUCUCUGUCUCUCUACCCAUUCCCAGAGUGCAUAUCGGGAAAUAGACACACAAAGACAUGCGCACUCAACUUAAUCAGCCAUUUUUUUAAACAGGGCUAAAACGAUAAUAAUUAGCAGAAUAAAGACAUAUCGGAUUUUCAUUUCCUUUCCUCCGUUUCCCGACCCCCGUCCACAAGAGAAACUGCGAGGCAGCCCGUCGACACGUCGUUUCACCGCCACCGGAACCAAAAUAAGGGAUAGCUCUCUAAGCGCUUGACAUUUGUGGUUUUACCCCCUUUUCCCAACAUAAAGUUGGAGGAUUAUUGUAAUUUUCCCUGUUUUUCCACGUUUUGAUUGUCCACUAACGCAAGCCGCUGGAUGUGACUGUUUUAAAAGCCAAGAGCAAAGAGAGAAGCGGAGGUGACGGCUUUGGAGGGGGAAGAAAGUAAGUUUUUUUUUUCCUUUCCACCUCUCCCUUUAACUUUUAUUGAGUAGUUUGGGGUGUGUGUUAAAUUUAGGGGUCGGGUAUCGAUUAUCUAUCUCGCUGGUGGAUCUUUGACAUCGGGGCUGUUUGGAUAACAGGUGCUGGGUUGUUUUAAGUCCAGAAUAAAGGUGGAUAUCGGGAUGUUAGAGCAACUCCGGCGCUUUGGCUCCAAUAAACCGAGCGGCUGACAGGGUCGGAGGCGUUCUUACGCAUGUGUCCGUACUGCUACAGAGGGAUCUCACGUCCAGACCUGCCGUUUUUGCAAACUUAGACGAUUCUUAGUGAGAAAACGCUCCGGAGAGAGGUAGACUGAGUUGUACUCCUCGGUAGUUUGAACAGAUGAGACGAGCGUUUCUCUCCUUUUGUGGCUUUGCGGUGCGGAUAUGCUGUUUGCCUUUUCCAGGAGUCCGAUCCCUCGGACAUGUCCGCUCUGAGCAUGUUUCCAGCCGAGGGGUCCGGCUCACUGGUUUCACCCACUUCCUGGCUGCUUAUUUCACUCCCCAGAUAUACUAUAUUUUCAUUUGGGGGAAAUUUUUAGAUGAACUGCAGCGCUUUGAGCCGGUUUUUACACCGGGAUUCGUGCACCUUCACCGCUCGAAGUGACACGAUCAGACUCUUGGCACGAUCUCCUUCUUUUCCUUUGCUCAGAAGUGAAUAUAUUUCAAAAUAGUCCGAGUAAAAAACCUGUAUUCAACCACCACUUCAACAGCAAAGUGCAUGUCCCUCAUCGUAGUCCACGCAUCUGUACCUGCUGCGUUUAAAAAGUAGUCCCACUUUACCGAGGCGUGGGUGGCUGUGUCGCCCAGGAGGGAGAGCGAUCGUUGGGCUACUGAUAGCACGGCGAGUCCCUUCAGAGGCAGCCGACUCCUGGGUCCCCCCUCUGUUUGUCUUUCGCACCGGCAUUUUCAAACCAAGACUGUAUCCACAACUCACACCUUUUUACUAAGCUUUAACUCAUUUUCAAUUCCACCUUUAAGUCCCAUUUUUGAGUUCCAGUUUUCGCCGGUGGGUUUUGAUAUUUCCUCGCAUAAAUUGUCCCUCUCUAUUCGGCUUAAAACAUCUCCUUCAAGUUGUCGAUAAAAGAUGCUGUGUAUUAAUUUGAAGCAGACAGAUUGCAGAGGAAGGGCUUCUCAGGUGUUUUUGCGCCCUCAUGGCUGUUUUUUCAGCUUAGGUUGGAUAGACUUGGCUCGGAUUGGGACGCGACAGUGACAGGGGGGACAUCGAUCGCACGGGAGGAGAAAAAAAAACAAAACAUCAGGGCCAAGGGGCCAGUCAGUCUCCAACCCGGGUAUGUAGCAGUGUAGUGAGUGUAGAGAGACGGUGUUUUAGCCAGACGACUUUUCUCUUCUUUUCUUUACAGGACUAUCUCCCAUUUAUUUACGGCUUUUUGGAGUUUUUACGUUUGGAUUUCAGAGGCUUUUUAAUUCCCAGAAAUAGACUUUUACAGUAGUGUGUUUACACUUUUUGAUUCCUUCAGAUUAUCGAUUGCUGACAGCUUUUUGUACACAAAGUGAGCAGCUUUUUGACCAAAAUACGGGAUUUUCUGCAACACACCAAGCAGCAAAUAAGAAGCGUUUUCACUCCUUGAAUAAUCAGAAUAAAUUAAUUUCCUCAUUAUCAUCAUUUUAUUCUAACUCUAUUAUUCUUUAUGAAUUUGAAGACUUGAGUUUGAAAUUUAAAAUAUUCAAGUUUUUUAUUUACCAGGUGGACUUAUUCUACCAGAUUAAUUUUAAAGUGAUGGAUACUGGAUUGAUAUUUCUACCCAAUCACACAAUUUAAUUGCAUCUGCAUAAAAUCGUAUGUUUCAUUACACAAAGAGGCCUGAUGAUAAAAAUCCAAAAAGUGGAAUUACGAGAGGAGAUGAUCCUGUCUAAUUGCAGUGAAUUUCAUCAGUUAAUGAUGCUAUUGUCUCACUCCAUAAUAACACACUGUUUUUAUUUUUCCUCGCUUGCAAAUGAGAGGAUUUUUUCGUAGUUUUAUGUUUACAGAAGCUCAGGCCCUCUUGUUUUUUUGUUUUUAUGUGCGGGCUUGUCUUAGCACUAUCAAAGACUGUAAGAGUGUGUGUGAGUGUGUGUGAGUGUGUGUGUAUCUCUGCAUGUUAGUUAAGCAGCUUGUAACCAGCCGCAGCAGCCGGGGUUGAGGGAUAAUAAAAAAACAUACAGUGUGAGAGAUGGGCAGACAGCCCUGAGAGGACAAUAGCUGUUGGCUUGAAAAUGCUUCUUGAUUAUUAAAAGCUAAUGCAUUUUCAGCAUUGCAGCCUUCAUUAAGGGUGCGGAUGGAGGAGGAGGAGGAGGAGGAGGAGGAGGGAGAGGGAUGAGAGGGUACUGGGAGGAGGAGGAGGAGGAGAGAGAGAAGGAGACAGGGGGCUGAGUCUGUCCUAUAACUCCUAGGCCCAAGACACAUGCAGCUAGAAGAUUGGCUCGGGCCUCUCCUAGGGGUCGACAAUGUGUCAUUUCCACCCGGCUAGAUUGCCCUCUGCCUAUCUGAUAUUAAUGUGCAAAUCAAUAUUUCAGGGAUUAAAUUUCCCUUCUUCAUUUUUUAUGGUUUCUACCUCAAUAAGUCUCCCGUCUAAUAGAGGAGGCUGGAUGAUUUAGAAGCCUUUGCUGCAGAAAGAGAGAGAGAGAAAUAGAGAGGAGCUUUGCAACAAGGCUAUCGCUGCAUUUUAAUGUUCUUCUUCUUCGUGGAUCCCCCAUAGGCCUUUAGUAAGGAGGGCUAUAUCGCCGCUUUACGCUGUAAAGACAGCCAAUUUGGCUAAAAAAGGCUGAAAGAGAAAAUAUGAGUCCGGUUGAAUACUUAAGACGCUGUGGUAAUCCGAGUAGCAGGUAUUAGCUGAGGGGAGCUCCCCCCCUUUUUUUUCAAAGACACACACACUCAGAGCUACAUCCAGACCUGCAUUACCAGCCGUCAUGCUUGGGUGAACAGUAUAGCUUACUACACGCCGCACUGCUACAACAAUAUAUUUUUUUUCUUCUUCUUCUCUUCCCCCCCUCUUUUUUUUUUGCAUGAGAGCCCAUCAACAUGCAUUGGGGGGAGAUUUACUCUCCUGCGUAAUAACAUCUGGCGUACGUGUGAUAGAAAUGAAUCACUCUGACACAAUGACCUGUGUAUGAUUAUUGGCGAAGGGAGGAGCGUAUUACCAUAGUCAUAAUGCUGCAUCUCAUUGAGAGGCGACUAAAUGAGCUUGGACCCUUUGACUCCCCAUAGACAUUCAUUAGGGGACACGGUGCGCGCAGCAGAGGCGUCCGUCUGCCAAAUAGGUGUGUGUCUGCAUGUGUGUUUAUUUAAUCCUCCUUCCUGUACCAUCUGGUGCGUGUAUACGUGCAUGUCCAGCAGCAGUAGCGGCAGCAGCAGCAGCACCACAGUGUGACCCCCUCCCUCCCUCCCAUCCUCUACCCUCCUCUUCCUCAUUCAGCUUUUGCAGCAGAGCAGAGGAGACUGUUUUAACAUCCCCUCGAUAGGGAGAGUGUCAGCGAGUGAAAACAUGGGGGAAAAAAAGAAGAGGGGAGAAAGAGACAGAGGAAGAGGCACAAAAGAGCUCUAAUUGUAGCACGACCGCUUGGCUUCCUCCCUGAUUCACGGCCAUUACGAUGUGAAAAGCACAACCGCCUGUCCUCCAUUAUCAAAACGGCAGGCCUACACACACUCUCACGUUCAUACACACAUAGUCACUGGGGGGAAUCAUGUAGAUUUUUUGUCUCUUAUCUCUGGCUCAAAUAGCUACUCUCAUUCUGGUCAGCCGCUUUGAGGAGAUUGAAUGUAUCCAGCACUCUUCUCCCACAGAUCAUGAGUGGUUUGGACUUUGAGAGUGAAAUGAAACUCGUCUCUUUUAGGUUUCCAAGCAGCCAGAAACAAAUAAACACAGUUUUUUUUUGUACCAACUGUAUUUCAUGUAGUUUGGCCAAGUUAUCUUUUUUCAGAAUCGCUCUUAAACACUUUUUUUUCAUCGUGUUUUAUGCAACGGGUAUUAUGCAACCGUUCAAAAGAUGCAAAGAGCUUUCUAACAGAAGAGUAUUUCAAAUCAAGGUGUGUUUUUCUUUCACCUCUGUAGUGUGUGUGUAAAAGGUGAUAGGCUGCAGCAGCAGUGUCAGGGUCCUCUGGCUCGACAAGGCCUGUAGGGGGAGAAGCUAAGAAGUCCACAGCAGCUCAGCAUUAUGUCCCAGAGAGAGAGGGAGAGCAGUGGGGAGGGGGGGCUUCCUUUGUCAGCCCUGGGGCACCACCGCUAACACACACUUUCUCUCUAUCACACACACUGAGCGAAAGGCGGAGGAGGGUUAAAGACUUGGAACGAGAUCAAGCCCUUCCGUAGCUCCCGGGGAGGGUGCUUGUGAAUAUGCGAGUUUUAGUGUAAUUAGCACUUAAUUAUAUUAACAUAUGCAAAUUGUCAGGCGGAGAGCUUGUACCGCCGGUGGGUAUCGGCUGAGAUACAAGUGACUCUAUUGUACCACCACGGCAGAAAAGAGAAUAAUGGGUGUGUGUAAGGCAACCAGCCAGCAGCCAGCCAGGCAGGCAGGCACGCAGCCCCCUGUGCUAGCACAUAACCAGCUAGCUCAUUUAAGUCUCUGCCUGGCCGCUUUGCCAAAUUUCAUUAGUCGCCAUGACGACCUGGCUAAUUGUGCUGACUAAUGUCCCCUGAUCUGUCGUCAGUCAGGAUGGGUGUACAUCCCUCCACCCCUCGCGCACCAAAAAGGCAUGAGAGGGGUAGAAAGAGAGGCCCGACUGUCCAGAUUAAACCGGCGCACAAUGACUCCUAUUUACACACGUUCCGCUUGUACGAGCAUUUGCAUAUUCAAAAACACUCUGCCAUGUUUCCUUGUCUGCUCAGUGUGUGUGUUUGCAUGUGCACUCGUGCAUUGGCAAGGCUGUGCGCAUGUGGUGGCAAUGUGUCUGAGGGGACGACAGCAGUUCAGUUGUGUGCGUCACAUGUGUAACACACUGCUGUCUGUAAAGAGAGGCCGGGACUGUGUGACUGCUAUAUGGCUGUGUGUAGCGACACAGCCGAAUUUGUUUUUGAUUAUUGUACAAGACCGAGAUUCUGGCAAAGAAAGACCGGGGCCUGAGUAACACGCACAUGGAGUUCUGCCUUUGAAACUCGCGGCCUGUCUUUUCACUCCAUCCAAAUAUCUAAUUACAACACAUCUUUAUAGCUACCCCCAGCCGAGCAGCAGGACUUUCUUUUUUUCAGGGGGAGGGUGGACAAACAUUUAAUUUUCUGUGCUUCCCUGCUAGCCAAAGGUGGAUAGAGAUUGGGCCUAGUUGGUGCUACUAGUACUUGCAUGCUAAUCCUGUUUUUUGACAGGAACGUAAACUGAUAUAAUUGCUUUUCAGAGGCAGGAACGGCGGUUUAUACAAGUGUGAAAGCACGGGAAAGGGGAUUAGCAUUAUUUUGCAUAAUGCUGGGCAGGCGCUGAAUGGGGCAUUGAACGCUUGACUGGGUGACAGAGAUGAAAGAGAGAUGAAAUGCUCUACCCCUCUUCGCUCUCUCCCUCCCUUCCUCUAUCCCCUACAGUCCCCUCUGUCUGUGGCCGCUGUUAGCCGGUAGGGGAGUGUGUUUGCUGGAGAGGACCCCGGAAACACCAGGCUGGUGUUUUUUGGCUGUUUGUUCGGAUGCCAGCAGAUGGGAGCUGUCAUGUGAGGCGAUAUGUAUGAUAAUAGAGUAACUGUGGAGACUUCUUAAGCCUCCAUGUAUACACUAAACUGCAUCCCUAAAGCACUGGAGUGUGCAAUUAUGUAGUAGAUGGAUGUGGCUCAGGUAGCAUUUACAUGGGAGGAAGGGAGCGGCUUUCAUGGAUCAAAUCAAACUGCACUCUUCUUACAUUUUUCUUUAUUGAGAUGUUUGCAGAGGAUUUGGUUGGAUAUCUUCUGAGUAGAGGGAACUGUGGUAUUUUAAGGCAGGUGUGUUUUAUGUCUGUGUGUGUGUGUGUGUGUUGUACUCGUACGAAGAGUUCACCAGGGCGGUGACGCAGCUUAACAUUGCCACCGUGACUUCCAUCUGACCCGGCUCGACUUUCUGAGUAAUUUAUGAUCAACCGUCAUCAUUGCUAUUGCAUCUGGCGUAUGGAAAUGAUCCAGGGAGGUCGAGGGAGGGGUGCGAGGUUGGGGUAGUGGAGAACAUGAACGCCACAAAGGCCGGUGUGGCCUGUUUUUGUUGUCUCUCAUUGGACAGGAUCCUCUUUCUUUGACCUUUUGCACGCCUUCCCUCGCCUUUCAUAUGCUAAUGCCAACCGGACCCAAGGAGGAAACGUGCUGGAGCUGAGUGGAGGAGGACAAAGACUCCCCUCUCUCUCUCUCUUUUUUUUUUUUCCACGCCAUAUCUCCUCUUUUUCUUGCCUCUUCCCCUCUCAACAACUUGACAGACUUUGGCAUGAAAGGAAGUGAGUGCUUAGCGGAUGGGAAAGGUGGGGACGGUGUUCUCGCUGUGACCUGCAUGAGGAUCAAGUACGCUGUAGCGAUCCCUCGGUUGUGUGCGUGUGUGAGUGUUAUUUUUGAGUGGCCCUUGUAGUGUGUGUGUUGCAGAUCGGUAAUCGUUUGAGCCGUGCUACCGGUAGUGAUGGUUUGAGGAGUGAUUUGUUGCUUUUCCAGUGAAGCUAGUCGAGUUGUCAUAUUUCUCCCGGACUCUUUUUCAGCUCUGCCAACUCUAUCUCCUUCCAGCCAGUGAAGUACUGUCUCUGGCGGGGUAAAAGGAUACUAAUAUAGUUACUACAACCCUCCCUUAACAUAAUACUCCUGUCGAGCAUGACGUGGUUUCGGGGCUCUUUUGGCUCUGUUAUGGGAAGGGGGCAUGUUAUCUGUAGGAAAUGUAAUUUUUGUCCUCAUUGAAAUCGUUCAUUAUUGAGCGCGGUUAUCUAAAUGUUUUUGUUGCUGUUGGUCCUGCGCCAGUCAGGAUUGCGUUACCCUCUCUCUCUCUCUCUCUCUCUCCACUCUUUCUCUUUUCCUCUCUCUCUCUAUGUCCGUCUCUCACUCCCUCAUCUCGCCAGGCCCUUCAUCAAUCUCUUCAGGGAAAAAUAGAAAAGAGGGGGAUUUUUCUCUCCGUCCCGUUCUCAGGCUCUCCUGCCUAUUUUGCAUCAGCCAUCUCGUACAGGAUAUUAGCCGUGGAAAAACACAGCUCUGGGUAUUUCAUUUAGAAUAAUAUGUUUAUUCUUUUGGUUUCAAAGUGCGGGUGGGGGGAUUUUUCGUAUAGGGUGGGGAAAGAACAAUCGGGGCCGUGUGUUGGAGCACUCUUUUCUGUUUGAUCUGAGGUCCUGCAGGCCCCGGGGUUGCCUGAGAUAGAUUCAGUUUAAGGUUGAAAAGAACAGAGGCCUUACUCUUCCACUCACAUUGUCUCACUGAUUUGCUUUCUCUGCUGGUGUCUCUGUCUCAUGUUCUCUGGUGCGUUCUGUCUCGUCUUUCAUUUGCAUCUCUGGAUGAUUUUUUUUCCUGUCAGGUAGGGAGGGAAGAACAGCGAUUGGCUGAUGUGAAAACAUAAGAGACACUCCCUCCUCACAGGUUUUGCUUAACUUUUUUACAGCACUGUGUAACUCGCCUCAUUUUAAUUCUUUGCAAUGCCGCUGUUACCUUUGACUGUGACAUUGCGCGUCCUCUAUACUCCUUGAUGCGAUCCCUAUGAAGGACACUUUCCCGCCCCUUCAGGUCCAUUUGAGUGCCUCAAAGUCCUCAUCUCCCAUGUUUAAUAAAGCAUUCAGCAGGCUUUUGUUUAAAAGGUUUGUACCUCUCUUACUUCCCAACAAAACUACACACAGUACAAAAGGUUAUAUGCCACAUUUCAUUGAUUGCUCUCAGAAGUAUUUUCAGAGCGGCAAAAAUUGGCAAGCAGAAAAAAAAAAAGAAAUAUGCACAGCUACCUCCCCAAAAGAGAAGUUAAAAAGACAAGCUUGGAGCUAAAAGUUGAUGAAUGACUAAGUUUCCCCAGGUUUGAGAGAAGAUGCACCACAAUAGCACAAGACGUCUCAUGACAAAUGAUGCAUUCUCCUUCCUCGUUGGCCAAAGACAAAGGCGAGGAUUGAAGAAGGCAGGGAGCCCAGUCACAUGACAUCUGCACAUUAAUAGACCUGCAGGAAAAGAAAAGAAAAAAAAACAGAGGAAAGGGGGAAGAGGGAUAAACUACAUAUACAGAAAUUAAACAAAUGAAUCUUUAGAGCCAAGAACAAUAAAAGGGUUUUUAUCAGGAUAUUCAUACUAAAUCAACAGCUCUUUUCUCCUCGCACAACAGUUGUGACCACAUGCCUGCGUAUGCAUGUAAAUCUCACAUGCAACAUGAUUGGCAUGUAGUAUUCCUGAAGGCAACAGCAUGUGGAUAUCAAGGCCAUUGGCAGGGCUCGUCAGGGAAUAAGUGGCUAAUUAAUUAUGCAUGACUUGUGGGCUUAAACAAACAGUGUAAUGAGAGAUGAGACGAAUUUACCAAAGAAUUAAGCCCUAGUUGCAUGGAGACCUUCUCAAUUAUUCUAUUAUUCUUGCUGUUGUUAUUAUUGUUUGGAACACUAACAAUUCUUUGACCUAGUUAUUAGCAAAAACACACAUUUCUACAAUUUCAAACUACCUAGAAUUAGAAAUCUGGCCUCUAUAUUAAGAUUUGAGACCACAGAGUGAUUGGUAAAAAGUACUUAAGGAACAGAGUGUUUCUUUUUCUAGUGUAGGCCUCAAUCUGAUCUAUACAGACAAGCUAGCCAGUAUGUGUCUCCACAACUCCCCUGAGGAGUCUCCAGCCAACACUAUCCCUCUGUUUUUUUCUCUGUCCUGGCACCAGCCCUGGAAUUAUCUUUAAUUAUUUGCUCUUAAAACAAGAGAAAAUAAUACUCCUUUUUUCCCCCUCUUGACAGUAGAGAAGAAGAGCAGAACAGGCGCAGGAAUGUUCUUGUAUAUGAAAUUGUAGGUAUUAGCCUCGCUGGUUUUGUCAGCGGUUUCACUGAUGUAUCAGCUCUCUGCCCCUAGACUAAAUAAAGAGGGGAGCUUUUGCCGUGUUUCAUCCCUGCUAAGAUGAGCAGAUAUAGGAGGGCUUUGGAGGAAUUGUUAAAAAAGCAAAGAAGAAUGAAGCUCUUCUUUUGACCUAAUACUUAAACAAGUGUCAGAAUGCGGUGAUGGAUGCUCCCAUGUUUUCUCGAACCCUCCUUCUUGCGUCUUUAUCGUCAUAUUGUAAAACUAAAGGCUGUGAUUAUGUUAAAAAGUAGAUUACAUUGCUCUUUCUGUAGUCAAAUACACACCGACUCUGUUUGCAUGUGGACUUCUUUGCCGUAAGCACAAUCUCUGAGUGCAUGUGUGUGUGUGUUUGAGAGAGAUAUUGCUGACUGUGGUUUUUCAGCUGCCUUGUCAUUGACCUCACCGGUCCCCCCUGGUUGUCACAUUAAGAGCGAUGCAACACACAUGUACGCACAUACUUUGAAAAAGAGAGAGACACCUUCAUUCCAUGUUGAUAAUUUAACAACGAGCUCGCGGUGAGACACACUUCAUCUUGCAUGUUAGAUUUCAACAUGUUAUUGUGUCACUUGUGUCUAAUAGCAGUUAUUUCCUGCAGCGAACGCUAAGGUAAUGGGUCCAUUUCAUCUCGGUUCCCUCUCAGCGGGCCGGCCCCAGGAUUUGCGUGACAUGGUGUUUAUUUGAUAAAGGAAUAUUGUGGUGCUAAUCUAAAACCAUGCUAAUUACAUCUGACAGUUGUUUGUUUGUAGUGAAAUCCAAUUAAAACGUACACUUUUCAACUCCAUCGCUCAUCCCAACCCCCCCUCCUUCUUUCAAUUCUCUUGCUUUCUUCCUUCCCUCCCACGGUAACCAGAAAAAGAGCCGAUGAUGGCGCAAAUAACAACUGUGCUUUCCUUGUGGUUUUUGUGAGAACAGGGCAAACUGGCAACAGCUGUCAGAAAAAGGGGGUUUGUUUAAAAAGCAAAUGGCUUUGGUCUAAAGUUCAUUUGGAGACCUCUCUAAUUAAAUAGAGAGCCAAAAGCUUAAGUUAAUUAGUAAUUCCCUGGGUCCAGAAAUUAGACCUGUCACGAGUAUAGCAGCUCUUGGAAAGCCAAAAGGUAUGUGUGCACUUGUGUUUUGUGUGUUUUUCACUCAUGUCCCAGCACACAACUCGUCCUAAAUGUGUUUUCAUCUGCUCUUUUCCUCAUGCAAAGCUCACACAUUCUUCCCGUUGAGACAUUAAUGGUCUUUUUGUGGCGUGUCAGAGAAGUACUCAAGAGAUGUUUAAGUGAGGGGCACAUAGCUUGUGGCGUCAGUCAGGAUACCUGCCCUAUGAUUAUGUUUAUGAAGAUAAUAACAGGGCUGGGGUCCCGUCGAGUACCUUCUUUAGAAAACAGCGGGGGGAGUUGAACUUUAAACUUUAUUGUUACCCCUGGAAAACAACUGGAUUGGUCGGGUUUGGCCGCUGUGUCCGAGAAAUGUCUGUACAAUUAGCAAGGUGCCUCUGCAUAUUUACUGUUGGCUGUGAAAGCAGAUGUUCUCUCGUCUUCUUCUCCGACUGUAUAAUUGACUGAUAAGCACAGGUUAAGCACACAUAAAUCAGCUGACUGGAGCACAAAGGAUGGACAAGGUGUCCUCACCUGUUUAGAUCAUUACAGACUUAAAACAGCCAGAAAUGACAUGAUGCAUGGCUAAAAUGUUCCCAUUAGUAGUUUCAGGCUACUGUUAGCAUAUUUUUCUUUUAGUGAGGUGAUACCGAGAGACGUCUUUUACCCAAUUUGGGCAGAAGUGUUUGGAUUUUUCCUUUCAUGAGACGAAAUUAACUUUAUAAAGCGAGGAGCAGGAGUUGCUACAAGAGGCUGUAAUGCUUAAAAAUAGUGCUCCAAAAUAUCAGCAGGACACUGGCCUUGCGAAACCAAUUUCAGCGCUGGAAAAGUACUUCAUGUCUCUAAUCUCAGGCAAGUAUUUUUUUGGGUACAUGAUGCUAUUUUUAAAGGCUUAAAUACACAACAAGUUGAUUCACAAGCAUUACCCUUAUCUAGCUUGAAUUAGCAUAGCAUUGGAGCCUCUUGCUAGCUGAUACAGUGUAACCGGGCGCUCAUAUUUGCCAGGUGGAUGUGAAAUGCCUGCGUCAGAGACUGCUCUCUGUGUCUGUCUGUGAGUGUGUGCUAUCCUUGACUGACGUGGACAGUGUUUGCUUAACCUCUUCUGUGCUGCGCUACCACGGCCUUGUCAAUUUAAGCAAGUGUGUGUGUGUGUGUGAGAGAGAGAGGGGUAGAGGGAGUCCAGCAAUGGCAGCUUUCAUUUUUCAUGUUAGCAGCAGUAUUUUUGCUAAACAAACCUGCUGAGAGGCCGAGUGAGAGAAAAGAGAGGGAGUCUGAAUCAACACAAAUGAGUGAUAUUUGUUAUUUUUUUCCUGGGGUGGUGUAUAAUUGUGUGUGUAGAUCCACACAUCCUGAUAAAAAAAACACACACACUUUUUAAACCAGAUUCUUUUAGGCUUUGUAUUUAGCAGGAUUAUUAAUUUCUCUUGACAAAUAAUCCCACAUUGCCACCCCCUUCAACUUGCAAUGUUAUUGCAAAACAGAGGUGUGUGUGUGUGUGUGUGUCUUUGCUAGUGUGCAUGGUCUCAUUGCUUUCGCCUCAUUCCAGAGGAUAAGACUGCGAUUUAUGUAACAUCUAAGCCCUUUCAUAUUGUGUAUGUUGUACCUUACAAGAGCAUGAUGAUGAGCAGGCUAGAUUAAUAUUUAUUUAGCACAGGGAAAUCAAGGAUUAAGCAGUCAUCAUUUUAGCACUAAUCCCGGUCUCUGGUGAGAUGCAGAGACAAAGAGAGAGGCAGAUUACUAAACACAUAACGCUGAAAAAAACGCAAUUAGUCGGCGACUCGCUUGCCUCGACUGUGUGUUAAAAAAAAAGAUGGACAGAAGACGUGAAACACACACAGUUUUUCUUUUUCUCACCUAUUGUGUUUGUCUCUGUUUGUCUGCCCUUCCCCGUCUUCCAACUUCUCACCCUCCCUCUCCGUUCAAAAGAACCCCUCAUCGAAAUUAGCGGUGGUUUGUCUGAUUCACUCAUCUGACGUAAAUGUGUCUCAUGAUCUUUUCCACUGUCCGAACUCACAUGCACACACACACACACACUCUUGCAGACUGACACACAUGCAAGAGCGAUGAAUACUUCUUUCUUAGCUGCAACCACGUGGGAGAGGGACAGUUUGCUUACACUGUGUGAGUCUUUCAGCGUGUGUUAGUGUGUGUGUGUUGUGAGUUACUUGGGAGUCUGUAAAUAAAAUUACAUUCUUCACUAAUUGAGUUAAACUGCUUUGCUGGAGAUGCAGCAAAAAAGAUGAAAGCUCCCUGUGUGUGUUUUGUGUUUGCAUGCCGCAUGUGUGUGAAUUUGCGUGUGUACGGUGCUAAUCUAGUUAGCUGUUAGCACUCUCAGGUGGUAACCAAUAGAAAUAUUCUGCGUGGCGCGAUGUUUGCAAGUUCUGUCCUCGAAGCUUUAGCGUAUGCAAAGUGCCAAACUUAGCUUUGCAAAACAGAUCAUCAAGAGCCGGGAAGGAAAAGUAUAGUGUGUGUGUGUGCAUCUGUGUGAGUGUGUUGUCUGUAGGGGGGCACCCCUCACAUAGAGAGCAACAACAAGGAACAGCAAAGGGGCCAAAAAGAGCAUUGGAGAGUCUUGGCAGUGCAGUGAGGGGUGAUUUGGGAGGGCAUUUUGGGAGGGGAGCGGGUCCAAACCAGAUGUGAGGGAAAUAAAAGAGGAGAGAUAAAUAAAAAGAAUGAACAGACAAGUCGUGCUGCGAGAGAGAAAGACAGGGAGAAGCACAGAGAGAGAGAGAGAAUGCCAUCCUCACUUCCCCUUUGCCCUCCUUCCUCUCUCUCACCCGGCCACUGAAUGUUAAUGGCUUUUCUGCCUCACCCCCACCUCCCUUACAUGCACACACACACAUAUACGCGCACACAUAUACACGCGCGCUCCCCAAUCCCUCCCCAUGGACACUGGCGCAUUGUUUGUGGCAGUGCUUCUAUUCUUUCAAACUUAAUUACCUUCUUGCCUUUUGUGGCGUCGGGGGCUGGAAGUUUUGCUCCGUGGCAGUGGAGGUCGUCACACAUUCUUUGGCGGUGGAUUCCCUUAAUCUGGAGGGGGCAAGGAGGUGGAGGGGUGAGGAGAAAGCGAGGGGAAGAGUCUGGAAGAGGAGAGUUCCUACCAGCAUGAGUUUCUAAAGGUGGUUAGAGUACCCCCCUGUGCACGUGUACGCACACACGCACGCUCAUAAUAGUCGGGGCAUAGGCUGCCCUUUGUUUGUGCGGUUCAUUUCCAAUCAACCCUAAUUAAGUAGAGAGUGUUUCCAGAUUGCCGGCGAAAGAAAAAUCCCCGUUUUUUUCUCUCCCUUCGGUCUUGGCUGUUUGGAGUUCGAGGAAGAAAAAAAAUGGAGGCAUUAGCUAUGUAGAUUGCCUUCGCCUUUGAUGCUGGAAAAAUCUUUAGCAAAGGGCAGUAAGUGGUGACUGCGACCCGGCAGUGUCUGACUGUUUAUUUUCAUGUUUCAGUUUGAGUUUAGCUUGAAAUAUCGCCUCUUCAAAGGCGCGAGACUUGUGCAUAUAUUUAGACUGGACCAAAGUCCAUUUGUAGAAAUGUUAAAUCCCACCAAAGUUGGCUUGAACCCAUUACAUUUUGUCUACAUUAAACAGAACAAGCAGGAGAUAAACACUAACUUGACUUGCACAAAGUUGUCAUGAUAGAAAACUACUUUAUGGAAACACAUGUAACUGGGCUCUAAACCUAAGAGGAGAUCUUGGAAGUUUUUGCCUCCUAGCAGUGACAGGAUCACAUGAUCAGUGUUUUCACCUCGUCCUGACUGGAGUUAGGAGGAUCUGGGCCGGUGUAAUCUGAUCCUAAAUCAGAUUGAAGACCUGCCUGUGGCUUGAGUGAUAUGAUUCUUUUGUUGCUCUUGGAGGGUAAAAAAAAAAAAAAGAAGAAGAAAAAAAUAUGGCCGCUGGGGCUCACAGGUUUUUCUCACUUGGUCACCAAGUUUGUUUCUGCAUACUUUACCACAGUUGUUUUCCUGUGACACCCUCAUGUCGCAUGUUGCAGAUUUCUCCUCAGAGUUACCAGGUAUUUUUCCCCUCAACAAUGAAAUAUCAGGUAAAAGCCUGCAGGCAGUCGGGUGUAUGUUACCUGAGCAACCAAUGAGACUAAUUUACCUGUCAUCAACCUGAGGGAGAGAAGCUGCAUACCUGCUUUAGGACAAGAAAGACAACCCCACUUCCGUCCUCUAGAUUUCUCCUUAUUAUCCUGCUUUCCCCCCACCUCCUCUGCUAAAUAUUUGCUUCAUUCUCUCGCCUCCCUCCACGAUCUGAGAUCAUUGCUCAUGUAGGCGUCAUUUUGAAUUUGAUUUGCUAAAAGGCAUUUUUGCGGAGCAGGUAAUUUGUCGAACAAGAUUCCUGUGCUAAACGGAGCUGUGUUUGCUCUAGGUGUCUGGGGCCGCGCCUUGCAAUAAUGAUAAGGUGUCUUUUUGGUAAUGAAGGCCUUUGCUCUGAAGGAAGAGGACAGGCGGACAGAGCAGGGUGUAGAAGGGGGUUAUGAGGGAGAUCUGCUGCAUCUAGCGUCUAAUAUUACACCUCCAGGCAACAAACAAGGCCUGCAUGAAAAUCCCUUUGUGAGGUUAAGAAGCAGAGAAGACAAAAAACACUUGGUCACGCAAAAGCCCUCCCCCCUCCCUCUCAUCCUUUUGCAAUUUUCUCCCUCCGUCCUUUCUUUUAAGACUUUAAACAGAGAGCAUUAGGCCCUCUUCUGUGAUUGCGUGCAUGUGUGCAUAUGUGUUUGCGCACGCAUGCAUCGGCACUCUUUGAUGGCUGCUGAAGCUCCUCUCUCGCAUUGUGAGGACGGAGAUAAUUCCCCUCCUCCUCUUUCUUCAUCCACUUCGUUUUUCACCCCUUCCUUUCUGCAUGGCAACAAAUAAACAGGUCUAAUUAGACCCGAGUAGGCCUAUUCAUGGCACUGACAGUGGGAGAUGGAUGCAGGGGCUUUCACAGUGCCCUUCUCUUUUGUCUUUUGCUAACGCUCGGUGACAUUUUGAUAGAAGAUUUGGUGUUGGAGCGAGGGGACACAUGCCGGGAGAAGGAUGACCUUCCAGGAGACCUUAAGGAAUGGACACAUAGUCUCACGCUGUCUCCUGACUUUGUUGUUUGACUUUGCCAGCUUAGACGGGUCACCUCAAAAAUCCAGUCUGGAUUAAAUUUCUCUAGUUAUUAGCCCUCGCUCGCCCUUGUGCCAAAACAGUUUGGCGAGCAGAAGGGAAAUAACAGUUUUUACAACUCAGAUGACCACAUUUCAAAGCUCGGAUCAGACUAAUCUCAGUGUUUACAGAUCUUCCAAAUAUUCACAGAAGUUUUAACAGUGCUGUCUUGUGUCUUCCCCCGCGUUAAAAAAAUCAGACAGUUAGUGAUGAAACUGAACCUAACAGAUCCAAGUGUAAACACUUAUGACAAUGUGGCGACACUGCAAUUACAGGUUUGGCAUUUUACCGAAGAAGAGCAGGAGGAGACGCUGACAUCGACAAGAGUUCAGCACUCUGCUUUACACUGUGGACAUUUUGGGACACCUCUUAUAUCGCAGGCAUAUUAAUUAGAACUGUACAAGCUUGUGACUGACACUGGUUUUGGCCCAUACGGUAGCUUUCAAACUACUCAUUUAAGUUUCAGAAGAGUUAGACUCCUCCAAGAAAAAGUGGAACCAAACUCAGAGUGGGGGAAAGUUGGGAGUCUGAAAAAAAAAGGUGAAGAAAUCCCCCGCUCUAGACCGUCUCUCUAUCUCUCAGAGAGCUACUGAAAAGCAGAUGGAGGGAUAGAGAAGAGAGAGCAGAGAGGAGGAGGAGGGGGAGAAAAACAAUAGGCCUCGUAGGAGUCUCCAAGCCCUCUUUUCUCCCCCUUAGAACUAGCAGUGUCCAAACCAGGCAUUCCUGGCCUAUUAUUUGCCUCUCACUGGAUCUGAUCUGCCACUUUAAUUACCUUAGUGUAUAUGUGUGUGUUUGCGUUUGUGUCAACCUGUGUCAGUGUGCAUGUGCGUGAAAGCAAAGGGACAUGCUUAAUUAAAAAACAGAGGUGGGAGCAGCUCAGGCCAUCUCUUUUGUUCUCCGCUUAAAAGAGGGGGACUAUUUUUUUCACUGUUAGGAAAAACCUGGGCUUCAUUGUUGGUUUCUCUCUCUCUCUCUCUCUCUCUCUCUCUCUCUCUCUCUCUCUCUCUCUCUCCCUGUAUCUGUACAUCGCUACUCAAAUGAAAGUAGCCUGGUUGGUUAGCAGAGCGAAGGAAGACAGGGUGGGGGCUUCUUAGCUAGCAGUAACAUGAUCCGCCUUAAAAGAAGCAGCAGUGGGCACUACUGCUGUGAAAGGUGCAAGGCUCGGGGAAUGGAGGACAACGUAGAGAAGCAAAGUAGAUAACUUUCAGUGUCUGGUAAUCAGCUUUUAUAAAGCUGAUAACAACUUAUUAUACUGAGCCAUGCGAGUCUGAAAAGUUUUGUGUUUAAAUUUGAGUUUUUAGCUCAGAAAGAUACAUCAGGAGAAUAUUUUAUUCACUUGAUAGCAAGACCAGACAUCUCAUUACUUCUCUGUCCAGCUAUGCUAAAUUAGCACAUGCUAAAUGGAUCAGGAGGACUACAAACGCCCACACCAGGCUGCAUUGAACCACAUUACUCUUCUGUAAGAAAGGUUAAUACUUUUAAGCCAGGAGCAUUUUAAGUUAAGAUCCAGUACUACAUUCAUUUUAUAGACUGGACACACUCUCAUUUUACCAUUUUUGUCUCCCUGAUGAGUGUAGUUUUAAUUUGUGUUUGCCUGGAUCUUAGAGGCAGCCACACAUGUGCAAAGUUUAGCAAAGACUAAUGAAGAAAUUCCUCAAAAAGGCUGAAAAAAGCAGCAGAAUAUCUUACCAUAAAGCAUUAAUCUCAUUGUGUUACUUUGUGUGCCAGUGCUCUUUUGGUUUGACAAAUAAUGGCUUCAAUUACAACCCCGAAUAACAAAAUAAUGGACAGCCACGUUAUUGUUGGCAGUCGACACACGUGUAAACAGCUGCUAACCUGUUAGCAAUAAGGGUGAUAUGUCAGUGCCAAGUGCUUAACACAUUGGCUUACCCAUAAGACAUAAUUCCAUACUUAAAGUGUUAGGAGAUGCAUAAUUCAUAAACCCGCAGUGUUUUAUGUCCGAGCCACAAUUCAAACGGGUUGCUCCCCAAUGAAAUAAGCAGCGAAAUGACACCACUGACAAGUAGUAAAUCCUGUCGUAUGUGUCGCAUUAGGCUCUCAAACCCACUGCUUCUGAACAGCUUUACCCUCAAUCACAUUUAACACAAGGCUGGGUAAGAGGGACACUGGUGGAAAAAUGAAAUAUGUAUAUGUUUGAGCGGAGGAACAGGAUUAGGAUGUUGUUUUGGUGCUAGGUGAGUGUAAUUGGAGAUUUAUGGUAAAUAUCUGAUUUAAGUGGGUGUGAAAAGCCUUUAUUCGUACAUACAUUUUUUUCUACCUCUGCCAAAUUCACAGUUUCUUGUUUUUUUAUGUCAGACAGAGAAGUGUGUGGUUAAAGUUGCCCACUUUGCAUUUAAAUAUGCAUUCUUAUGGCACUUAACUCCUUUGUAGUUCAGAUACAGCUGCUGCAAACUGCUAUGCCAUCAGACUUCCAGUGGGAGCUUACAUUUUGUAUGGACAGGUGUGUAUGUGUGUUUUUAAUAGUUGUGUAUGUCUGCAGAAAACUACAGUGGGUAGAACUUAAAAAGUAGUUCCACUGACUAGUUUGGGUUUAAGUUGAAAUACAGUUUUCAUGUCAUUAGAAGAAGUUUUAUAAAGUUGCUAUUUAACUUUGUUUUUGCGAAGGAGUGACUUUCUAACUCUACCACUAGCUAUGCCAGGUUGUGAUUUGUCAUGUUUAUACCACAAACGUACCUUCGGCUUUUUGCCACGUGCAUGCUGAACAGUUAAGUACCAAAAAAUAAUCUACUGCUCCUUAUGAAUUUUCUUAAUCUCAUGAAUAGAGAUGCAGAAGCUGAGUGAGACACAGAGAGAAAAAAACAUAAUUUUUCUCUUUAAUCUAUCACUAGUCCCCAUGGAAUCAUCUCUGGGAUAUGUCAGAUUAGACCUGAUUAUAGCGCGUGCACACACAUGCACCCCAGAACAUACUCACACACGUUUGAUUUCAUUCCUCACGCUUUUACUGUCUCUCCCACUGGCUUUGUUUAGCCCUGGAUUGUUGCGGAUUAAUCCUCUAAUUGCUUUGUAGCUUUGUUGUGAGAGAGAGGGAGUGUAGGGAAAAGAGAGGAAGAAUUAAGCAGCAGGUGGAUUGGGUUAAAGGUUAACAUGGCUCUUUAAAGCUUUCUUUUAAUGCCAGCUCAUUUACACGCAUCUAUCUGAAAGGCGCUGGUACUGUAUCAAGAGAAAGAAGAAAAAAAAAGAAACACUGGCAUGCACAUCCAGUUCUCAUUUGUUGCAUUUAGCUGAGCAAGAAAGCGGUUUCUUCUGAGAGCGAAGCUUCAGUCCUUCAGCUUUUCCCCUUUCCUCGUGGCUUUGACUCAGUUGUUUUUUCUUGAUUUCUUUAGGUGAUUAGACAUAAUGGCUUUGGUUAGAACAUGUGUGUGUGUGUGAAGAAAGUUUUUUUUUUCCUAGGUUGUGUGCCUCUGCAUUGGUGACUUGUUGUGAAAAGCAGCUAUAUUGAAGUAGUGAGGGGUUGAGAGAUGGGCAGCCUCCCAGGAUUGAUAACAUCUCACUGGUAUUCCAAACAUCAUUCCUUAGGGAAGCUUUCUCUCUCUCUUUCUCUCUCUCCCCCUUUCUCCUAUUUCCUUUUAUUAAUCUAGCAUACAAAUAUUUUCUUGACAUUAUUAUCUUAGAUUCCUGAUCUAUUCCUGCAUCUGUAACCAUGUGUAGAAAAUUUGCCCACAAGAAGCUUUCCACAUGCUCAAUUGCGGUCAUGAACUUCAGGCCAUGUCAGCAUAUAAGUCUUUACUGCCCUUAUCCUCCUAUUCAUACCUUCAGGGCAUUAGUUGGUUAAUACAUGCACCCUAAUUAGCAAGUCCAGGCAAGUAAGAACAUGCCAAGACUGUUUGAGGCUAAUGAAUGAAGACUCCUCAAACUCCUGUCCACUCUUAAAGAGAGGCACCGGCUCCUGCAUAUAAAUUGUUUGAUGAUCUUGAUUGAUGCGUUUAACUCUUGGCUCUGUUAUUUUGUCCCAAGCUGACAUCAUCCCUGAGCACUGCUUUUAAGCACACACCAUGCAAUAGAGGCUGCACUGUAGGUCGUCCAUCAAAGAGUCUCUUCACUCGAUAAUUUGGUUAUUCCUAUAAAUUUCCCCACUGCUGGCUGACGUGGUAGCUGCUUGAUUCAUUUAUACCCAAUUUCCACUGUUUUCAAGCUCUGGUUCCUGGAACCAAAAGCAAAUGAAACUUUUAUUCAAGGAUGUUUACUUUCUGCAAAUCGUAAAAUAAAGAUGCACAUUUGCCAGAUCUAAGUUGUUCUUUCGUUUUCCAAACUUAGGUCCCUGUUACGCUGGAUGAGAUGAGAUCCCCAUGUAGUGGUCGUCAUGGCAACUUGUGACUCUCCCCCUAUGGUGUCAUCACGGCAGCAAGAACAUGGUGGCCAGAGGCUGGACGCUGCCGCUGAGGACAACUCCGUCAUUGCCAUGGAGACCAGUGUUGCCAACACCAACAACAACCAGUCGUCACCUGCCGCCAUUGGAGAGCCGGAGAAUGGCCAUGGAGAGCCUGCAGUGAGCCCCCUGAGGUCCACUGCCACCCCCACUGCUAUCAGUGCAACCACCGACCCUGUUUCUGAACUGAGUCGGAAAGAAAGCUUUAAUUCUGGUAACAAAGGGAGUGUUACUGGGACUUUACCGGGAGGAGGAGGAGGAGCAGCUUUGGGUUCGGACUGUUCUGCCCCUGCCACAUCACCUGUGGCACCGGCUAAGGAGAUCCCCUGCAACGAAUGUUCUAGUUCCUUCUCCAGUUUACAAAAAUACAUGGAGCACCACUGCCCCAAUGCCCGCCUGCCUACCACUGGAGGUCACAAAGAGGGUGAGGAGCUUGAAGGGAUGGUAGGAGAGGAGAGUGAAGAUGAAGGAGAGCGUGAGGUGGGUGCUGCAGAGGUUGGGGAUAUGAACAGCGAGAUGGAGAUGGAAGACGAUAGUGAUGUGGAGAACCUGUGCAGCGAGAUCAUCUACCAGCCUGAUGGCUCUGCCUUCAUCUUGGAGGACUCCAAAGAGCAGCGUGGCAACCAGGGGGGGCUCUCUGGGUCUCUCCAAUUCAGGGGCCUGCUGUCCCCCCAGACUUUCCCCAGUGCCCAGGUCAGCAGUGGCCAGAGCCCAGGGGGGGAGCGGUUGGAUCAGCCCGCUGCACCCAUGUCCUUCUACCCCCAGAUCAUCAACACCUUCCACAUCGCCUCAUCCCUGGGGGGUAAACCCCUAGUGUCCGACCAUCCCUCCUUCCCAAAUACCUCAGCUGGAGGGCUGGCGGGCGCUGGUCCCGUGUUGCACAGUUUCCGUGUCUAUGACCUCCGCCACAAGAAUGACAAAGACUAUCUGACGGCGGAUGGUGCAGCCAAAAACUCCUGUGUGUCCAAAGAUGUCCCCAACAAUGUGGACUUGUCCAAGUUUGAAGGCUGUGUAGCCGAUGGGCGGCGGAAGCCUGUGCUGAUGUGUUUCCUGUGCAAGCUGUCUUUUGGCUACAGCCGUUCCUUCGUGACACAUGCUGUCCAUGACCACCGUAUGACCCUGAAUGAUCAGGAGCAAAAGCUGCUGAGCAACAAGCAUGUCUCCGCCAUCAUCCAGGGCAUCGGCAAGGACAAAGAACCUCUUAUAAGCUUUCUGGAACCAAAAACUCCCCCAUCCUCUGUGCUACCCCACUAUCCCACACCUGCCAACUUCUUAGGGCCAGACACGGGGCUUCGCAGCUUAUGGAACGCUUUCCACAGUAGUGGCGAGAAUGCCGAUUCCCUUCAGGCAGGUUUUGCUUUCCUGAAGGGCAGUGCCAGCAGCUCCUCCAAUGACCAAACCCCCAGAACCCAAACCAUGCCAAAGGCUGAGACCAACCCAAACCUCGGGGGAGGGGCUGGUGCCCGCAGAACCCCCAGCGGGAGUUCUGCUGCUGCUGCCACUGGUGGCAACCUGGAAGGUCAGAACUCUGAUAGUGACUGCAAGGGCCACGUUAGGGACACAUGCACUUUGCAACCCAAUGGGCCGGACCUGAGCCAGUACCCGCCCAUCAAGCGGGAGCCCGGUGCAGUGGGAGGAGAGAGUCCUGAGCAGGAUGAGGAUUCUUACUCCAAUGGUGGUGGAGUAGAAAUGGAGGCAGAUGAGGAGGAGGAACAGGCCAUGAACAUGGCCAUGACAGGCCAGCGGGCUGACAGCACCAGUAGCAAAGAUUUCCCUCUCUUAAACCAAAGUAUUUCCCCCCUUUCCAACAGUGUGCUAAAGUUUAACAGUGACAGUAAAGGCCCCGCAUCCACCUCCUCUUCCUCCCUGCCUAUAUGUGAGAAGCUGGAGAUGGAGAAGAGCCGCCUAACCACAGCCCUGGCCGCUGCCAGAGAGCGGGAAAGCAGCAACGACUCAACCAGUGAAGCCCUAGGAGGACGGGAUGGGUCAUCGCCGUCCUCGCACCCCCUUGACAUGAUGAUGUUGCGCAGAGAUGAUGAGAGUCCUGGUCCUCUGCAUCAACACACAGGAAAUCCUAGCACACCUGGGACUCCAGGGACACCUGGUACCCCAGGCCCAGGUGAAGGGUCCCCAGGUAGUGGGGUGGAGUGCCCCAAGUGUGACACAGUCUUGGGAUCUUCACGGUCUCUGGGAGGGCAUAUGACCAUGAUGCAUUCACGCAACUCCUGCAAGACGUUGAAGUGUCCUAAGUGUAACUGGCAUUACAAGUACCAGCAGACACUUGAUGCACACAUGAAGGAGAAACAUCCAGAGUCUGGUGGAUCUUGUGUAUACUGCCGCACAGGGCAGCCUCAUCCUCGUCUAGCCAGGGGUGAAAGUUAUACCUGUGGAUACAAGCCUUUCCGCUGCGAGGUCUGUCCUCCUUAUUCUUUUUUUCAUCCUUAGGAUUUCUUUUCUCUCUGUUUUUUCAUGUCUUUCUAAUAUUGAGAAAUUAAAAAUGCCUCAUUUUUUUUAAAGACGUGGGUUUUAUGAACCAACUUGUAUCAUUGAUUUAACCAAAAGUCAUCACUGGGUCUUAUGGGAAUAGUUUGAAAGAAAGAAGUUAAAAAUAUCUUGGCGGUCUAGAUGAUGCAACUGCUUCUGAAGCUCUGGCAUAGUCCAUUUCAAAACACAGACAGUGAUCUUACCAGUUUUGGAUACUUCUUAAGAAACACAUCAGGACUCUAUUGUACAUUGAGGGUCAGAUGUGGGGAAAAUGUGUUUUUAUCCUUUAAACAACAACAGCCAUCACUGCUUUGGAGAUUGAGUGAAUUAUUCAAAAGACUUAGUAAAGACAUGUAUAAAUAAGUGAUAAAUGUGCUUUUAAUAAUGUUAAUAGUGUAUAAUAUUUAAGAAUGUAUGAACUCUUUCCUUUUAGGUAUGCAACUACUCAACCACCACCAAAGGCAACCUUAGCAUCCACAUGCAGUCGGAUAAGCAUCUGAAUAAUGUACAAACACUCCAGAACGGUGGCACUGAGGCACAAUACAACCACAACCAUGCCAACCCUGUGCCCAGUGCCAGCCUUGGUGGAGGCUGCGGUGCUCCCUCACCAUCCAAGCCCAAACAGAAGCCCACUUGGCGCUGUGAGGUAAUGAAAGAAACAGAGCACCAUUGUAGCGCUGUAGUAGCAACACACCAAUUUGCUUGUUUCAGUGUCUACACAAUGACUCAUUUAUGUUCCCCUGCGUCAUUAUGUCUAUUAUUUUUCUUGGACACAUCAUCUGACCUCUGGUCAUUAUAAAACAGGAUUUUUCAGAUACACUGUCAUUAUCUCUAAGUCUUGGAAAGGCCAUAAAAAAUGCAUCAUUAUGGUCACUUUAUUCAGGAUGCUGCUGAUUUGUCUCUUGUGGAUAGGGUUUUAGAAUAUGUAUUCUUUUUCUUCUCUUGCCAUUUGAACAUUAGAUUAAUGUGGAAGAAAUUGAUUUCAAGACCAUUGUAAGCAAUAACCAUAGUUUAAUUUCAAGUAUCAAACAAUCCCUUGUUGCUUACAGUAAAUAAGUUCUGGUGCAAAUAAGCAGAUCAUUUAUUCAACUUUGCUUCAUACAGGUGUGCGACUAUGAGACCAACGUGGCACGGAACUUGCGGAUCCAUAUGACCAGUGAGAAACACAUGCAUAACAUGAUGCUGCUGCAGCAGAACAUGAAGCAAAUCCAACACAGCCUCCAUCUGGGCCUGGCCCCAGCCGAAGCAGAGCUUUACCAGUACUACCUGGCUCAAAACAUGGGCCUCGCAGGUGUGAAACUGGAGAACCCUGCCAGCAGCGGCGGCCCAGACGCCCAGAUGAUGAUUAACCCUUUCCAGCUUGAUCCUGCAACAGCAGCUGCUCUGGGAUCAGGUCUAGGUGAGUGCAACUAGAGUUAAAAUAAAACACCUGGAUACAAAUGUCUAAAAAACCGUAUUGCCUUUCAGACUAAAGUAUUUCUCAGGAAGUGGUUUAGUAGUUAACUUCUGCACCCAAUGUCACAGUCGUCAAGCAGGGGGCCAGGUUACUUUCUCUUUUUUUCAUACUGUAUCAAUUGUUCUAUCCUCUCUAAAUAAACACUUAAAGCCUAAAAAUACAACUUUAAAAAACUGAUGUAUUUCUGCUGAGAGUGGGGCAAAGUGUUUUUCUAAUCUUCUUGGCGGGUUUUAUCUGUUUGGUCUCUCACUGAUGUCAUCUAGGUAUUGUUUUUAUCUCUGUGCCAUUUCCUUUGUACCUCUCCAUUUUUCUUACUCCCCUCUCAACCUCUCUUUUUUUUUCUGCUCUCAUCCUUUUACCUUGCCCCUCUUGCCGCACCCUCUUCCCUUUCUCUUUCCCUCUUAUCUCUCCUCUCAUAUUGUCCCUCUGUCAUUGUCUCCUUUCUUUGACCCCUCUCGCUGAUUAAAAAAUGAUUAUGAGACGCCACAUGAGAAUUAUUCUUAAUCUUUCAUUUGUAAUUUUCUUAAGUCAGCUUAAUCCUCCCCCAUACACACACUACCCCACCUUCACUCACCCAGGAGAGAACCCACUCACACACACACAUACACGCACACACAUUUAGACACACAUACACGAACACUCUCACACAGCAGGAAGCGGAUUCCCGUAGGAGUGAGAGAGAUUUAACAAUGACCCUGCAGUGUUACACACCCACUCCCUCCUCUAGUGUGGAGGUCACAGCCCAGCCAGCAGAUGUAUUCUCAGUGAAUUACACUGAUAGCACACAGCUUCCUAUAGUGUGCACAGCUGUACGUAGGUUAGAUGGUGUGAAUGGAAUAUUUAUCCAUUCAAACAGAUACAUUUCAGCAGAGAGUAAUUUAGCAGCCCAAUUUAUGUACAGAUGUGUCCUUUUUACAGCAGCACACAUUUAGUUUGGAGGAUUAAAAUUAAACAGUUUGAAAAAUCAAAAUCAAAAAAAUCCAGAUGAUGUAAAAUUCCCCUCUGCGCUCCAACAGCUUGUUUAGAUAUUAUCUGUGUAGAAAAAAAAAAAAAAAAAAAAAAGAUGAGCUUUGGUUUCAUUCAUAGACACAACAAAAGAAUCAAAUGGAGGAGUUAAUUACAUUUGUAUGAAUGGCAGAUCUGUGUUUUGUUCUAGGGAGGGUUGGCAUAAGAAAGAGAGAACACGUGUAAUGCAUUGAUCAGCUUUUCAAAUCUGUGUGUGUAUGCGAGAAAAGCCUGGAGCCCUAGAACCGCCGUCCCCUCAUUGCCGAGAGCAGUAAUUAAAGCUACCUGAUGAGCGAGUUAGCAAGUUGAAAAGGAUGAUUGUAAUUGAUCCUGAUUCAAUCCUAUUAGGGUUUUUUAUAGACAAGACUUUGUAAGGAGCCCUAGUCCUCUGUGAGGCUUUAUUUUAUCAAAUCCUUUUGUGUGAGAAAGGCCCUGCAUAGUCGACUCACUUUUCUCUCCACACUUAAUUUCAUUUAAAGGGCCUUUUCUCUUUCUUUCUAUCCCUUAUCCCCCCUCUCUGCAUUCCAGCUUUUCAUUUUCAUCCCAGCUUUGUCUUUUUGUCGUACCUCUUUGUUUUAACAUCUCUUUAUUUCUGCUGCCCCUGCGCUCUUUCUGUCAUGUUAUGGCUCUGCAGUUUCAUGUGUGUAAAUUUAGUAAAAGCGCCGCAGUUUAAGCGCUAAUUUGUCCAUCUUCUUCCUGUCUAACCUUUGUUCUCACUCAUUCUCUCCACAGUGAAUAGCGACCUUUCAGCGGAGUUGCGUCUUGCCAGUGGUCAACUGAUGGCAGACGACCUGUCUCUGGUGUCUUCUGGUGGAAUGGGUGGUAUGUCCUCGUCGGACCCCUCCCUCUCCUCCUUGUCGCCACCUAUCAACGACCCAACGCUGCGCCUCUACCAGUGCGCCGUGUGCAACUGCUAUUCCACGGACAGCCUGGAGGCCCUCAACGCCCACGUCAACGCCGAGCGCUCCCUGCCUGAAGAGGAGUGGCGAUGCGUGGUGGGCGACGUGUACCAGUGCAAGCUCUGCAGCUACAACACGCAGCUUAAGGCCAACUUUCAGCUGCACUGCAAGACCGACAAGCACAUGCAGAAGCACCAGCUGGUGGCCCACAUCAAGGAGGGAGGCAAGGCCAACCAGUGGAGAUUAAAGUGUGUGGCCAUUGGCAACCCCGUGCACCUCAAGUGCAACGCCUGUGACUACUACAGCAACAGCGUGGAUAAACUGAGGCUGCAUGCCACCAACCAGAGGCAUGAGGCUGCCAUCCGCCUCUACAAGGUAAAAAACGUUUCCCAUGUCCUCUAUCCCACAGAAAAUUUAGCUCUCUAAAUUUAGUUUUUUCUGCCCCUGCUGCAAAAAGAGCCUGAGAAAAAAAAGAACCAAACAUCAUAAUUUAAAGACAGUAAUUUAAGAAGAUUUAAGAUUAUUCAUAAUUUUUGCCUGUCGCAUGUUUUGUUGAACACUCAGCACAAACUUAGAAAUGAACCUCCUGAUGCAUAUCGGAGCAGAAAACCCUCAUUUUAGGGUCAGAUUCAGAGAAAGCACGCAUGUUUUUGUUUAGACAGAGUUUGGCCCAUCCUCUUAGGCGACUGUCGCAGGGAUAUAAAGUUCCCGUGAGAAUGGAAUGAUAAAGAUGGAAAAGGUCAUUGUCAGAGUGCCCAGGAUGAUUUUUAUCAGAUAUGGGUACAUCAUCCGCUCAUAAACCGCUGGCACGGCUUUUGCUGUUAACAACACAGUGGUCACGUACUUACAGCAAGUUUUACAUUUUUCAGAGUUUUGAUUUUCUUCAGCUGUGUUUUCAGCUUUCUUUUUCACAGCUGGAAAUAAUUCUGCAAUAAUUAAGAAUUUGUUUUCAAUAUGAUGGUGUAAAUCAAGCAGGAAGCAGUGACAGUGAAAAUAAAGACCUUGCUGUAUAACAGAUUAUUUUGAUUUAGAUAUAUUAUGCCUGCAUUUGCAGAAAAAAUGAUUAAGAACUUAAAUAUAAAAGCAGUUUUCAUGAAAAUAAGAUUUUUUUAAUAACUCAGAUUUAAAAACAAUUCGUGUAUGUGUGCUACAUUUACACUCCCAAAUGAAUGUUUCCAGAAACACACUCACAUUUGUUUAUGUUUUUCCAUUUGGUAUACUUUCACACAGCUCUCCUGCAGGCACAUACUGUUCUUCAGGCCUAUAGGUGAACUUUUGCGCUUUGGAUUAUUUGGUCAUGACCUGUUGCAGGGUUACCACUCUGGUUGCCCAUCAGAGCAGUGAACUCAGACAGGAAUCACUUACUUAACUAAUUAAACUCUUAACACUUGGAGCAAUGGACCGUUUUAUUUUUUUUCACUCGCAAAGUUCAAAUUUGGCAUCUUUCUCCCUUUCGGUAUGUUUACAUUGAUUAAGUUUGUCAGACGUCUCCUUGAGUUUAAUACAAGUCGGUUACAUUUCCGAGGCCUUGACCUACAGGACAGGAUCAAGUGCAUUACAUUAAUGAGGAUUUCUUUACUACUCUAAGCAACACUUAGAAAGGGGGAGGUGUGUGUGUGUGUGUGAGAGAGUGUGUGUAUGUUUGUGUGUGUAUUUGUAGUGCUUUGAAUGUAAAGACAGCAGGAGUAAGACAGUGUAAUAAUGAGAUUCCACUGAUUUUCUUUAGGAAAAAAAUACAAUUUAUUUUAAUACAUAUUCAUACACAUUAAGUUCUGUUUUUAUGAUAUUUAGAUUAUCUCAAAAUAAUAUAGUCAUGUCAAAGAGUGACCUUUUUUAUUAUCAUGCUGUAGGUGUAAAUCUUGGAUAAAUUAGAGUAUCAUGCAGCAUCUAUUUAGACAGAGAUUUAAAGCUUUGAAAAUGUUUUUAUAUAAAACCUGCUUUUAUUUUACGAAGGAGGGGAAGUGGCUCCUUCUUCUGCAUUGUAACCUAUAUGUAAUUUUAUUCAUCGGGAACUCGAUGGCUGGUUUUACUUACAGUUCCAAGGCUCUAGGGGUUAAGCCUAUUAAGAAGCUAAGGUUUAUUUAAAAGAGUGGCAGUUAACUUAAAUAGGAUGUACAUAUUGACACCUGAUCGGCUUAGCUUCGUGCAGACGCUAAGCUUCAUGGGGCGAGUCUGAUCGCUACGUGUAUAGAAAUAUUUUGUAUGUACUCUUGGUAAAAAGUUAGUUAAGGUCUUAAGUAAUUGGAUCAGCUUGAUUAGUCCUAACUAAUUAGGAUCUCACUUCCGUCAGAGGAAGGCUUUAACAUAGGUGUGUGUGUCUUUAUGUACAGGCAGUUAGCAGCAUUCAGACUUUCGAGUAUGUCUUUGCCAGAUUUAUUAACAGGCAACACUGAAUAUUUGCGAGCAAGCUACCUAUUUUUUGUAAAUGUUCGAACCCGACAUUGACAGCCGGCGUAGAAACAGACCAUCGGUGAAACAAAGAGGCCUGUCAGAGCGCAGCCCUCACCAUGUUGUUCACUUUCUUUCUGAGGAGGUUGGAGAGGGAGUGUCCUUUCAGACACACACACACACACACACACACAUAUGCGUCGGUUUAGCCAAGGCAAGUGAGGGUCUUCCCAGUGCCCCUUCUAUGCACCCAUACACCCCUCUACAUCAUCUACCCACCCACCAACCCCACAGGCCUCAACAAAUCUGUUCCACAGAUGACGCUUUUAAUGCCUCUGGCAGAAAUCCCACUAUUUUACCCUUGGACAUGUGGUAGUAAAGCAGAGAGAGGGGGAGAGAGAGAGAAAAAAAGCCUAGAACAGCAGAGGAAAAAAAUCAUUUCUUUAUUUGACCAGAAAAACACCUCUCCUUUUAUGUAUUGGCAGAGGUGAAAAGCACAUGGGGAUGGAGGUAGCUUGGCCGGGUGCAUAAAAGAUCCGAGUGUUGACGACUUUACCAUCUGGUUUUUUGGAAACAGAGAAUAUCUUUAUGGCAUGGGAAACCAUUUGAAGAUACAAACAAAAAGCAUAUUCAGGAGAUUUUUAUGGCUGCUUUGUAGCAGCGAUGGAGUACUUCUGAGGAACGCAGAGUUUGAAAGUGUUUUUUUUCCAGACUUUGAAACUGCAAGAGGGAAAUGACAUUAGCAGCACACGGACAUCGAGUCAUCUGGUGUCCAGGGCACAGCAGGUGGCACAGGAAGUCAGGCCCUAUAUGGAAAUAGAGGAAGUCUGUACCUGGUUUCUAAAUGGAGAAGAAGUGUAGGAAAUGGGAUGGGUCACUGGAUGACUUCUGCGGUAAAGUUUGAAUUAAAGCUAAAAGUAAGUUAAAUAACCACCUAAAGGAUAUUUUUGCAUAGUAUUUCAUGCUUGCUAGCUUUAAAACAUGAAGUUUGAUGCUAGUAACUUCAGUUAAUGUAUUUAAUUUACAAUAGCAGCCUGUUUAACUGUACGGUUUUUAUGCUAGCAGCCUGUGUAAGUAUAGGGUUUUUAUGCUAGCAGCCUGUGAGGUAAACUCUGCGUUUUAUGUUGCUGUAGCAUAGCGUGUCCAUAGCUGGCCAGGCCUGUGUUUGGCUAAGCUCUGAAUAUGAUGAUAUAUGGCUUCGUUAUGAUUUUUAAUAACAAACACGGGCCCUAAUACACACGAAUAGUGAAGUAAAUCUGUCAGUGCCAUUCACAAGUGCUGCAGGACUAAGUAGGGGGCUCAGUUUGUAGUUAGCGUGUGUGUUUGUGUGUCCACAGAGCUUUGAGGUUAAGAUCUGGGGCCGUGCUCGCCCCUGGGUCAUUAGAAGUUGAGAAUGUUCAUGGUCAAUGUGGCAUGGUCAGGGACCACACACACACAUAUACAGACAUACUGUGUGUCUCAUAGGCCGUGGCACCUGUUUCUCAGAUGGCUGUGUGAAUAAAUCUUCAAAUGUCCUCAGCCAACAACACCACAACUCCACCCACUGUCUGUCUCUCUGUCUGUCCAGCUUUCCGUCAUAAUUCAAGCGGAAAUAAAUGUCCGGGGUCCACUGCAAAUUUCCAUAUCUCUGUUUUUCUUUUCAUUAUUUUUUCCCCUUUUCCGUCUCUUCCCUUACGCUCUCCUUUGAACUCCAAAUCUUAAGCUCAUAAAAUGCUCAACUUUUUAUGAUUGAGAUGGGGGAGGAAGGAGAGGGGCUUUGGAUGGAGCGAUUUGCUCGGACAUAUUUGGAGGACAUGUGGAGAAUUAAAAAGGUAGAAAGAGUAUUUUUCUCUGUCUCUUUUGACUUGAUCUCACACUCUUUCACUCUUUUUUUUCCCUCUCUUGCCCACUCCCUUUGUUUUGUCUCUGACUCUCCCCUCUUUCUCUCUCUCUCUCUCUCUCUUUCUAUCUCUCCCCUGGGGAGCUGCAGAUAGGCCAUCUCAUUACCCAUGAUCCUCCUGGCAACACCAUGGCCGGGAAAUGAGGGGUGGGGGGAAUUAAAUGAGGGGAAUGAUGGGAGGAGGGAGAGAUAGAAGGAAAGAAGAAGAGGAGAGGGGACAGGAUUUGUAGAUGCAUCAAAAGAAGAGUCACCCCUUUUCUCAUUUUCAUCAUCUCCUUUAUAUAUUUUUGUAUUUUUAUUUUUCAUUUCUUGCCUUUUGCCAUCAAUCAAAUCAUUUUUUCUCUGCUCCCCCCCUCCCCUUUGAGAUUUUAUUCUCCUCCAUCUCCCUCAGAUCGAGAUGGCUGUGCUUAUGCAUCUGUGAUAUUAAGUCUACCGCUGUGCCUUGGCUAUUAGCAGGGGUCAACCCGGCCCACUCUCAUUUGAAAAUCAAAUGGCCCUAUAUAUAUGCAGCCCAAAUUAUUGGACUGUCAUUUGGACUUGUGUGAUGGGGAAAUGGACAGGAGAUUGACUCCCAUAGAUUUGCAUAAAAAGCCAUUGUGCUGGUCCCCCGGAAUAGAAAAGAGACUGGAUCUAUUUCAAAUGCAGUGCACCAUUUAUGACACACACUCGCACAUAAAUGCAGCGAGAAGCACGGCAUUUCAUGCAUCCAUAGAUACACACACUCACGGGCACGCCAUAGUUUUGGUUAUCGAGUUGCUAUUUUCCACUUGAGCCCGUGUCCUCUUGUUCCAGACACAGGCUCUUGAUCACUGCGUCCUUGUCUCACACUCAAAGACAGACUUAAAGAGUUGCUAUUCUGUUCAAAAAGGAAUGUUCUCAGACACUUCACACUGGAUGCUACUUGAUGCGAGAUAUAGAUUUUCAUGUUCUGUCAUGGAGACGGAUGAUGCAGCCUGCCGUCGAGGGUUCAGAGCUGUAAACUUGAACAGACGAGUGAAUUCACCUCAGUGUUUUUGCCAGAAAGGUUGUCUGUCUGUCUCUCAUUCUCUUUAUUUUUCACUCUAUACAAGUUGUUCUUUUUCUGUCUCUUUCUGCCUGUUGGUAGAUUAUUCGAAUAGUCUCCUCUUUCACCUGCGAGGCUGCUACAAUGGAAAUCUUUCAGAGGUCUGGUGAAGUGGGGAGUAGGGGAGGGUAGUGGCUAAUUAAAGCAUAAAAGCAGGUGUGUGAGCAUGUGUGUGUGUGUGUGUGUGUGUGUGUGUGUGUGUGUGUGUUUGUAUGUGGUGCUUUGUGUGUUUGACAGAAAGGUUUGAAUAGACAGACUUCUCCAAGCCCCUCCCCCCUUUUCCUCCUAAUAAUCCUCAUAGAUAUUAAUAGGAGUUUCACCCAUUCUCCCUGCAACGCCUUAACCAGAUGGUCAGCAAAGCAUUAGGGUGUGUGUGAAAUUGUGUGUGUGUGUGUGUAUGCAGUGUCCAGCUUUGGUCCGGCUCCUGAUUGACACUCACUUGUAAGGUUUAAUUACUACAGCCGGCGUCCUCUAACUUCCCUCUAACUUCUAAACUUUUAGACGAAUCAGUCCUGUAGAUUUUAAACAACAGACGCUUUCCGUUUUUGUAUAUUCCUGAGUAAGAAAAAACAACAGACAGCGUUGGUUUCCCUGUUUAUGAACCCAGGUGUGAUCCUGUUCAUUAUCUCCCCCACUUUUUUCUAAACUGUGGCUCAUUUGGGCCUGACCGGGCCGAGCCAUGCUAGGCCGAAGCCGAGCCGUUUGUCCGUGUGCAGGGGGCUGUGAAGCAGAUCGGGACUGACAGGUAUGGGAACGAUAGCAGAAAGAGGGGGUGCUAUGGAGAAUGUCGGGAGGGGUCAGUCAGUGUCUUCCAGACCACCAGAAAGAAGGGAACAUCGCUGGGAUGCAGGAACAAAGGACCUAGCAGGAGUUUGUCUUUUUUUUUUUCCUCUUGAACCCUCCCACCCCUGCCAUAUCCCUAAAACCCACCCAAAUACACCCACCUUCCUCUCCCUCCUCCUCCUCCUCCUCUUUCUAUCCUCACACCCCCUACUCACACUUCUCUUCCUCUCCCUUGCUUCCUUUCAUCCUCAACUCCUCCUUAUCUUUUGUUUUUCUCUCGGUCUUGAUCAUCUCUGAGAAAGUUUAGAAAAGAUAAAUCAGGUUGUAAUCAAAGAGGGGCACACUCAGCGUCAUUUUUGAUACCUUGAUUCGAUCAGAGCUGCCUCACACGGCAGCUAGAUCAGAUAAAUAUUUCCGCGUAAGUUCAUUAGUGUGACUUUAAGAAUCAGCUGACAUUUAAAUGUUGUGUGAAAGCUGUCUUAGUCCCUUUACGUGUACGUCAAAUCAGGACAGGAAGGUGUGCCCCUCCUGAAAUGCUACCUCAGCUUCAGAAUGGUAUUUAGAUAGCGCAUUCACACUUUCCCCCCUCUCAUGAAGCUAUCAGGAUAUUGAUAUGGACAAAGUUGAACUGAAAUACUCCUCAACGCCCUUCCAAAUCAAUAAUCAAUCGAUUGGAGGUAAUUGUGCCUCCCUUGGAACGGUCCCAAGUCUCUCUCUCUCUCCUGCUCCUUCUCACACUCUCUCUGUCAUUAUCAGCAUGUGGCCCAGUAUUUGGCAUUUCAGCAUUCCAGCUGUAAUUGAUUUUAACCAUUAGGUGCUCAGUGAAUAGAUAAGUAGUGGGAGAUAUUCGAUUAUACAGUGAAAAAAAAAGAAAGAGAGAUGAGGAUGAAAACAGAGGGAGGGAGGAAAGAUUGAGGGAUGUUGUCAGAGAGCCUGGAGAAAAGAGGGACUGACCCGUCCCGCUGUCUAUCCGUCUCUACAACUGGUCUUCCAUCCUUGCGGCAGCACAAUAACGCUGACCUCCUGUGAGUUCAAGCAGCUUAGUUUCUGCGAGGUAAUCCCUAAUGCUUUGAAAUAGACCUGAUAGAAAGCCCACUUGCUUGUCCGGGAUUAAUGCGGAAUUGGUGGGGGUAGGUGGGGGUCUAUGGGGUCCUUAGUUUCAGCACAUUUAGUCAAAUUAACCCAUUGGAAUUAUCAUAUUCCACUGUAAUUGUGGACUUAGUCGCACAUGGACGAGGAGCGGACUCUCUUUAAAGCAUGUUGUGCUUUACGGGCAGACAGAUGGGACACUUAUAUUCAGCGGAGUUGUAUAAUAUCCGCUUCUAUGCAUUAAUUCACCCCCCCGCCCCACUCCAUCUCUAUUGUUUGUGUUUAGAUUCACUAUGCUGGUGGUCAAAGUGCUAUUAUUCCUUUCAGUGGACGUCCAUCCCCUGUGGAGGCCAUUUUGAAUCAGAGUGCAUCCAAGCCAAGGGUGGUAUUGCUUUCCAACUGUUUUCUGAAGAUAUAAGUUUUUUUUUACUCUGUCCUCUUUUCCUCAUUUUGGCAGUGUAGGUUAGGACUUGGGGUAGGGGGGAGGUUGGUGGUGGGGGAACAAAGGCAAACAUUUGAGUAAUCUUCAAAGAGCCCAUUGGUAUGUUGAGUGGACGCUGGUAUGCGGACUGCGGCUGAGGCUUUUUCAGGGGAAAACAAUAUCCUUCCUUUAGACAGCCCGGGCUUGGGCAAACACUACCAGCCAGGCGACUCUGCCCAGUGUUGCCACUGCUAUCAGCUUACCCCCCAUCCUCCUCCUCUUCCUUUAGUUAAUACAGAAAAUGGUAGGGUCCCUUCUAUGUUGCCGGUGCGCCGCAGCUCAUCAUUAUGGGUUUACGGGGAAAAGACAGAACAGCCCAGGUUGUUGAGCGUUCGGUGAAUCGAGCUUAUGUGGCGCUGAAACGAUCUACUUUUACUCUUGAGAUACUGUAGUUAAAAAUCAGAGGGUUAAAGCAGGAGAAGAGAGAGCGGGGUGGACUAAAAAUCGGCCAUCUUUUGUGAAGAAAGUAGGAGGGAUCAAGUGUGCCAUCUUGUAGGUCAACUGCGAGGCAUUUGAUUUCCUGUUGCAAUAUGCAAACGGGCGCUGCUGAAGAGGUGCUUUUCAUUGUGCUCCCUCUGGCAGAGGUACCACUUCAACUUGCACACACACUUCUGCACAGCUUGCGCACACAACAAACCACAUUGUUACACUCUUUUCUUGGAAGAAGGCCUGAACUUUGCCUUUUGUUCCAUGGAGUGUGUUGAAAUAUCACAUUUUACGCUUCGGAAGUGGAUUAUGUAAGAGUAUAUUAUGUAGUGCUGAAAGUUAAGUAGGUAUAGAUUAGGCAAGUCAUGCAUGCGAUGAUAUAGUUGAAGAAGAAACGGCAUGAGAGUACACUGGUUUAAUAAACACGGCUCUAAAAGGAGAGAGACAGACAGUCUGCCAUUUUGUGACAGUUUCAAAAUGAACUCCCUUUGUCCAGUAAUCAGUAGCCAUUUUCUCACGAGGAUCCACCCCAGGGAUAAUUUCUCCCAUUUCUCUGUCAUUAGGAGCGCCUGGCAUUAGGCUUGUGUUUUGUUCCCUGUACCUUUUGUUUUGUGCUAAGUGAAACCAUGCGACAGGGUAGGGGCUAAAUGGAAAACAAUACUCCCCUUCACAGGCUCAGGAAUGUGUAAUUAGUGAUUUGAACCCGGCUACGCUCGUCUAGAUUCUCCCCUAUCAUUCUCUCUCUCUCUCUCUCUGUCUGUCUCUUGUUCUUUUGUUCUGUCUGUCAUGGAUUCUCACUCUCCUUGCUUCUCAAUCUAUCGCUUAGUUUCUCCCUCUCUCUCAUUCCUUCUGUCUAACUCUCUCUAAUAGACAUUUUUCAGCAUGUCUCCAGUACGAAAAAGGGCAAAAAAACAAACUUGGCAAAAAUCUUUCAGCUCCCCUCGGCACCAAAAUUAUUUUCCCUUCUCUUCCCUUUCAGUUUUAGUUAAAUAUAACAACAUCAGUGUAGUACAAACCUCUUUGAUGGUACCGGCCAAUAAGCUGAAGGGCCAGAAUUUCAACCUCUUUAUUUUUGUUUUCUCCCCGUCUUUCAUAGAAACUGUCAAUUAGGCCCUGCCUUGAUUUCCCAAAAGCAUCUCUGCAUGCUGGAAAAACUGAAAAAUGAUGAACCCAACCCAAAACCAUGUUAGCAUUUGCGCGCUAUCCCUCCCCUUGUUCACUUUAGGGGAAAAAAAAAAAGACGAUCCCCAAGCAUGCUCAGUGAUCUCGAUUUCAGCAUUUUAUGAUCUCUGUCCCCUCGUGAGUCAAUGGAAAAGAUAAUCUUUGCAGCAAUAUGGUUUAGGGAAUUGGGAGGUCUGGUCAGUCUCACCUGGCGGCGAUGGAGACAAGCGGGGGCUUUUAGACCCUAAUGGGCUAAGGUCAGGAUGGCUAAUAGGGAGUAAGUGGCUGAGCCAUGCCGUCUAAAUCUAAUGCUAAUGUAAAUACUGAUCCAUUUUCAUGGAAGAUGGAGGUGAGCUGGCUUUUAAGACACCUGACACACAUACACUGAUAAGAAGGGAAGAUUCGUCUUUGUCGGUGUCCCUCUAGACUCUGUAACCCAAACCGUAAAGAAUAAAUACGUUCGGAGAUGCUAAAGAGAUAUUUCCUUCACUGAUGACGAUUUGAGGAAAUGGAUCCCGCUGUAAAUAAAGCGUCUGUUUCUCCAUGUUUCAUGUUGGUGUAUGAGUGUGCCAGGGCAAAAGAGAGAGAGAGAGAGAGUUAAAGAUUGAGAGUCUGAUGGGGUUUUUCCAAGAGAGGGGGCCAGGGGUCAGAAAGCUGUGAACUUCUGAUUGACCUUUGCCCCACAUGUCAGACACACUUACGUCACUGCCACAAGUGUGUGUGUCUGAGUGAUUGAGUGUUUGCGUGUAGGAGUCCGACAAAUGAAAGGCAUGAUCAUUAACCGGACUUUAGCGUUACAUGAUUUUCCAAACUCAUCCAAAGACAGAUCACAGUUGCUCCUCUGUUUCUCUUUUAGCGCUGAUAAAUACAGAAAAGAGGGGAAAAAAAGUGAAGUGAGUGAAAAAUGGAAGAAAAGCUCCGGACUGAAAGAGGGAAAGACAACACGGCGGAGGAGAAGAAUGACAGAAAGCUAGCAGGAAAGCCUCAUUGUGAUAACUCAUUUAUUUGCCUUGCCUGUUAUUAUGCAAGAGAUGCUUAUUAUUGUAGGGUGACCUGUGCUAAGCUAGCUUACAGGCCCUGUGCCUCACAUACAGGCCCCAGAGCUGUGAUCACAUGAGACUGCCAGCAUGCAGGAGCUCGAGAGAGAGAAAGAGAGAAAAAGAGAGAGAGAGAAUUUAGUGCUGGGAAGAAUCGUUCUUUGCAUUUCUGGUGGUAGAAAAAUGGAAGACAACCAUCAGCGAAGGGAAAAAAAAAAGGUCAGGUUGGUUGGGGAGUUUUUUUUUUUUUUUUUCUUGGGAUUGUUUUGUGUCUAGAGCGCCUUCAGAUCACAAACAGUGGCCUUGAAGGAGCGAAAGAGAGAGGGAGAAGCAGGAGAUGUGUGAGCAAAUGCAGUGUGCACUCAGCAGUUUUUGUACGUCUUGUAUUUGCAUAUUUGUUUUUGUGCGUGUGCAGCACCGAAACUGUCUCUCUAUACAUUAUCUCUGCUGCUCUCUUUAUCUGUGACUGUUAGGUGACACAUACCUGGGCCCUCAGCUGCUCCUUUUUUUUUUUUUCAGCAGUGCAGUCUGACAGUGAAUCCAUCGGCAGUGAUCUUGCGUUACAUCUACUGUAUGUCUUGGGGGCUGAGCGGCGGUUAGCAGUAACAUGUGUUAGGGAGGUGGUAGCACUGAUGGAAUCCUACACUUGGCAGCAUUCCAGGCAGCGCUGGUAUGUGUUUAAAAUACUUUCAAGGAACAAAACACGCUUUUGUUAUUUGCCGGGCCAAGUGGGGCUGUUUUUGUCCCCGAUGGCCCCCGGGGGCCCAGGGGGAAUAGCACCGGAAGCUGGUGAUGUUCCAAAAAGAAGGUAUACCCGACAACAAGCUCCCUGCUUCCCCUUUUUAAAAACACUCUGAUGAAAGGAAAUAAAGAGGUUUUUUCACGAUGUGUGGGAUGCACAUUUGCAUGCGAGCGCACUCUCAGCGGACAGGAAGAGGAAAACAGAAUGUAUGAAAUGAUCUUUACGUAUAAAACGUGUGCGCACACGCUCGGAAACACACAAACUGGUUAUUAAGACACAGCUGCCAUCGUGAAGGGUUCUUAUUUUCAGAAUGUGUUCAUUAGCUGUCUGGCUCUACACUUAAUGACAGGAAAUGUCAUGUUUGUACUGAAUACCCUAAUUUUUCAUUUGGUUUAUGGAGGAAAAAAACACAACUCUGCUGCUUUUCAAACUAUUCCACAAACACACACACAAUCAGAGGCUUCCACACAAAAUAAAAGCACGAUUGAAUUAUAAACAGGAAGAAAGAAAAAAAAAACACUUAUACGAGGUUAAUCAAAAAAUGUGGAGGCAGAAAUUACUGAUACAUUAGAGCUAAACCUACACACACGUACAGUUCGAAGAAGAGAACAUAAAACUCGAAUUAUACCCACACCCAUCCGCACACUCACACAUAUACGCACCUCCACACUCACUUUGACGUACGUAUACAUGCAGGGGGAGAUAAAAGAAUCUGUGAGACGAUGUCUUUUGCUUUGGCUUAUUAAGAAUUCAGUUAAUGAGGCAGCUUUGUCACCACAGAUGGAACAAAUGAAUAUGAGAUAGCAGCGCCGCCAUCCUUCCUCGCAAACACACGCAGGGAGCGAGCAGAGGGGAGGUGUGUGCGCUCGUGUUGAUGUGUUUGUGAGAAAAGGUGUUUUGUAAACAUCUCAUUCUGCAUAAUGAAUGUGGUCCUCUGUCAUCCUCACACACGCAGACACACACUCGGCGAGGCACACACAGCGCCUGGCAAACCACUAACACAAGGGAGCUUCCCUUACCUGUCAAAUUGACUCUCCUCCCCUCUCCUCAUGCGAGUCCCAGGGUGUGUGUGUCUAUGUGUUUGAGUGUGUGUGUGUGUGUGUCAUCGACGGGCCUCACAAUGUUGUGUUUUUGACAGGUAAACAGGAAGUCCCGGGUGUCAUAAUUUGCAUUCUGUGUAUGUGGAGAGGGGGUGUAAGUGCACCUCCUCCACCAUCCUGAGACGUCUGUGCCAUGUUUAGGUCCACCCAGGGAGGGCUGUUUAGCUGAUUUUGAUUGGCCCAUGGGGAGAGUUAGCGUAUUUGGUUGUUUGCCAAACACUAAUCCUCAACAAUUAACCACCAGGCACUCUGGAGUGGUGCCAUAUUGACAAGGAUGGGCCUUUUUUUGCCAGUCUGCCCACACAAAAACACACACACGGGCGAUUGUACAACAAGAAAACGCAUGUAUGGCACUUGUACACACACACCCAAAAAUCAGCCGCGGCGUAAAUUACAUACACAUUUCAAGCAGACACACAUGGGUGCAAAACCCAGAAGCAGGAACAGUGUGUUUGUGUGUUUGAAUAUGCAUUACACAGCCCACGCCUGGCAGGAGUCAAAGCGCUCCUUUAAAAGUUCAUAAAUCAUGGAUGUUCUGGCCUGUGAUCACCAGACCGCCUGCAUUUCUGGCCUGCAGAGCGCCAGAGAGCGACAGACAGCCCUCUAGUUUAGGUCUUAAACAAACCCUUUGGAAUGUGCUGAUGGAGAGAGAAUUAAUAUUAGGACUAAACCUAUCUGGCAGCCCAGUCCAACCCAAAGUAUAUGAUGCAGAUACUCCCAGCCCAAGCCGCAUAAUCUAAAAACAAAUAGAAUGUAAGUUAGGGCUGUGAAGGAUGUGGAGCAUUUAGGCCACUUCUGAUUUAUAUGAAUGUGUCUUAUUUUCAGAGCAGUGUAAUUACCUUAAUGGCUGUACCAUUAGGAAAAAACGGAAAAUUAUCAAAGAAAUCCCAGUGAAACCUUCUUUUCUGUUGAUAGGAGGGCAAUGUGAGGAGUUUUCGACUGAUUUUGAAACAACAUCACCCUUAAAAUGACGUCGCUUAAUCAGCGGUGAAAUCACCCAAAGUUAGAUAAGUUUAGCUCCACUCGAGUUCGAAGUGAGAUUAAAGUUAGUAAACAGCAGUGAUUUUCUUUCUUUUUAUAGUUUUUUUUCAUUAUGUUUUGUACUCAUUGCUGUUACUGUUAAAGUCCCACUCAGAUGAAAAUCUUUCAUUUCUGUCAUUUUUCUGAAGCUGAAUGCGAAUUGCUUUUCUGAGUAUUCAUUCAAAUCGCUGUAAAUCUCUAGCAGACCCAAAUCGCAGGUUCAGAUACAGUUAGAUUUCCUACGUAGCAAAUCAAAGUUUCGUCCCCAGAGCCCCCAGACUCCAAAAAAUUGAGGGUUAGGGUCAGGGCUUGAUCGCGGAACAAGCGUGUGCGUUAGCGGAUUGCAAUGCUUGUAAGUAAGCUAAUCAUGAUAUUAGCUUUCAUCGUGUUCCUAAAGACAUUAGUGUCCGAGAGCUGAAUAGCUCAUAUGUUACCUGCUACUUCUACUAAACCGGGUAUGUUAGGCUACAUGCUAACGUGAAGAGCAGCGCUGUCUCCGCCCACGACUCAAAGGCAGAUUGCUAAUGAUUUACUUGAGGUAACAUGAUUUUUGGUAAAAACUUCAUAAUCACAGUUUAAGGACCACUGAAAACACUUAAAGUAGUAACAAAAAUGAUCGGAGUAGAACUGUAAAGUAUUGUUUCUCGGCCUAAAGACCAAAAUGUCUAUGAACAGGAUUCAAUUUCCACUGCCAGCAUGUGAAUAAUUUGCUUCUCUUUUCGGACAAAAGAGCAACUGUAACAUCAAGUGACCUGCAGCAUUAAACCAGCAGGUCCUGUCAUCUUUUGUAAGGAACAAAUCAGAGUUUACCAAAGUUCUGUAGUGGCUACAUUUACAGUAGUUACCGUUAAAUCACUCUGCAUCCUGCAAACAAUUGUCUCGACCGAAAACAUCAUGUUAAAGUAGAAGGUCUGUACUCCAUUCAUUUGUCCCCCACAACAAAAGCCUACUCUGUUCAAAGCCAUAUUUUUACAACAGUGGGUGAUGCUCAUGGGAAAUGCAGUCAUCAUACACUGGAAAAACUCUCCCAAUUUUAUCCAAGAGGGUCACAAGAAUCAACACAAUAUCAAAGUUCUUCACAGCCCUUUCAACAAAUCAAAUCUGUUCAUUUUCGGUGAGCCUCUCCUCUGGCAUUUUUGAAUAUUUUACUAAAGAAUGGCAUUGGAGGACAGAAAUUCCCCGUCAUUUCAGAAUAGUCAUUAUUUCAGAGUAUGUAGCAAGAGCCAUGACAUAACUGAGAGAAGAAAAAGAACAAGUGCAGAGCUGAGUAAAGUUCCCUCUUUUUUAUACUGAAGUGGUAUUGAUUGAUGACAGAAUGAAGUUUAAAAGCUUUUCCGUAUGUUGUGAGCAUUCGGAGUAAGUUGGACUUUGAGGGCCAUUAUGAGCGGCCAGAACGAGAUGAUUGGUGCAUCUCGAAAGGCUGAGUCCUGGUGCUUGUGAGCAAAGAAAAAGCUGAUGAGAUUUGUAAUCGCUCCAGAGUUUUCUCGUUCUACCACCAGGGUUUCCUACGAGUUGAAUAUGUGUAAAUAGAAAUGCUAUAUGAAUGAAAAGACAUUAAACUUCAACCUUCUUGUGUGUGUGCCUGUGUGUGGGUGUCUGUACCUCCAUGGGCACAUGUGUGUGUGUGUGUGUGGUUUCCAGGGUAAAGCUCAGCAGCUUGGUUCUCCUGCUUGGGAGGGAGGGGAAGAAAGAAAAGGAGGAAAGAGAGAGAGAGAGAGAGAGAGGGAGCGAGGGAGGCCUCUUUUCACAGAGAAACAAAGAUAGCUGUAAUUAAUGGCCCUGAGCUCUGGACUAGGGGAGCUUUCUUCUGACAACUCCGACUUAAUUAAAACUUAAGACUUCUGAAAGGGCCUCUGACUGCGAGGGGACGUCCCACCGUCUCGUGAGAAAAAGCUCGUAAGAUUCCCUACAAAAGAAAGAAAGAGGGAGAGACAGAGAGAAAAGAUGUGUUAGCCGCUGUAGCUAUGUUGCUAAUCCCUGUUUGUCAAAGGAGGAAGAGGGAAAGUGGGAGGAGGGGGUUUGAACUCACACACCUGCAGCUAACCGUGCCCCCCCCCCAACCCUCCCAUACACUCAUACAUUUUCUGUCUUCCUCCCGCUCCAUAUAACAUGUUGCAAUAAUGCUCGGGAGAAAAUAUCACCUUGCUAACUUUUCAAGAAUGAAACAUGUUCCUGUAGGAGCGGUGAGAGACACACACAUAUACACCAUUACGAGUAUUAAUUCAUGCAUAGUAGCCUGCACCUGUUUCUCACACGGCUGUAUGAAUAAAUCUUAACAAAGCAUAAACCAACCUUCGUGAGCCACCUCUGUGUCUCUGUCUCUUUGCCUGGCUCUCUUUUUUUUUUUUUUCCCUCUCAGCCUCCCUCCCCUCCCUCCACAGAGGAUCAGAUAAUAAAAGCUUGGCCUGCUCUUUUGUUUUUGUGCAUUGUUCAUUAGCCCGGCAGCAACAACAGAGGCACACUUGAUAUGCUUGGCUUGACUGGGUGUAUGGGAGUAGGGCAAGGUGGGAUGGGGGCUGUGUGCCCGCGUGUGUGCGCAUGCGUAGGCUUGUGCGUGUGUGUGUGUGCGUUUGUGAGCGCGCACACGUCGAGGUAGGGGGUAGCUUUGCAUGGCUGCAAUGCCAUUAAGGAGGCAACUGGAAAUUAAGGGCUUGCAACUGACAGCACACGUUGAAUGAGAAACCCCUGCAGCUGCUAACAAUGAGGAGAGCCGGACAAUGUUCAUGUUAAAGACAAAAAUAGUGGUCUGAGCGCUGCCUCUUGUUUUGUGUGUUCUCCAGCUUUAUGUCACCUAAAAUAUAUCUAGUUAAUUUGGAAAUAAUGGUCUCUGAAUGUAAAGACAAUAUCGAAACUUAAACCUACUCCUGCGGAUUCAGCAACAUUUUCUUUUUUUUUCCCCUGUUUCUAAUUAUUGAACCAAGUGCUUUGAAAAAUUACAGAACAUAUUGUGCAGAAAAAUAAUGGUUUAAAGUACCGAGUUGUUACUCAUUGAAAUUUAACAGGUUAUAAAAUGAAUCAUAAGAGUCAGAAGGCAGUUUUACAGAAAUGUGGCACUUUUUAAAAACCAAAUGUGAUGCGAGAAUUGCGCAAAAAUGCAAAGUUGAAGCUGUGAGAAACACCCAACCUCUUCCCUGAACUGUCUGUACGAUCCAAAAAUGUGAACACCAUCUAAUACACGCUCUAACUUCUCUCUUCACAGCACUUGCAGAAGCAGGACAGUGCGUACAGCCCGGAGUCGUGCGUCUACUACUGCACCCUGUGUGACUACUCCACCAAGGCCCGCCUCAACCUGGUGCAGCACGCCCGCUCGGCUCGCCACCAGCAAAACGAAGGACUGAGGAAACUGCAGCUGCACCAGCAGGGCCUGGGAGGGGACGAGGAUGGACUGAGCUUCCACGAGCUGUUCCAGGUCAAGGAGAGCCCGUCCAGCCAAGGUCUGUGACUCUUUGACCUGAUUUGUCUGCUAGCUGAGGUUUUAAGAAGCUCUUUUUGGGGUUGUGUUCAUGUUUUUGUGUGUCAUAUGUGUCACCUGGACAUGUUUUUUUAAAACCUCAGUUUUUACUUUGAGCGGUCAGUUUUCUUUCUUUGAAGUCACAUCCAUCUCUCUGUUCCCCCCUAAGCUCCUCCCAUCUCUUUUUCUCCCAUUUCUGCACCACUCCCUCUUCAUUCUGUCAAACUUCUCCUCCUCCCUCCGUCCCUCCUUCCUUCGGCCUUCAUAUCCAGAUCACGUCUCUCGAUACAGACCCGUCCAUUCCUCCUAAUCUCUCCAAAAUGAGCAUACUGUUCCUAUUAGGCUGCCGUGCUUAUAUCUGCUACACACACACACACACACACACACGCAGAGUUAAACACAAACACACACUGUCCCGUGCACAGGGACAUCCCAGCCAGGCAAGCAGUGAGUUUAUGAAAUUUCACCUUGGGAGUAUCUUGUAGUGAAAAAGCCUCUGCACACAUAGGAUAGCCAAACACACAUGCAUUGCACACACACACACACACACGCACACACGUAUGCUACAGCUACACAGUCUCUCCCUGGAGUGAGCUUUCAUUUCCUUUCUCAUGACCAAAGCAAUUUGGCUUUCAUUUAAGACUCUCCGUCCUGCCAGCAGCUAAUAAGUGUAACAGAACUGUAAAACAUUCAGAGAGACAAAAAAAAAAAAAAAAAGAUUAAUCGUUUUUCUUUGAGUGGGGGUUGGAUGGUUGGUAAGGGGUUGCAGGGUGUAAGGGGAGGGGGCUGUGCUGUAAUUUAAACCAGAAGACCAAGAGUCAGGGUCCAUUAUUUAGUCAUCCCUAUGUUAAUGCUGCCGGGAGAAAAUGAGCGCUUAACUUGUUUUUGCUUUGCUUGACCUGAAGGAGCGGGUGGGAUGUGGUGGGGUGGGGUGGAUGAGGGGAGGGCAACACGUUUUGAAUAGCAUUCCAGCAUAGUAUUAGCCCAUACAUCCAUCUGUGAGUGUGUGUGUGUGUGUGUGUGUGUGUUUCAGCGUGUGUAUGAGUGUAUUCCAGCAUGAAUCUGCGCUCCCCAAAGUGUCCUGUUUAUACUGUACAUGUACUCCCAAAACAGAUGGAGGCCCAGCGCUUAGAAACACAUGUGAAUCCCAACACACACACACAAUCACACACACACACACACACACACACACACACACACACACACACACACACAAGAGCAGGAGAAGAGCUCCCAAUCCUGAAAUGGAGACUGUUGCCGGUGUACGUUUGGUUUUAAUUACACAUGGAUCAAAGUUUCGGUGAGAUUUGGGGGUGCAGCAGAAAAGCAUGCUUACAUAAAUCAUUACCGUACAUUUUAACAUGACCCUCCCUCCUCCCUCUUUUUUUUCUUCUCCUGCUCUCUUUUUCUAUCUCUCUCCUUUUUUGUCCUGCUUAUUCCAUCUUCCACUCUCUCUCCUGCUCCUGCCCAUUUUUUUUUCUAACCAGAGCAGCUUUAAGCCUUUUCUUUUUUCUCCCCCCCACUCUCUCCCUCUCUCUCUUUUUUUUUAUAUCUCAAACCAGUGAGUGCAACCAUCUUUUAAACCUGUCAGAAGCAAUAAUCGCCUGCUGCACCUAUUUCAAAUGUUCCGCUCUUAAAACACACCAUAUUUGUUGCUCGGGCCUUCGUUUUUAUACCUUGGCUUUGAUGCCACAUGGUAAAUUUCCACGAGGAAGCUAGCGCUAAGCUUAAGCGGACGCUGGCGGCGACUAAAAUGCUAAGCCACUUUUUUGGAUGCCCUCCUUUUGCCCAGUCUAUAAAAUAUUUUAGUGAACAACAGUAUUCUUUCAUAAGGUACAUGUUAAAUGUUUCAGAGGUAUUUCCUUGUAGACCUUACAAAGUUUGCAGGUGUUGGCACAGAUGGUGUUACAGUGUUUGAACUGGAGAUAAACACUAAGCUUUAUGUGAUAAAUGGGAGUUCUUGUUCCUUCUCUGCAGUGGACUCAACAUUAUUUUUUUUUCUGUAUUUUAGCAGUUUUGAGCCGAGUCCUCUGUGUUUUAGAUUACACAACAACACGUGCGGAUAUUACAUGCCAGAGUAGUUUAUGCCCUAUAAAAGAAAAAGUAUAUUAUAGCUGCUUUAGGCCCGUAUAGUGAUAGAUGAUGUGAAUGUUUUCACUGAUGGAAAAGGCUCCAUAGUAGGCAACAUUUCCAGCCUGAGUUCAGUUUAAGGACCCCUCUAUUGGUGUGUACGUGCAUGUGUAUGCAUGCCACUAGUUUUCUGGGGCUACAACUCCUGACUCGAGCACUUUCUGUUCAUUAGAGACCGGUAUGAAAAAGAUUAAUUUAAGUGCUGACCGGUAUCUUUCUCUUAAAGCUUGGGACCUGGCACUUGGCCAGAUAAUUAUAGGCCCAUUUGGGAAUAAGAGUUCUAAUGCUCUGGACUUUAUGUACAUGUGAAUGGCUUUCAUUAAACAAUUUUGAUGCUGAUUUUAUGGCCUAAUUAAGGAUACAGUUCUGCAGAGACACACCGCAAAGGGUAUAGGUGUUUCGAACAAAGACGGGAGUGUACACGCAACACUUUUGUCAGACUGCAUUGUGUGCAUGUCAACACGUGGGUUUGCUUGUGCACUCUUGAGGUUGAAAUUCCCCAAACCUGGGCCCAGCCGUCUCAUCCUUUACACUGGGUAAACACAAUUGUCAAGGGGGGGAUAUCUGACUCUCAUCGGCUGUUCAGACAAAACUUCUUACUCUGUUUUUUUUCCCCUCCCUGUGUCCUUUAAAGACAAAAGGCCCUCUGUGUCCACAUUACCCGGAUAAACCGUCCCUCUCUGUAUACAAUUAGAAGUGUUAAAGAAAAUUGAGUUUAUGAAAAAAUGCCAGUUUGUAUCAGAGGAGCAUGCAUAAAUGAAUUGCCUCUCAACAUGGAGGACUCGGACGCCAUUUUACUUUGAGGGUCGUCCAAAAGUUGUUAGAGAAAUUAGAUUUUUUUUGGUGCCCUUCUCCACUUCAUAACGAAGUUAAGCCCUGAAUGGAGCCGUUUAGUGAAAUCCAAGAAGUAAAGCAAAAUAUGACAGAUUGCAAGUCAUGGGUAUUCCAUCAUUGAUUUUAUAAUUCGACCAAUUUGUUAAACCGUAUUUUGGGAGACAUUAACAGUCUCUGAAGUUAAGUUGUUACAAUGAUUUUUCUCUGUCUGGAUGUUAUUCUGUCAGCGCUCAUGUCUCUCGACCAGCUGACCGUUUGUUUAGCAGUGAAGAACACUAAGAGGAGGUUUCUGUACGUGUGCCUGAGUGUGUUUUUUCUAUGUACGCACCCUCGCCCAUUAGCCUUGUGCUCCAUCAUGUGUAAAGCUCCUCAUAAGCCAGACCAAGCAGAAACACAAGGGUCUUUUCUGCAUACUUUACUUUCUGUCAUUUCUUUCUCCCCCCCGUCCUCUGCUCCCUCUGUCCCUCACAGAAAGGAAAAGGGAGAUGGGAUCUUAUGGAGGUAAUUAUUUCUGAGAGCCCAGCUUGUCAUCCAUCCCUCCACCACCCCACCACCCACACAUCUCCAUCCCUCCAUACUCCCCCCCUCCAUCCUACUGCCACCACCCAACAUGCAUUAAAGAGGGAGGGAGAGAGCCCUCUUUGUCUGAGUCCCUCUUUUAAACAAAAGACCUCGUCGGACUUAGAGAGACCAACAACACUUUUAUGUGGACGUGUACAUGCGAGUGUGUGUGUGUAUUCGGCGUCUUUUGUUUUCUCAGAGUGAUAAGGCUCUGGGACAUUUUCAGUUUCUGGUCAAAUUAGUGUAGCUGUGCUAACCAUUUACAUAGCUGCUGUAGGCUAAAAACCGAGCCUAAUGGACACUUAUUAUCGCUACAUGUGCUUGUUUGUAGAAGUGGAUUCAGAUUUGUGUGUGUGUGCGAGUGUGUGUGCUGCAAGCAAGAGGCGAUGGCACCUGGUCAGAGAGCAAAUGUGCCAUGUUGCUUGUUUCCAGUCGCGCCGCCGACGUUUCCUCGUUUUCCAAAUUUACCUAACCCAAACUGGAUGAGUCAAAGCACCAAAAGCGAUCAUUCAAUUUACAUCGUGGGAAAAGGCUUAGCUGUCUCCCAAAGAGCAUUUCGAUGCGAUGACACCCGAGCAUCUCUAGGCGUAUUAGGUUUUCCCUCGUCCUUCUUCACUUUUACUUCUUCAUGUUCUACUUUUUUCCCCUCCGGGUGGCAGGGCUGGUUUCGCCAUUCCAGCGGUUCUCCUCUCUCCUCAGACAGAAGUCUAUUUCCAGGGUUUGUCUCAGUAAUUUGUGGCCAUUACAUAAACAGUCACGGAUGGUCGGAGGAGUGAGAGAAAGGAUGCAACACACACCCAGAUCUAGCUAACCGCUGGAGUCAGCGCAGUGGUGGCCAUUUUCUUUUUCAAGUCAGGAUGCAGGGGGUGAGACGAGCUGAAAAAGGACAGUUUUAGUUACUGUUUCCUUUCAUCCUUAGCAUGCAGGGAUCUGUUACACAUCUGUGUUUAGAUUAGAUGUUUAAUAGGUAAGGGCAGCCAAUUAUGUAGCAUAUCGAUUCUCUUACAAACAGCUUAUUACCUACACUUAACAAAUAGUAUUUGACCUUUUCUUUCUCAUUUACUGUUGAACAGGCGCGCACUUACUUACAUAAAAGGUAAAGUCCACAGAUUUCAGACAGGCGGGAUCCAUUCCUCGCAUAAUAAAAACUUGGAAUGUUUUUUUUUAUGUGCCCAAUAUGAGUUAAACGCCGUUCCUGGAGAAAACUAUUCUGAUGAGAGUGAUGUGAUUUUACCCAGGAGGAUUUUAGUCAAGUAUGCUGCUUUUUAUUGCCGUACAAUUAGUUGGAGACAAUACGCUGCAUUUUAAAUCAUUUGUCAAAUCAAAAUAAGACACAUUCAUAUAUGUAUAUUAUUAUAUUUUCGGCAAGUAGCAAUUUACCCCCAAAUUUCCCAAAACCAUAUUCUCUAUGGCUGAGGGAGUAAAAGAUGUGGUCAUUUUUUGAAUAAUUCCAUCCAAGCGAAUUAUAAUUACUUUGCGGUCUGUGUGUGCACACAGGGAAAAAAAAGGGCAGCAUGCUGACUUGUGCCUGAAAAAAAGAGCCUCGUUCACCAUAAACUAUUUUUGAAAUGGUGUGUCGGGGCGGUAUGGGCUCAGGCCGAUUGUUUUUCUUUGAGUUGAGCAGCUCUUUGGUGGAGGGGUAUUACCCGGCUAAAUUGUUCCCUCAUGUUUUCCGCCAAGGUUCUGUGCCCACCGCACUGACAGUUAUAAUUUGCAGAAAUUGCGCUGAUUAUCUGAAUUAGCAUACCUGACCAAUGCCACAUUAGUCUUAUUUACAAUACAAAGCCGUGGGGCUAUGAGGACGCAUACUAAAUAUGACUUAACCCUUUGAAGGGGGGACUGGCGUCAGGGCCAGGAUCCCUUUCACGUCAGUGAUAUCAAUGAGCUUAAAGCCUGGUCCAUAUGGAAGUUGACGCCUCUGGAAGGUCCUGGAAAAGGAAGCCUGAGGACCAUAUUGAAAUCACACGGUUAUUGCAUGUUUCCCCCCCAACUCUCAGUAUUUCACCUUUCAGCUCAUCUAUGCAUCCUGUUUCUUUCCCUUUUUCCUGCCUACACCCCCUCCCUCUCUUUUCACUCCAGCUCUUCUUUAUUUUCUUCUCCCUCACCUCCAUUCUUCGGUCUCUCCCCGAUCCCCCUCAUACACCCUCUGUCCAUUGACUCUUAACCACAGAUGGACAAAACAAUGGGCCAUGUCACACAGCAUUAAGACAAACAAUCCGCUGAUGGGAGGAGGGCUGUGAGGAGCCGGAGCCACGGUAACCAGGCAAUACGCUGGCCGGGUCCAAGCAGCUACUAAUCUCAGACUGCGAUGAUUCAAUUCACAGAUGGACAUUUAAAGCAGCAGCCUAUAUGCACACACACACUCACACACACACACACAAAGAAGGAGCGUUACUUUGGGAUGUUGUUUUGUCAGGUAGAGUUUCUGUCAUGGCUUGUUGCAGCAACACAUUCUCCCUAUAUCAGCCCCUUCUGCCUCACUCUCCUCGGUUUCCUUACCUCAUCCAUCAAUUGGAGGUAUGGAAUUGAUAGCAGCUAUUGAUUACCUAUAGCCAAGGCUAAUCGUCGCUAACCGGGGGAAGCUUUGCAGCUACAGCAGCUGUCAGUGGCUUGUCGAGUACAUGUGUGUAUGUGACCCUCCAGCUGUUCUCUAGCAAUAACUGUUUCUCUCCCAUGUUUACCUACAGGAGACUAAUGGAGAGCAAGGCGGCGCAUGAAAAAAUAGAUUUUAGACCUUGUUUUUCUUUACAGAAUAAGGGAAAUAGUAUGUUUUGUCUGCCCAAAGAAACACCGAGAGCCAUGCCAAGUUUCACCUCCGCACCUAUGUGAAUAAGACCCAUCUCCCUCUCUCUCCUUUUCUCCAUCUCCCUAAUAGGAAAUUUGAGCACACUGUGUGAGAUUAAAGCAGAGAAUCAAUGCCUUGUGAGCAAUAAUUUCCAGACAAAUCUCUUUCAUCUUUUCUCUCCCUUUUUUCCCCUCCCUCUCGUUCUCUCGUUCGUUUUCUCUCCCACCUCCUAAUGCUAACAGGGGGUCCCGUGUCAUGACAUCCCUUUCGCUUUUAUCAUGUUCUAAUAACGCUCUGAAAAAUAGAGAGCGAAAGAGGAAUGUGACAGAGAGGGAGAAAAAAGGAUGCAGGAGGAAGAAAAAAGAGCGAGAAAUGGAUAGACUGAUAAAAAUCCAUUGAAUGAGCUUUGGUCUUGAUUUGUGCUUUGAUGUGGAUGUCUUUGUGCAAAUUAGACAAAUAUGCCCGCUGCUUUAGUCAUCUUGACGCUCCUCAAAAAGAUGCCUUCUCCUUUUGCCAUCUUUGAUGACGGAUAGAAAGGAAGACGGUAAAAUGAGUGACAAGAUCAUUUUCGGGGGGCAUAAAAAUGUAGAUUUUUUUAAAGUGGAUGAUUGAAUAGUGAGCGAGUAGACGGCGAGCUAAAGGUGUCGCGGUGUAAAGGUGAAGUGAGCUAAAAGUAGCCACCGAAAGAUGGUUUAAAUAUAAUGGAAAACAAAGGAAAGUCAACGUAUAUGCAGAUGAGACGCUGGUGUUUCCGCUUGGUUGGACCCACAGUGUGCUGUUCCCAUGAUGGCACAUGGGGGCUAAUGGGAAAGAGUACACACUCGCGAACACACACACAUACUCGGGCACACCUUGGUCAGGCCUUUGUUUCAAAAGCAGGUUAAUGGGGAGUGAGGAAGAGGAGCGUUGCAAUUUUCUGCUCUUUAGGCGCCGGAGAAUUCUCUCCAGUGUAAGAGAGACCAGACUCUCAGCGUAAUAGGCAUUUUACACCCUCAUCACCCCUUGCCACACAAACACACACAUACACACAUGCACGCACACACACACACAAACAGGAACACACACUCACCAAGAAUGUGUGGGAGUGUAAUAGGCAUUCUAUGGUGUGUAUUGCCAGUCCCCAGAGUGCUAGUAAGUGUUAGACAUGCAUAGAGUCGGCAAUGAGACAAUCAGCAUGCUGAAAUUGAAACCUUGUCUGGAGUCACACAGGAGGGGAGGAAGAGGAGCAGAGGGAGAGGAGAGGAGAGGAGGAAGGAGAAGAUUAAAUAAAAAAAAGAAGAAAAGAAUAGGAGAGAAGAGGAUGAGGAGGCGAAAUAGGAAGAGAGGAGAGAUGGAGGGAGAGGAAAUAGAAACUGAUGUUUGUUUAAUUGCCUAAUAAGUGAUGACACAGAUAAUUAUGUCGCAAAAAGAGAUGCUCCUCUUAGGCAGGGCCAAUAAGCAGCUCUGUGUUUGCGUGUGUGUGUGAGUGUGUGUGUGUUGUCCUGUCACUCCCUAUAGCCCUGUCAACUGUCGUCCCCUCCAGCUACAUCAAGUAUAGGACACCAUUAAAGCAUUACGGUUUGUGUCAUAUCAGAUCCUUCAGUUUAAUUAACAAAAAACACACAUACACUCAAAACACACACACACACACACUCAUCAUUUGGAUUUAUUUUAAUUACUUUGUAACAUCCUGAUUAUUAAUAUCUCCGCUUCAUAUACCUGGGGAUAUGAAGACGAGAGUGUUCACCUAUAUUUCCCGCCCUGUGUGUGUAUAUGUGUGUGUGUGUGUGCGAAGGCGUGUGUGUCCAUGUGUGUGUAAGUGAUGCUCCCUUGACUUCGUAUCUAAUUGUCUUUUUUAAUGACAAUAUUCCGCUGUGUGCCGGCUGUAUGUAAUGAGUCAGGGUGUGUCAAAGUGCAGGCCUGAGCUGUCUGCUUGAGUUAAGCUCUUCCCGUCUACUGUAGAAGCCUCCAGCGUACGCACACACACGCGCGGACACGCACACACACACUCAAAGAGACAGUAUCAAUGUGGGAGUUCCUGUAUCUGACACGAGAUUAAGAGGGCCAAGUGGAGGAACGUCGAAGAACUGCCCUGUUGCAUUUGCAAGAGGGAAAAAGGACCAUCCUGUCACACGCUUACAUGUGCCCGCGCGCACGCACACACACACUCAUUGCGAGGAUCCUGUGCUGUAAGUGAGCAGUAGCCUCCCUUGCAUUAUUCACAGUGGCCGAGUGAUCGAAGCCUGGUUCAAUAGCACUAAAGCGGCGCACGCUGGAGAGAUUUGUCUUACAAAACCUUGACACACACACAAGCGCACAUAUGCUCUCACACACAUUGAUUUUUGGUGGUGGGAAUCUCCCAGGCUUUGGACGAAAGGCACGGACGUGAGAGGGGCUUCCCCCGUCAGAGCAACCCCCUGACAAACACACACAUGCAGACUGUGGACCUGCACGGCACACACACUCUCUCUCUCUUUCUCACACACACACACUUGCAUAGGCAACUAGUAUAAGUACAUCUUUAAUUCUCUCGAAAUGAGAUUUGAUGAUGAUGAGGUUCAGCGAUAGCGUGAAUGAGAAAAUGAAAGGAAAAAUUGGAGAUGGGAGACGAAGGAUCUGCCUCUUAGAUCUGAUGGGGUUUCAUUUACAGAAAGAUGAGCUGAUGGUAAAAUAAAAAAGCAAGAAAAAAGUCUAAGAGAUCAUAUUUCUUUUUUGCUGACUCUCCUUUUUUUGCAUUUUACCAUCAGGAGGCUUUUUGCAAGCAAGGCAGAAAAAAUAAAAUCACGCAUUCCCUGAUAUGUCAUAUCUUUCCUCUGCUGCGUGUGUGUGUGUGUGCGAGUGUUUUUCGCACAGCCGUGUUCAAUUUGAAGCCUUCACUUGAUUUUAAUAGCAAUUUUUUUCGAACACAUCAGUCACUUUAUUCAGUUUUCCUAUUUUCUUCAGAGCAGCGUGGAAACGUAGCACAAACCACCCCCUCUGGCGUUUUUUGGCGUAUUAACAUGUAUCGACAAGCCGGCAUUCACAUGCCUGUAAACACUGACAUACAAACGCACGCAUACACACUCGCAAACACACACCUCUGUCCCCCGAAGACAUGUGAUCAACCAGACCCAAUCCUUUGUAAUCAUCUGGAUCCCACACACACGCACAGAAGUAUAGUUCCCCUUCAAUCCCGGGUAAUGGUUUGGGGCAGGGGGCUGAGGCGGUGGGCUUCUUUCCCUUAGCCCCAGUGUCUUAAGCUGCCAUUGAUUAAAUGUUAACUGAUAUACUCGGCCCUGGCAAUCUUGUUAGAGCCGGAGCAGCCAGGCAGCUAGACAGACAGUUUAGGACCCGCGCCCUCCUGAUCAAUAGCACAGAUAAAGAUUUCAUCCAUCAAUGAGCUCCCAAAACAAAAGGUAUCUGAUACCUGAUUAGGCCUGUGGGGACUGAUGCACGGACAGAUUCGAACACGAACACACACUUUCAUAUAGGACAUGAAGAGACACCCAUACACACCUGUGAGACAUAAAUACUGUCUGCAUGAAGGCUUGAAUAAGAUUUCACUUCACACACACACACUGUCUUAUUUUGUUUGCAAUAAUACCUCCACCAACACCAUCUGAAGUCAAUCAGUUCCACACCUAAUAGAGUAAUUACAACACCCACACGCACACACACAUUAACACACACAUGCAGAAUCAAGUUUGCAGAUAAGGGAGGCCUGACUUUUCCCAGAUGAAGGUUAAUUAUGCUGUGUUACUUCACCAAGUGUGUAUUUGUUUGUGCAUGCAGGUGUAUGUGCGAUGUAAGUGUGUAUGUGUGUGUUUGCAUGUGUGUGUGUGUGUUUUCCGUGCAUUUAGGCCCUCAGAGCAUGCCAAAGGCACCGCAAAACGGCUGAAUCAAUGUCUGGGCGACCACCACUGUUAAAGUGUAUCAAUAAUGUUCCCCUAUCUUCUUUCCCCGGCUAACGUCACAGAGCGGUCGGAGAGUCCAAGCCUAGCCGCAAUUAAGACCUAAUUAUAAAUCAAUAAAAGGAGUCAUUUGAAUAUUGAUUUUUCCUUUUUCCUCAAAUUGUUAACAUAUUCCCCACCCUGUCUGCGCUUUCUUCUUUUUUUGUAACAACUUUACAGGGAAUCAAUACUUCUCUUUACAGUCAUUGGAGAGGAGCUUUGGCAUAAUUGGAGCCAAAAGCACGACAGGAUAUCUUCAUGGAGGUCGAUUUUCAGAGGUGGUCAGGGGGGUGAAAAAAUGUCACAGUCCCUCAAACUCUGAUGGCUUUUCAAAAAACAGUUAAUGACGCUUUGUGCUUCUCUAAGACUGAUCUCAUUUUAGGGGAUUUUGGUUGACAUUUGUUGUCACAAUGCCAAAAAUGCAUUUCCAUAAUUUUCACGGCUGACAUUUUCUUUGAUAUGACACAGCAUCAGAGCAUUUCCCCUCCCAAAAAAAUAAUAUCAAUGCAACCCCGGCAACCUGUAUUUCAUUUGAUUAAAUGAUAUCUUUGCUGUUUUUAUUUUCCUGCUCAACCAUUUUGAGGGGCUGUGAGAUUUUCAAGUGGCGUGUCAGGGGCCGGGAGUCUAAUGCAUGGAAACAUGGAGCUUUCUGUUUUCUGACGGCUAGCAGAGAUAAGGGAGAGAUAUGGCUCUAGCACUGGCUCAAAUCUGAAACAGAUCCCGCUGGGGGGAGGAGGAGGGGAGUUAAGAAAGUGGAGGAAAGGGAGGAAAAAGGAGGGGGUGGAGGUAGCAAGAAAAGGGAAUAUUGUCAAUCCUCUAAGUGUCUGGCGGUGUCUCUCUUUCUUUCCCUCUUUCUCUCACUCUUUCUCUCCCCCACUCUCGCUCAGUAAUCUGAUUUAUUCGAAGCACAUGUGUGCUGCUCUGUCUUUGUCUGCUUCUAUUAGAGCCAGUGGGGGCCCAUAUGACAUUGUUUAGCCAGUAAUGAAAUGGACAUUUUUUGCAUGUUUUUGAGAAAGUCAGAGGAAAGCCAACACUCCUUAUUUGUAACCGUCUGCGAAUAUCAUCUCCGGGGGCGGUUGCCCCGGGUCUGUGUCUUCAUGCGUUCAUUUGUGUGUGUGUGUGUGUGUAUCACAUUCUGUUACAGGUUCCAUGUGGUCAUUUUUGGAGAUUCUGAGCAACCUAAUAAAUAUUUGGGCUUGAAGAUAUUUAUUCCUUUCUCUUCCGUGACUCUUUUCUUCUUACGCCGAGGAGUCAUGCCAUCCUUUUUUACCUCAACACAUAAUAAAGCCCUCAUGAUGCAGACUUGUUUUGUUUUGCACACCCCUCUAUGGCCAUCACAUGGACUUAUAGCCAGUAUAUGAAAUUGUUAUGGAGCAUUGGCGACUAUGUGGCGCUCCAGACUCAACUGUAUGUCAAUGUUAAUGAAGGUAGCAUGUAGAAGUGUUGAAAGGUAAAAGAAUGAAAGGAAACCUGAGGUAAAUGUUGGUAUAACUCAAAUCUUAACAAACAACUGUCGGAUGUAAGCUAUAAAUAUCUAUUUUUGCCUGACAACCUGCAGUUACCAAUAAUAAAACAUCAAAAACUCUGCUGCUAUUACCCAACAAAUUAGAUUUAAAGAAACUAAUUGAAUGAUUAAUGCGAUAAAAUGUGCAUGUUAUCCCAUAAUAUCUUGUGUAUGAUGGAAAAAGAUGUUGCUUUUCAUUGUUAAUUUCCAUCUAUAAAGCCAGGACCAGCAGCAAUCUCCUAUCUGUCCUGACACUGUGGUGUAAACUUCUUUUAACUUCAUCCCGAUCAACUUGUGGGAGACUAAUGCGAGCGCAAUGCUGUGCCUUCACUUGCCUAUAUUGCACCCCUGCUGUUUAAUCCACCUCCUCCAGCCAGUCACUUUUUUUAACCUCCUUUCUAGGACAGGAGUUGUAGUUCGGUUGUAUUUCCUCUCAUUUCUUUAGAAUCAACAAAGAAGUGUUUUUUUUUUCUGCUGUUUUUGUUGAGCAAACUUGAGAGAGUGACAGCAUCCAGGUUCUACUGUUUUCUCUGCGCCGCUUUGUUGGUCGACAAAUGUGACGUGUGGCGUUUGGGUGACAGUAAAAGAAUCAGUUACUUCACUGUACGUAUGCUGACACUCAAACGUGAAGACCUGGAACAAUGAUCUCACCUUUUUUACACAUGUUAAAAGGGAAAAAGUCUUAUAUUCAAACCAAUAUGGUUGUUAUUUGUGCAGCACUUCUUCGUGGUUGUAUUGGCAGAUGAUAUCUUGGAAGUGAAACCAAUGAGAACCAGAAGAUAAACUCUGCCCCUGAAUGCAAACAGAGACUUGCUUUUUGAACCUUGAAUGCACCGAUCCAAUCCAGCAGUGAGUAGGUUCAACAGGUGUAAGGCUUCUCUUUAACAUGUAAAAUAGCGAUUAGCAUUAGCCAGUCUAAUAAACAUAAGCAUAUCUAUCAAGAAAGAGGAGAAAAUCCUUUACUAAAAUGUGCUUUUCUGUAAAAAUAGGAGCAAAUUCAUAGUUCAGAUUUGACAAAACUAAUGCAGACCAGUAAACGAUACUACUUCUCAUGAUAUCGUAACAGUAUUUUCAUCUCUCCUUUCUAUCUACUCCAAUCUUUUCUUUGAUUUCCAGCCCAGGAUUACGGUCUUGUUUUUGGUGGCUCUAAAAGCAGAUGGUUUUUAUGCCGCUAAAACGGGACAGUAGCCCAAUAGGAUAAAGAUCUGUUUAAGCAUUAUCCAUUUGGCCACUGCCCGUCACAGGCCUAUUUUAAGCAUAGACACAUCCACUCACCAACACAAAUAAAUAAAUAAAACCAACAAAAAAAAUCGCCAUUCUCUCAAACCAUGGCAGCCAUUUUAUUAGAUUCCCUUCCUCGUAUUAGUUCCCGGAAAAUAAAUAAACCUUGAAUACAUGACAAGGACCAGUCUGGUCAAUUGGAAACUCUGUCUAUCCUGCUGGUAUCUUUGUUUACCUUGUAAAGAUGGAUGGACUGAUAGAGGGAUAAAUGGAGGCACUGAGGGACAGAUAGGACAGGUAUAUGGAUGGAUAGUUGUGUGAAAAGAUAUAAAAAUAGAUGGACAGAUGGAUAGAUAGGUGGAUGGAUAGAUAGACGGAUGAAUGCGGCAGGGAGAUCUUGUUGAGCUGAUAGAGUUGAGCAGGUAUGCCGAGAAACAGCUGCUUUCUUCAUUAGGUUCAUCUAUCGAUCUCGGACCCUUGCUGUGUGUGCGUGCGUGUGUCUGUCAGAGUGUAUGUGUGUGUGUGUGUGUGUGUGUGUGUUUUUGAGGGAGAGAGAGAGGGGAAAGACAGCAGCGUCUGUAGAUAAGUGCUGGUAAUAGAACAGAAUGAAUUCUUAUCACAGAGAUGGGAAGGCCAUUAACCCUCAGCUACUAGUUCUCUCUCUGUGUCUCCGUCUGUGUCUGGUCUGACUUUCUCUCUCUCCCUCUCUCUCUCUCUCUCUCUUUCUCUGUCUGUCUCUCUUUCUGUUCCCCCCUCCCUCCGUCUGUCCUCCUCUCUGGACUUGACAGGGUCACGUUGGCGAGCGUGUGUGAUAUUUCCUCUAUGUGUGUGACUCUCUUAGAGUGCGUGUGUUUUUUUUGUUUUUUUUUAUGUGUGUGUGUGUGUGUUUUUUUUUUCUACGGCUGCCGCUGUGCAGACUGCCCCAUCGGCCAGAUGUUUAUAAUCAGGGGCUGGAUAAAUAUUGGACAGAGGAAUCAUAAAAGACCCGGAAAAACAGAAAAUAAAGAAAAGAGAUGAGGGGAGAUGAAACAGAGGAGAGGAAUCUUCUUUUCAAAUUAUUCCUAAAUCCCUCUGUAAGCUUGCCGUGCCGCCUCUUCAAUUCACCUACUCAGCCUGAGGUGAUUCAAACAGCCGAAAUGCAAUAUGGCUGUUGUGUAAGAUGCAGGUGUGUGUGUGUGCGCACACGUGUGGAGGUGUACAGUAGGUGUGCUAGCCUUUUGUAUAACGCCAGGUGUUGAGGCACUCUUUUUUUUCCACCACCGAACCUUUUGAAGCCAUAUUUUUGUCCUGUGAAAACCUUUUGUAUUUGCUAUUAAAGAAUCAUUAACAGCAUCCCCCCCAGUGCUCACAGCGCUGAAAAUGAAACCCCUCUUAACACGAAACAACACUUUCUGUCUGCGCAGCAAGCAAGACAUGCAAGCCUUUAAUCUUAGCUAUGUUUAUUCAUAUGAUUUUCUCUCUUUUUUCUUCUUUUUUUUUUUUCCAAAAGGAGUAAUAGGUGUUUUGUUAGUCGCCUGCAAGACAGCCGCGCGGGCAAUUUGAGCGAAAGAAAAUACAAUGAAGCGUCUCAGGAAGUCGUAAUUGACAACAACAAAGCAAAUUUGGAGCUGCUGAUACAAGCGUUUUUUACACAAAAGUCAUUUUUUCAGCUUAUUCUGUCAGUUCAACUUAUUGACAUUCACACCAGGAGCGCAUUAAAUGUGACAAUCCUAUUGUCUGGCUUUCAGAGUCAACCUGAAACAAUAGAUUUUUUUUUUUUUUUUUUUUUCGGAGCUGUAAUAAGUUCUCGUGUGUUUUCAGCAAUAACGUGGGUGUGUGUGGGCGGAUGGAAACACGUGUGUUUGCUUGUGCUGGUGUGUGUCUGUUUACAUGUUAGCAUGUGGGCUGUGGGCCUCUGUGCGUGAAAUACAUUGAACGCGGUGUGGGAGUAGAUGUGUGUGUUAUGUGCAGAGUGAUUCCUGCGUGUGUAGGUGUGUGUGAGCGAAGGCAGGUGUGUGUGCGUGUGUGUGUCAGUUAUUCCCAGGCCCUGUGCAGGAGCUGUAGCCCCUCUCCGCCGGGUUGAUGUUUAGUAUUUUAGACAUGCUACAUUAACAACAUCUGGUUAAGAUCUAAAUGCUUGUUAAACGCGCUGAAAUUCAGGGGGAAAAGGUACAGGGAGAACGAGGGAAGAGAGGGAGGUGGAGAGGGAGAGAAGGGUAAAUAAAGAUUUGAGGGUGAGAGAACAGAAGAGGAGGGGAGAGGGGGGGGAUCAGUAAGUCUGUGAGGUUAUUACCCUGGCAGUAUUACCACUGGCCCUUGACUGUGCGUGCGUGUGCGCACCGCCUGUGACUGUGUGGGAUGGUGUAAUGUUUCAAAGCUUUCCCCUUUAAAACCUAGAGGCCAAACUAGAGCCACGCGCGGCGCAGGAAUGUGACAUCACAGGGCCCCUAUCGCGUACACACAUGCACGCACGCACACACAUGCACGUGGUCUCACAGGGGACAUGACCAGAGUUGUAAGAAGAAAUCAGCGUCAACAUCACGGCUAAGUGGGGGAGACAUGGCAGUCAUGGGUGUUACACAAAACAUAAAGGCUGCAUUACUAGCUACAGCUACAGCAGAUACACACCAUAUCUUGUCUUUUUUAUCAUUUUCUACACAUAUAACCACACAGCACAGAUUCUGCUGUAGCGUUUCGGAGCUAACAGCUGUACAGCAUUGGUUUUUCAGUCUAGUUAUGCUAUCAUUCUCAUGCAUUUCACGUAGUUUCUUUGCUAGCAAUUACUGUUUCUCUUGAUGCCCCGUUUUCAUACUGCCAGUGAUUUAAGAUAAACAAUAAUGUAAAAAAAAAACAUUCUUUUUACUCCCUUACCCCUUUAAUGAGCACCAUCCGAGCCCUAAGGAAGCAAAUUAAAGGCAGCUCGGCCCCAGCUAAUGAAUUCAGCCAUUUUGGAGCCUUGGCGUCCAGUUUCUCAGAGAUGGCAUUGCUCUACGGUUGUGUGCUGUUGCGACUGAGUCCUCCAACGGGCACAUAAUGACCCGGCAUGGCGGUUAUGGGCCCUUAGGGGGAGACUGGGAAGGGGAGCGAGUGGUCUCAGAGCAGGUCAUUAUACAGCUAGAGGGCACACACACACACACACGGACACACACAUUCAGUGCACUGACACUUUCAAUACAUCCUCCAUUGCCUCCAUCUCCCAUAUGUCUAUUUUUUCUUCUUUCCAAACAUCUCUUUCUGUAUUUCUCUCUUCUUAUCUGACACUCGCUUUUUCUUUUUCUAUUUUUGUGAUGUUUUGAAGUUGCAUGUGAAACUUUCUCACUUAGAUUUACAUCGGAAAUUUGGAUCACAUUACUCUCCUCUUCGAUUAUGGAAAACGGCGAGUUUUUCUAGGACUUCUUGAUGUAUUUUUUCAGACAAACAAGAGACGUAUUCAUCCAGUGACCCUAAUUAGUUACACUGCCUUUCAAUUAAUAGUUAAAUUUAAAAACCAGACUCAUUUCGCUGUAUCCCUGAUCAGGAGUCACUUAAUUAUUCUUCCUCUCUAACAGUUAAAUAUAGGCCAGUGUUGGUUGCAGGGUAAUCGGACCCAGGGUCUGUGGUUAGCUCGAGCUCACCGGCCGGCUUUAAUGUUCCGACCGACCCACAUCAAAGAGAGUCCCACCAGGCUGCCAAAAUCACACACCCUGCUUAGCCUGACCCACCUCCUCUAUAUGUGUGUGUGUGUGUGCGCGCACAGAGGCAGUGGAAGGUGACUGCGAAAGUUUUUGCUCUGGUAGCGAUUAAGUUGAUGGUUAAAGAGUCCCUGCCGCAGAACUCUCUGUCUCCCUCAUGCUCUUUCUUUCUUGCACAUGACAACUCACAUGCAAACACAUGCAGUCACUGUCUCACUCGCUUGAUCAAUGGCACACAUCCACACAAACACUCCCAAACAUGCGCACGCGGAGUCGCACGCGCGUCCACGCACACACUCAUGUGGUGCGUUAACUGUCAGGGUCAGUCAGAGGGCAGACGCUGUGCUGAUGUAUCGAGAGAGCUCGUCUGGGAAUGUCCUCAGUGUGGAAACACAUUCCCUGUAUGCACGCACACACACACACACACGCGCUCACCGCAGAUCUAGAAGGGGAAAGGAGUGAGAAAAAAAAACACUGAUGAGGCCCAGAUGAUCACCCCUCCUUUUCUUUCUCUUCUUCUCUUUCUUCACCCACUCUUCACCCUCAGUCCUCCCUCUCUCUCUCUGUUCAUUGUCUCUUGUUUCUCUUGUGUCCCGUCUAGCUACAGGUAGACUGCCCCCUAGAGUCAAGAUAGUGGUUUAGUGGCGUCAUGAUGAUGAUCAGGCACUUGCUGCGUCUAUUGUACAGACCUCACCCUUUGUUUUGUAUGGAAAUAAUGAAGCAGUAUUUUCAUUCGCACCCAUUUCUUCGCAAAUUUUAUUCAACAAAUUACCUCAUAAAGUUUAGUUUAUUAAUAAGAGUAUGUGCUCACAUUGAUCAUUACACUCAGUAUGCUGUUAGGUGUUGUGCGCAUGAUAAUGACAGUAAUAACUUGGUUUGUGUUCACCUACAGAACUGUUAAAAUACACCAGGGAAAUUAAAUCUAUUUGUGACAAAAUUAAACCUUCAGUAUAUUAAGAAAGUGAUAAUAUUAUGUAAAGAUAACAACCUGAAAUUAACCUGUUAUAUAAAAAGAGAUCACUCUCAAUCAAAAGCAAAGGUAUAUGUCUUUUACUGUUAUAUGUUCAUAUACAGCGGGUAGUGACAAAGGAGAUGAAAAGGUGUUUUUGUCCUCCUGCUUUUGGAGAUUUCUUUUCUUCUCUUUUUUGAGACAUUUCCCUGACCUUGCAGAAUGUGUGAUCUACCAGAGCUUAUUUUUUUCCCUUUCUCUAUUUCUAUUUUGACCCUUCUCCCUCCCCUUCCUUUUCUCACUCUUCUGUGAAACAUGCUGUUCGAUUUGUGCCAUUUGCUUUUCCUUGGCAUCGAACAAAAGUCAAGUACAGAGAAAAGAUAAAUCAGUGAGGAAGGACUUUUAAACCCACUACACACACACACAUUUACACCCACAUGCACACACACACACACACUCACAGGCUAUCUUCCUGUUUCCAUCCAUGUGAAGGUGGGGUUGAAUUAAAAUACAAAGAUGGACGCUGCAGCACCAGCAGUGAAAAUUGCAAUUUCUGCAGCCGGGCUCUCCUGGCUGACAGGAGAUAUUUCAUCCCCGUUGUCACCAACAUAUUAAUAAAACAUCAGGAGCAGAGUGCAGUCGCUCUCUCUCUCUUUUUUUUCCAACGCACACACACACAUACACACACAGAGGGAUGCACACAUGCACCUUGAAACAGAAUGUGUACACUCUUGUGCAAAGCGUGUACAGCGCUCACAAGCGUGUGCAAAUGCAAAAAUACAACAAUGUCUAAACACACACCCGACCGGAUUUUUCCUCUUCAAUCACAUGCCAGCAUCUGCCAUGAAAAUUUCAUGCUGGAUAUAAUGUCCACUUAAUGUGUUGGCGCUUAAAGCAACGGCGCCAGUGCUUAGUCUAUGUGUCUGUCUGUCUGUUUCUUUGUGUGUGUGUGCGUCUUUACUUGUGCAUGUGUGUAGGCACCCCGCUGUAUGUGAAAGGGUUAAUCAUAUCAUGUUUCCGAGGGGGGUUUGCGGACCCCUUGUGCUCGUCAUACAAUGGCCAAAGUGAUUGUAUGCAAAUGCGAGCUGACCUUAGUGCACCCUUUGCCUGAUUUCUAUGAAUAUGACUCUGGGUAAGUGUGUGUGUGUGUGUGUGUGUGUGUGUGUGUGUGUGUGUGUGUGUGUGUGUGUGUGUGUGUGUGUGUGUGUGUGUGUGUGUGUGUGUGUGUGUGUGUGUGUGUGUGUGUGAUGUAAAAUAUGGUUAUUAAGGCAGUGCAGGAUUGAUGAGCACAGCUCUUUUAUACACAUGCACACAAACACACAUGCACACACAGAGCAGACACAUCCACCAGUAUUAUUCUCUGGCAGAGUGAGGGGUUUGUGGUAGAGAGAGACCCCCCACCCCCCCUCCCGUUUAGAAGACAUGAAAUUUUUAACGCUUUUGCUCCGUGUGUGUGUGUCUAUGUGUGUGUGUGUGUGUGUGUGUGUGGAUAUGAUACUGUGAGUGUAUGAUUUGAUGCCUGUGUGCAAGUGUUUCUGUUUGAUUUUUUUUGCAUUUGUGUGUGCUACCCAGAGCUGGAGGAGGGGACUAUAUAUGUGUAUAUAUGUUUUUCAGCGUGUGUGUGUGUUUGAGUGUGUGUAAGUGUGUGUGUGUGCGCAUGCCUGGUUAUCUGGCCUCUCUCAGACUGCUCAAAAUUCAUUACAAAGUGACAUCAGCCCAGCCGGAGACAAAUGAUGGCUGGAUGAAAGGGAGCGCUGGGGCUUGGCUAGGAUUAGUGUUAGCUUGUGCUGGCGACACAUAUACACACAUACACGCACGCACACACACACAAAGCGCACACACACUCACACAUACACACACUUUAAUCCACUGGCAGAACACUGCAGAUACACAGAAUUAUCAAACAAGGGGCUGAACUCUCAGAGAUGGGCAGGCUAAUCUGCUAAUAUUACAGAGCUGCAUGUGUGUGUGUUGGUUGGUUUGCCUGUGCAUGUGCGCGUGUGCAUAAUAUUUUGCAACAAUGCAUAGACACAAUAUCUAUAUUGGGUGUAGUCGUGAACAUCUCUGUUUUAAGUUUUCACUCUUUUCUUUAAACACUGGCCUUCAAGGGAACAAUGAGUGUUUACACCAUGUGAGCAUAUUACCAUUGACCUCCAUUUUUUUAGUGAUUUGAAAGAAGAUGAAUGGACAGAUUUUUAUUUACUCCUGUUGAGGAAACUGAAAGUAAAAGAGCUUUUUUUCUUUAUUCUGUAAUUUAGAAACUCAUCUAACCUGAUGUUAUAAUGAAAAGCUUUGAAAAGGGGAAAAGUUAUUUUGAAGGAUUUAUAUUGGCGUGUAAAUGUAAAUACAUUUUUUUCCGGCUGUUUAGAGCGACCACAAUGAUUAAAGCUGUUUCUUUGUUGGACGGUUUUUUGUUAUCAAAUGCUUUGCCCUCUUUUCAACCCUGUUUAUGUUUAAGUUCAUUCAGUUUAAGUGGUACUGCAUGGGUUUUUUUUUCAACAGAACAUUUUGUUCAAGUGAAGUUUUUCGUUGGGUGGGAUAUUCCACAUAUUACGGUAAACUAGAAACACAUUAAACAGUAAUAUUUUCAAAAUGACUCUUGUAUAUUACAACAGUACCCUAGCAGGCUUCUUUUUCAAUGCUGAUCCCCCAGCUAGUAAGUAGAAUGUUUCUACUGUGCAUUAUGGGUAAUGUAGUCCAUUUCUCUGCGUUUUCAGAAGAGACUUCAGAGGAUGGUGAGCGACCUCCCCGCUCCUCCUCUCGGCUGGGACUGAACCUUACUGACCGGGAUUUGACUGACAGCCGGAGAACUGACCGUAAGUCCUAAUUCACACACGUAACAUAUACACACACUUGCGCACACACACACACACACACACACAAAAAUCACAUAUGAACCUUAAGCUUCCCUUCUUUUUCAAGUUAUAGCUCAUCCCUCUCCCUCACUCUCUCUCAGAUAAGGUUCUAACAUGUGUGUGUAGCAUGUGAAUGCUGCCGACUAGCCUCCAUGUGACCUGCUUUAAUCGUUUCCAUCUGACAGAAAGAGAAAAAGAGAAAGAGAGAGAGGGAGAGACAGAGGGGGGAGAGAGAGAGUGAAAAAGAAGGAGGGAGAAAAAAAACAGAGAGAAAGGGAGAGGGAUAAGUUGAGUGUUGUGGAUAUUACCAGGCAAUGUCCAGGCCCCAGAUUAUUUUUUAAUCAAAUCAGUUUGCGUGCUUGUAAUUUAUAAGCGCCUUGCAUUAAUCUUUUCUCGUUCUUGUGCCCUCUCCGAUGACAUAUUAAUUUUUCAUAAGCGCAGGAUUAGAUGGGGGGGCCUGUGUAUAUGUUUUUCUAAUAUUGCACCGCAUCCCUGCAACCCUUAAAUUAGUUUUUUUCCCCCUCUUGCAUCCUCCCUUCAUUUUUCUCCCCCCCACCCAUUUUUUCUCCGGCUCAAUCCAUCCCUUAAUUGUUGUCCAAUCUGUGACCCUAUCACCCGGCAUUACCUCGGAUAGAAAAAGAGCACAAAACAGAAAGGGCUGUUUGUUAGUAUGACAAUGUUGUAAGCUGGGAGGAGCAACAAUCCGUACAAGAAGGCUUGGUGUUUUUGUUAUUUUGGGCGAGGUAGGGAGCACAUAAUGCCUCUGCUGCGAGGCUGUGGUCGGGAUAGCCCCGGCUUUGUUAGAUUUGAUUUACCCAAAUAAGAAUUCAUAUGGUCCUUUUAUGUAUGAGAUGGAAAUCCAUGGCUUGGGAUGAAUAUUGCAUGGGGUCUCUCUCCUCUUUUUUUCUCUGUCAUUGCAUGGGUUUCUCUCUCUCAUUCUUUCUCCCUCUACUAAUGUCUUUCCUCCUCUUUCUCUCUCUUACACCCCCACCACCACCACCCCCACCCCCAACUCAGACACGCAUACACCUUCCAACUCCCAACCUCUAUCCAUCUCAAGCUCCCUCCCCACCUCCUCUUCCUAGCAUGCCAUACCUAGCUCCAUAAUGUGAGGCUCAAUGAGGCAGAAGGAGAGCUGAGUGAGGCUGGGGCCUAUUAGUUUAGCUAGUCAUCUAUCUUUCAGCUCUAUCUCUCUGACAGGCCCGUCUGACAGACUGGCGGGGAACCACCAUCCAUGCAUUUACCGCCGCAUAUUACCGCCGGCGUCAUUUAACACCACUGCACACAUGCAAAAAAAAGUGUCCUGGUCCUUCCUACUUUGAAGCCUGCUUAUGUACAUGCAUUCAUCGCCCCAAGUGUAGUUUAUCAGAUGUCGGAUAUCUAUUUAAUAAAGCACAAAUGUAUGCCUCUUUAUUUUUCUGAAUAAUUUGUUCGAGGACUUGCCCUGGGGUCAGCUAUUUUUUUUGGCUAGGAAGCUAGAUAUAUUAUUGCUCGAGUGGUUUUUGGUGUUUUAUUUGCAUUCGGAUUAAAGGAGGCUUCAGGAAGCCAAAUGCCAGAAAAUGCAAAAGAACGUCUGGUGUGUCCGUGUGUUGUUAUGCUAGGGUUAUCACCAGAGUCAGGGCCUUGUUUUUCCCUCUUUCCAGCUUAAAGUAGUAAGAUUUAGCAUCUCCAUCCUCAGCCCCAAAUCUCUGGCAAGCCUCAAAUGUUCAGAUCUGUGUCUGUGUGUGUGUGUGUUUGUGUGUGUGUGUCAGUAUGGAGAUCUCCAGGGAAGGGAUUACAGUGUGACCAAGUGAGCAGUGUGUUUGCGCACUUCAUCUCCAAGACCAAGAUCCUUUAAACAAAGAGGGGCAGAUAGAUAGAGAGAGGGGGGAGGGGCAAGGAAAGGCAGAAAGUGCUUUUCCCCCUGCUUCAUUUACAUUGUCUUUUAUAAUCCCAUGUCACUUUAGAUUAAUUAUAAUCCAUGUUACAUUUUCCAUGCAAAUGUCCCUGAUGUGGAUUACUUCCAGAUAGCUUUGUGCUGUGUGUGUGGAUGGUGCAUGUCGCCACCAUGGCUCAGGGGCCCACUUCUUAUAAAUAACCAACCAAACAAAGGCCCCAGCAUGGAAAUGAGCCUGUCAGGCAGCCUAAGGAAAUUACAGAUCUCUACCUGCUUCAAAUUAGCAAAGAAAUUACUCAUUGUUCCUACAGUCAGAUGUUAUAUAUUAAUUUCAUAUGCAAUCUUAAAUUGGGAAAUGACAUGCAAACAAGAUCAGAUGCUAAAUAUUCCAUAUCAGGGUCUUCGAAUUCUGAAUAUUUUUUUUAUUUGCAUGCAUCUCGCAGAUUUGCAAAACUUGAGAUGAGAGCUGUGCGCGUCUUCUGUCUCUCAAAGAUGAGAUUAAAAUAUAUUAAAGACAUUAGCAUGUUUAAUUACAAGCCUGCAGCAAUUCCUUUGUGCAUGUAUGUGUGUUUUCUGUGUAAUGACAGCUUGUUGAACGUCUCAGACGAUUUGUCAAAUGUGACAAGGCCAUGCUCAUAUUUAUCUCUCAUUAGAACACGAGCUGGAGACAGAAGAGAAAGGAGGGCUAGUCAUUAAAAAACACAAACUAUGAGACAGCUGUUGUUUAACAGCCUCUCUCUCUCUCUCUCCAUCUCCAUCUAACCGUUUCUCUGCCUCUCUCUUCCUCCCUUUCUCUCUCUCUACCUCCCUGCGGCUAGAUCUGGGCCUGCUGAGUGCUUCAGUGGGAGUUUGGGGUUCAGAGUGUGUUGCUGUAAUGUUAUCAGGUGACCGGGGGUCAGCCUAAUGCGUAACCUCGGAGCAGUAGGCCAGUAAAUCAUGCCGGCUAGCCCUCCCUGGCCCGUUUUGGCCAGCUCUCCCUCCUAGAUUUACUGCUCCGUAACCUUAGCCAGUCUGCCAGGGCUCAGGACAGCUAAAUUGAAUACUAAAUCCAAGCUGCCGCCACCCAGCCUGCUCCCUCUUAAUUGACAGCCUUUUCCCCCCUCUCCCUGCUCUAUGUUUUUUUUAUUUUUUUUACUUUCAUAAAAUGAAAUGUCAGGAAUGGAAUCUAAUUGUUCUGCAGCUUGUAAAAGACAGAAAAAAAAUUGAAAAAGAUUGGAAUAGGUACAGGUGAUUGUUUUGAAAGCCUGCUCCUUAGAUGUAGUUGAUUUCAUAUAAAGUCAUCGUCGGAGAGAUUUAAGGAUUCAAUGAUAUGCUUGUUUGUGUGAAAAUCUCAUUUGCUUGGCUUAGUUUGCACAAAAUGUCUCACCCUUUUUGACAGAAAAGGACAUAUUUUAAAAUACAUCCACGGGAAAAACAUCAGCGAUGAUUGUGUAGCCAUCCUGCCGCCUUUUUGGGAACAAUUUAGGACAGAAAUAUCCUGAGGUAUCUAGAGGAAAGGCUCUCUCUGUCCUUCUCUAUUAGUUUUUGUUCAUCCCUCUGUUUUUUUUUCUCCAUUUCUUGGCCUCUUCCUCCAUUGCUCUGUAUUUCUCUCCAUUUGAGCGCCCACCUGCUUGUAUAUAAGCGUGUAUAUAUACACUGCUCCCUAAACGCCAUUGACAGUUGCAAAUAAAGAUGGGUGGUGAGUGUGCCGCUUUUUCCCCCUGCAAUGCAAAAGGGGUUGAGUGUCAUAAAUCACCUUUUGAUUUAUCUAAUCAAGCAAGGUCCUGCUGCAUGCAGACAUUUGUCAUUGGUGGUGGUGGUGGUGGUGGUGAUGGGGGGGGUCAGGUUUAUUCUGCCCCUCUGCUUCACUGGGCUUCAGCUGGUGGAGCCCACCUAAGGAUAGAGGAGAGGUUGUAAGAAAAAAGAGACGAAAGGUAAAGAGAAAAAGAGGAGUAGGAGGAGGGUAUCCUUGCUGUCUCUCUUUACUCAGUAAUUAUUUUAGCUGUACGAGCACUUUUGAGGACGAGAAUACAAGUCAGGGUAAAAACUUAAAGCAGACGUUUUGAUUACCCCCGUUAAAUUUGUGGGCACUGUCUGUUUUUUUUUUUUUUUUUUUUUUUUUUUGCUUGCCAUCAUAUUUAUUCGUGGUACAGGUGAUUAUAUCCUUGGAGGACACUCUGCAGUUUUGAAUGCCAUUCUAUCCUUCAAAACAACUUUAUUAUGCGCUGGCAGGGCUCGCCAUUUAAAGCUCCUAAGUGGCCAUAGAGAGAACUGCUCUCUUUGCAUUCAAGGUUAACCAACUGUUUUCCUGCGUGUGAGCGUCAUAAGUGUUGAUGAAAGCGCUAGGUCGAAGAUGAAUCUAAACCAGAAGGACAGAUCUCCAUGCCGCGCACAUACACAUGCUACACAAACAUACAUUUACAUUCAAUAUGACAGUAAUCAAUGGUGAUCUGUGGGCUCUUUCCCCUCGCCCGCAUUGUAAAUGUGUUUGCAGCCCCUUGUCCGACAAUAGCCUCAUCUCCUUUUCGCAGGGAUGUAAUUUAGUUGCAAAUUGACUAGAAGACGGAGGCAAAAAUUGAAAGUUGAAAUUAGAAAUGGUCAUAAUAAAUACAGGAGGCGGGGCGCAGGCUUUGAAAAGGUCAGGUGAUAUGAUGGGCGCUCCCAGGCUGGACCCAUCUGACCAAUGGAGUGUCAGAGGCCUGUCAUGAAACACGUAAUAUACACGCACACAUGCAUGCACAUAGACACACACAAUGCAAGCCCUGCAGGGGCCAUCAGAAGCAGUGGAAGACGAGAUUACCUCGCUAUUCUGAGCUGCCGAGCAAUUCUCGGAUGUUCUUGGAAAUUCACAUUGUGCCCUUGUGUUUUUUUUUUUUCUCUCUCCCCUCUCUCCCCUCUCUCUCCCUCUCUCUCUUUUUCUCCCUUUCUUCCUCCCUCCCUCUCUCUCUUGUCACUUUCCUUGACAGGCCAAUAUUUCAGGCUCCAGAUAUAGGGGAUUACAAAUAAAAUAAGUGGAACGCCUACUUAAUGCAACAGAAUUAAAAUGCAUGAACGGGCCGGAGGAAUUGAUAUGCGCCCAAUACAAACACGAGCCACAGAAUAAUAUGAAAUACAAAAUGUUUUUUUCAACCCCCCUCUCCAUGUAUCAGUGCUUUGAUUUCCCUUUUUUUCCAUUUGUGCAUCUAGCGUGAAGCGUUGAUUCGCAAGAGUGAGGCUCACAUAUUGCCUUGAGUGACCAGACGAGGGAGGGGAGACAAGAGCGAGGAGGGGUGGGGGUGAUGGCUUAGGGAGAGAGGGAGGACGAGAGCAAGGGAGAGGGAGGGAUAGAGGGAGGGAGAGUUGCUGUUGCUGUGUCUUUGUGUUGUGCCGGGUGAGUAAAUUGCAGUGGCAGAGUAUAGCAGGGCCUGCAUGGCCUGUAUCUCAGGAUGAGGCUAAUGAAAGAUUUAUCAGCGGCUGCAGCAUUUACUAAAUACAACCAGAGGCUGAUCUCUCCACAUUGAGCCCUGCUGUUAACGUUGCACACGCUUACAUGCACACAUACAAACAGACACACAUACACACACAAGUAGUGCUGCUACUGUACCACCAGCCGUGACCAAGCCCUGAAAAUUUAGCAUCUUUUGCAGACAGAGAAGUUGUUGAGGCAGCUGGGGAAAUGUAUAUGAACUAAUGAAGUGUAUAAUAUUACCAUAACAUUUAAUGUAUGUCGUGCUGUGAUAAUGAGCCUGCUUGAGUUUUCUCCAUUUCACAUGUCCUCGGGGCAGAAACACGUCACUGUAUGUGAAUGUGAAUAAUAGUCCAUGCUUGAAACCAUGCUUAUGUUGUCAAGGUGUCAAAUCAUUUUUUAAAUCAUCACCUUCUGCUCAAUUAAUAUUAAUUCAGUGUUUAGAUUAUUUGGAUGUAAUACAGAACAAAAUGUCAGAUAUUCACUCAGUUAUGUCACUUAGAUAAGCUUAAUAUCCUCUAUAUUAUUAUUAUUUCAGUUUCUCAUACAGUAUGUAUGUGAUCUAUGGGAUACUAUAUAUCAAUGUCACCCUGAUCCUUCCUUUCAACUCUUGUUUAAUAUGUCAGUCUGCUCAACUCCUGAUCCCAAAGACGCAUAGUUUAAAAAAAAAAAAGUUUAUUGUUCAGUCAUCAGUCAUUUUGAAAUUUGCCUUAUCUUUAAAUCAUUAAUAUGAAAUGUCUUCUUUCUGUUUCUGUCACCCAUCUUGUUUCUCACACCAUCAUGUACCAGGAGUGAACGCCAUAUCCAAAGAGGUUACCGGACCCAAUGCUAUGGUGAAACAUUCCCUCCUGCCGGAUCGACAAAUUGAGAGCCCGCCAAAAAGGCCAAAGUCUGCCGAGGGGAAGACCUCUGCCAAUGAGCAGGUGAGAUAUUGAAUCAUGUGUCAAAGUCGUACAGGUGCAUGUCUUGUGUUUGCAACCUGAUUCCAACCUCUGACUGCUUUUUACUUACCCCCCCAGAACAUACAUCUGAGCUUUGUGUCCACAUGUUACAGCUGCAGGUAUCUCCUAGCUAAUGAGACAGGUUCUCUGUCACGGAAACUAAUGAAAUCUAACCUUCACUGUCACUUUGGGAUAAGCUAAUGGGUAGAUACCUCUAAACGGAAGGAAGCAGAAAUGCUAAGCUAAGCAUUUAGCAAUUGCUGGCGCCAGCUUUCUAUCAAAGGGUUAAACACAGUCCACCAUACUCUCCCUGACAGAGCUUUUUAGCAUCAAGCACAGUAGGUCAGUCUUUGUGCUCUUAAGUGGAAUACCUGCACUAGCCUUAGGCCCCCUCCCUGCUUCUUUCCCCCUUUUUGCAUCUCUUUAAAUUAUAUGUGUUUUUAAAUUAGAUUAUGAAGUAUUAGCUUGUCUACUUCUGGGCCCUGCAAGGAGGGAGGACUUAGUCAUUUCAGAAAUGGAUUCUAUUAAGACAGGUGGUGGGGAGGCAGCUAUGUUAGGAGUACUCCCUGUAAUGAGGGCAAAGCGUAGCUUGGGAGAGAACACACCUUUGUCAUCUGUAAUACCCUGAUUAGAAAUUCUGGCCGAUCGUGUUUUCUGCUAAUAAAAUUGCAUGAGUUGCGAGACUUAAGUGAAUUACAUGAAACAUGGUUGAUCUACAUUUUCAGUGUUAAGGUGGGCAUGGGGAGUGGUUAGGAGAGGUGAGAGUGGUGAGAGGAGCUGAGAUAGCGGUGAAGACUCAGAAAACCCUAAAAAUAUACGCUUACUCUUUUAAAAUGAAGGUAUUGUCAUCCAAAACAACUCAGCUGCUCUUGAUUAAAACUUAAAAACAUUUUUAAAUGAGCCACUGUGGAGAUUGAAUCCAGUAUUUAGACCUUGACGCAUGACUCCAAUAUGCCAUCUCGUUAAUUCAACAAAAUUUGCUAUCUUGGUGCAUAUACUAUAUUUUCAAUUACAAGAGGCAAGUGUUGCAGUUAAUAAUCCAGAGCAAAAUCUAAGGAGGACUUACUCUUUUGCUCAUAGAGGGAGUUAAAGACCAAUUUCUAGUCAGUGCUUUGCAAAAUCAGAAACUAAGCAGAGCUGUAGUUUAACCACCAGACUAAAGACUGUUUUAAGCAGAUGUGCAGUCUUGUUAAUCUUUGGGAUGUUGUUUUUAUUAUUUCUUGUCUUUAACCAGAUACUUAUUAUGGAAUCCUGUUUCUUUUUCUUUUUCUUAGGUUCAACAGUGCCCAUACUGCAACUACAGCAGUAAAGAUGCCAACCGCAUGCAGCUCCAUGUGAUGUCCCAGCAUUCAAUGCAGCCGGUGAUCCGCUGCCCACUGUGCCAGGAUGUCCUGAGCAACAAGAUUCACCUGCAGUUGCAUCUCACCCACCUUCACAGUGUGGCUCCUGACUGCGUGGAAAAGUUGAUUUUGACUGUACGUGGGAAUAACGAUUGAUAAUAAGAUUUGCCUGUGUCUCAUUUGUAUGUUUGCAUAUUUGCAAAUCCUUUCGCUUUUCAAAAACAAAUUGUGACAUUGAUUUAGAGAGAAGCAAGUAUAAAGGUGAUGAAGUUGAAUUUUUUGUUUCAUCAGUUUUAGUAUUAAGAAAGCAUUAGAACACUGAAAUCUAUAUCUAUUUGAAUGCUUACUUUAAUAAGUGUAAUGAAAUUCAACUUGUAGGCCAAAUGACAGUUAAAAAAUGUACCAACUUUUAGGUACACUUGGGAUAUAUUUUUUAUCCACAAUCUUAUAUCAGCAUUGAAAUUGCAAUAAGGAUUAAAAAAUGUGUUUCUAUCUUGAUAGGUUGUUGGACCCGACACAGCAACACCAAAUAACACAAUGCAUCCCCAAGCUGGACAAGACAAAGGUCUGUCUUUGAUGGAUCCCUCUACCUCUCUGACUGAUGGGUCAGGAAAGUCUCAAGGUGAGUUGUGUUUGACAACUAUUGACAAUUAUAUCAGGAUUUAUGUGUUACUUUGAAAUUAUAUGUAUUUGGUGCAAUGUAUUUUACAUCAAACUGAUGUUUUUUUUUCUUAUUUUAGGACACAACUCAAAGGAUGAGCUGAUCUCUCAAGACAAGAAUGACAUGGACCUCCAGAAUGAUGAACUCAAGCCUCCAAAGGAGGCCUCAGAGGCCCCAGGCUGGAAGAGAGCUAGUGGAUUAGGACAUGGCAGCAAGUCUCCUGAUACCCUUCAAGACCAUCUCAGUGAGCUCCAAAGGCUCCAGCAGCAACAACAACAGCUGUCAGUAUCUGACCGUCAUGUCUACAAAUAUCGUUGCAAUCACUGCAGCCUGGCCUUUAAGACAAUGCAGAAGCUUCAGAUACAUUCCCAAUACCAUGCCAUCAGAGCAGCCACCAUGUGCAGCCUUUGCCAGCGCAGCUUUAGGACAUUCCUGGCUCUCAGGAAGCAUUUAGAAAAUGGACACCCUGAACUUAGUGAGGCUGAGGUGCAGCAACUCAUCGGAAAUCUGCCGCUGAAUGGAGAUAUCACAGAGAGUGAGGCCAGGGCCUUGGAAGAAGCUCAGGCUUUUGAACAUGACUUGGACAAAGAUGAUGAAAUGGACCAAGAAGAGAAGCCCAGUCCGACAGGAAGUGACAGUGGCUCUCUGCUAGAUGACAUGGGAGCAGAACCUAAACGGACCUUACCAUUUAGAAAAGGGCCAAACUUUACAAUGGAGAAAUUUUUGGACCCUUCUAGGCCUUAUAAGUGCACAGUAUGUAAAGAGUCCUUUACCCAGAAGAACAUCUUGCUUGUUCACUAUAACUCAGUUUCCCAUCUGCAUAAGUUAAAGAAGGUUCUUCAAGAGGCAUCAAGCCCAGUUCCACAAGAGACAAGCAACAGCAUUGACAACAAGCCAUUCAAAUGCAAUAUUUGCAAUGUUGCUUACAGCCAAAGCUCAACACUUGAAAUUCACAUGAGGUCAGUACUCCACCAGACCAAAGCCAGAACAGCCAAAUCUGAAAUGAGCAGCAGUAGCAGUAACACUGGCUCAAGUUGUCCAGUGCCUGCAAAGAGCCCAGCCCCAAGCACACAAGUGAACAACAGCAACACAGAUACUGCGAGAAGUGGCACACCCUCUGCUAACAAAGAAAACACUGUGGAACCCAAAGAAGCUAACAGCAGCAGCAACACAAAGCAGACAACAUCUACUGACCGUGUUUCAUCACAAGCAGCCAGCCACCAGUCUGCACAGUCCUCAGCCCAACUGCAGCUUCAGCUCCAACAUGAGCUCCAGCAACAGGCUGCCUUCUUUCAGCCACAGUUUCUUAACCCAGCAUUCUUCCCCCAUUUUCCAAUGACCCCAGAAGCACUACUGCAGUUCCAACAGCCACAGUUCCUGUUCCCCUUCUACAUCCCAGGUGCUGAGUUCAACCUUAGCCCAGAACUUGCCCUACAUUCAGCAGCAGCUUUUGGAAUGCCUGGCCUUACAGGGUCAUUCCUGGAGGACCUGAAGCAACAGAUGCAACAGCAACACCAGUUGCAGCAAGCUCAGGCCCAGCAGCAGGCCCAACAACAGCAGCAGGCCUCUCAGGCACAGUCACAAAUUCAACAACAGAAAAACCAGCAGCUGCAGAACCACAAACAAAAGGUUGAGUGCAGUGGUGGUUCAGUUUCAGAAAUGCUGAUGCCAAGAGACGCGGAGGACCACCUAGAAAAACAGGAAACUCGAGCAAAAAUGGAGAAUGGAAGUGAUGCAUUAAGUGAUGGAGGAAAAGACAGCCGAGACCCUAAAAAGUCAAAGUUCCCAGAGCCAUUGAUUCCUCCUCCACGUAUUGUGUCAGGAGCAAGGGGAAAUGCAGCCAAAGCACUGUUAGAGAACUUUGGAUUUGAACUGGUCAUCCAGUACAAUGAAAACAGGCAGAAGAACCAAAAGAAAAACAAGGAUGGGAUUGAACAAGCUGAGAUGAACACUGAUAAACUUGAGUGUGGCAUGUGUGGAAAACUGUUCUCCAACAUGCUUAUCCUGAAAAGCCACCAGGAACAUGUGCACAGCCAGUUCUUUCCAUAUGUAGAGCUGGAAAAGUUUGCCCAACAAUACAGAGAGGCCUAUGACAAGCUCUAUCCAAUAAACCCUGCUUCACCUGAGACUCCACCACCACCGCCGCCACCACCGCCCCCUCCACCACCUCCACCUCCAGCUCCAGCACCAGUGACAGCCCCUCAACCACCUUCAACAUCAAUGACCAAGCCCCAAACUCCAGUACCUUCACCAGUUCCUGUCCCCCAUCAGACCUCACACCAGCCCUCUCACCAAGCAACGCAAAACCAGCCUCCGCCCCCUCCUCCACCACCUGCUGCUCCUCCGGCACCCCCCCAAGUGCAGCUUCCUGUACCCUUAGAUUUGCCCCUUUUCCCACCUCUAAUGAUGCAGUCCGUCCAGCACCCAGGUCUUCCCCCUCAGCUCGCUCUACAGCUGCCCACUAUGGACUCUCUCUCUACAGACCUGACACAGCUCUGCCAGCAACAAUUAGGUCUUGAUCCAAACUUCCUCCGCCAGUCUCAGUUCAAGCGGCCACGCACCCGCAUUACGGAUGAGCAGCUUAAGAUCCUGCGUGCAAACUUUGAUAUCAACAAUUCCCCCAAUGAAGAGCAAAUUCAGGAGAUGUCAGAGAAGUCUGGUUUGCCCCAAAAAGUCAUAAAGCACUGGUUUCGUAACACACUCUUCAAAGAGAGGCAGCGCAGUAAAGACUCUCCCUAUAAUUUUAGUAUUCCUCCUAUUACUACAUUGGAAGAUAUUAGAAUGGAGCCCCAGGUCAGUGCACAUGAAUACUACAGAACUGACGCAACCCUCAACAAGAGGUCCUCCAGGACCAGAUUCACUGAUUACCAGCUGAGAGUGCUGCAAGAUUUCUUUGACACUAAUGCCUACCCAAAAGACGAUGAGAUUGAGCAGCUAUCCACUGUGCUCAACCUACCAACUCGGGUGAUUGUGGUGUGGUUUCAGAAUGCACGCCAAAAAGCUCGCAAGAGCUAUGAAAACCAGGCUGACUGUAAAGACAGUGAGAAGAAAGAACUGACCAAUGAGCGGUACAUCAGAACUAGCAACAUGCAGUAUCAGUGUAAAAAGUGCAACACUGUGUUCCCACGCAUCUUUGACCUUAUCACACACCAGAAAAAGUUGUGUUACAAGGAUGAAGACGAGGAAGGAAAUGAUGACAACAACUGUGAGGAGUACGUAGAUUUUGUUGAGCAAUGUUCAGCUAAGUCUUCACAGUUGUCCUCAGACCCUUUCAAACAAUCACAUGGAACUGCCACUAGUUCUGGCUCAAGCUCACCUGUGAUGGCCUCGCCUCGUCCAAGCAUGGGGAAAACUUCACCCAAGCCAGAUGUCACCACUGAAAUUGAAUCUAAACAAACUGAGACCGCCCCCUCCCCAGUGAUCAAGUCACUACCAGAACCCAGACCAUCCAAGGCUUGCACACCUCAGCCACCCCCUCAAAAAGCUCCUCAGCCACAAAUGUCAAGACCCCAUUCCCAGCCGCAGGCAGCCACAGUUCCCUCUAGUCCUCUUUCUCUGGCUCUGUCUUCCCUCACUAACAGCCUCCCCCACCAGAUGCUGCAGUACCAGUGUGACCAGUGCAAGAUUGCAUUACCCACUGUGGAGCUAUGGCAGGAGCACCAGCACAUGCAUUUCUUAGCUGCCCAAAACCAAUUCCUUCAUUCUCAGUUCCUUGAAAGACCCAUUGAUAUGCCCUAUAUGAUAUUUGACCCCAACAACCCUCUAAUGGCCAGCCAGCUGUUAUCUGGUGGCCUCUCCCAAAUCCCCUCUCAGGGUAGCUCUGGUUUGGCCUCUGCUACAGGCUCUGGGGCAAUGAAGAGGAAACUGGAUGACAAGGAUGAAAAUGGCAAUGAUAAAGAAGGUGGAAACAGUAGUGAAGAGCAACACAGAGAUAAACGUUUGAGAACCACCAUCACACCAGAACAACUGGAGAUUCUUUAUGACAAAUACCUACUUGACUCUAACCCAACAAGGAAGAUGUUGGACCACAUUGCACGAGAGGUUGGCUUGAAGAAGAGAGUUGUGCAAGUUUGGUUCCAAAACACCCGGGCAAGAGAAAGAAAAGGACAGUUUAGGGCUAUAGGGCCCUCUCAGUCCCACAAGAAAUGCCCCUUUUGUAGAGCACUGUUCAAGGCUAAAUCUGCUCUAGAUAGCCACAUACGAUCAAGACACUGGCAUGAGGCUAAGCAAGCAGGAUUCAGCUUGCCACCGAGUCCAAUGAUGAAUCAAGACAAUGACAGAGGGGAAAGCCCAAAUAAGUAUAGCUUCUUUGACUUCUCACAACUGCCUACCAAGACUGAGCCAAAUGAGUAUGAGCUACCUGCUGCAGCCUCAACUCCAAUCAAACCAACUGAGGCGCAAGUAAAAAACUUCUUAAGCCCUUCAUCCAUAAAAGCUGAAAACUGUGAUGAAACUGAAGGGCCCAAUAUUAAUUCAGCAGAAACCUCAUCCUAUGAUGUCAGCAAAAUGGACUUUGAUGAGACAUCAUCAAUUAACACAGCCAUUAGCGAUGCCACAACUGGAGAUGAAGGUAACAACAACGAAGUUGAGAGCUUCACAGCAAACGGAGGAGAUAGGCUGAGUGACAACAAGACCGGCCUAUCAACAAAUUCUGAUGGUGGCAGUGAUAGGUUUCAAUUCAGCAUGGUGAGCCCAGCUCUCAGCUUCUCUGGAAAAGACUGUGACUCUUACUAUAGCUCAAGAGACGAUGACAUGGAUGAAAACAAUGACCGGAGUGAGUCAUCAAGCCUUGCUGAUCCCAGCUCCCCCAGUCCCUUUGGGGCAGGAAACCCCUUUAGCAAGUCUGGGAAAGGCAGCAGUAGUGGGGAUAGGCCAGGCCACAAACGGUUCAGGACCCAGAUGAGUAACUUGCAACUAAAAGUUCUCAAAGCUUGUUUUAGUGACUACCGCACUCCAACAAUGCAAGAGUGUGAAAUGUUGGGCAAUGAGAUUGGACUCCCCAAGCGGGUGGUCCAGGUGUGGUUCCAGAAUGCCCGUGCUAAAGAAAAGAAAUUCAAGAUAAACAUUGGAAAGCCAUUCAUGAUAAGUCAAGGCUCACCUGAGGGGCCGAGGCCUGAGUGUACUUUGUGUUGUGUUAAGUACACUGCCCGGAUGUCCGUCCGAGACCACAUCUUCUCCAAACAGCACAUCACCAAAGUGCAAGAAACCCUGGGAAACCAGGUUGAUCGUGAAAAGGACUACCUAGCACCAACCACUGUCCGUCAGCUGAUGGCGCAGCAAGAGCUGGACCGGAUGAAGAAAGCUGGUGAGGGACUCAGCCUGCCUGGCCAGCAACAGACUGCAGUGGACAACAAUAAUGCACUUCAUGGCCUCAGCCUACCUUCAGGCUACCCAGGGUUAACUGGACUCCCACCAGUGCUACUACCUGGGGUCAAUGGGCCAUCAUCACUUCCUGUUUUCCCACCCAACACACCUGGUGAGUUAGUAUGACGAACACUGAAAGAUAAAGUUAAAUAGAGUAGACGCUUUACAAACUGAGCUUUAUGAUGCACUAUUUUAUUCUACUAUACUACUGUUUAUUCUUUAUCACGGUGGUGUUUGUUAAAAAGUCUUAUUUUUUAAAACUUUUAAACAAAAUGAUGGUGUAUGUGCAUGCAUGACCUCAUCAUCAGAGAUGAACUGCUAAUUGAUAAUUCAGAGAUUUUUUAAGACAUAUGUGUCUAUAUCAUGUUUUUUGCUUGUGUUGUUUGUUUUUCCCCUUAUUGUAGGUUUGGUAUAUUUAUAUUAUAACAUUUUGGCAGAUUAAAAUUAUCAUAAAGGGCAUGUAACAGUUUUGUUCCAUAACAAAAAGUAAAAACUCAGCCAGUGAAAAUUACGCAUCUUUGCCUAGUCAUACAAACUAAUCUCCACAGUGAUUUGGGGUUGAAUAUUUAAAUAUUGAAUAUUUCCAUAUUUAUAUACCACUGUAUUUCAGCUUUAGCGUCUCCCGGUGCUGGCAUGCUUGGGUUCCCUACACCAGCCACCCCUUCUCCUGCCAUGUCUCUCAGCACUACCCCAACCAAGACUCUUCUGCAGACUCCUCCUCCUCCUCCUCCACCUCCUCCUCCUCCUCCUGUUCCCUCCACACCUUUGGCAGCAGUAAAUCAUACAGAGCAGCAAGGUAAAGACACAGAGAGAGACAGCAGCAAGAAACCAGGAGACAAGCCACCUCAGAUAAAGGUUAAAGAUCGAGAGAAUGAGAGCGGCCCGCGUCCUGAGACCCCCAGCAUGGCCAAGAAAAGGGAUAAGUCAGGUCCAGCUUCAGGGAAACCAGGAAGUGAGACAUCACUGGACGCCGCACAGCUUCAGGCACUGCAGAACGCUCUGGCAACAGGUGACCCCAGCUCUUUCUUAGGGGGGCAGUUCCUGCCCUACUUCCUGCCUGGAUUUCCAAACUGCUUCUCUCCCCAGCUCCCUAGAGGGCUCCAAACAGGGGGCUAUUUCCCACCUCUGUGCGGGAUGGAGAGCCUGUUUCCAUAUGGCCCAGCAGCCGUACCACAAGCUGCCAUGGCUGCUGGUCUCUCCCCGACCGCUCUCCUGCAGCAGUACCAGCAGUACCAGCAGUCCCUUCAGGAUUCACUGCAGAAGCAACAACAGCAGCAGCAGAAACAGCUUGAGCAGCAGCAGAAACAGCUUGAGCAGCAGCAGCAGCAACAGCAGCAGCAGCAGCAACUGAAACAAACCCCUGUGAAGACUCCCCAGAGCAUAAAGAGCACCACCACCAACUCUUUCAAACCAAAAGAAGCUAUAGAUGCUAAGGAUGAAACCAACAAAGGCUCUUCAACAGAAAGCACAAAAGAAGAACCGAAAACAGAUACCAAAAGUACCAUGGAUUUUCCAGACGCUUUUAUUGUACCGUCCGUCAAGCAUGAGUUUAUAUGCAGGAAGUGCCAGAUGAUUUUUGCUGACGAAGAUUCAGUGGUGCGUCAUCAGAAGUCCUUCUGUUACUUCGGACAUCCUUUUACUGACCCGCAAGAGACAGUGCUUCGAAAGGCAGUAAGCAACUACACUUGUGUUGCCUGCAAUGUGGUCGUUAACGGGAAUGAAGCACUUGGCCAACACCUUCAGUCGAGCUUGCACAAAGAGAAAACAAUCAAACAAGCAAUGAGAAAUGCCAAAGAGCAUACUAGAUUAUUACCUCACUCUGUCUGCUCCCCUACUCCUAACACCACAUCUACCUCGCAGUCUGCAGCUUCUUCUAAUAACACCUUUCCUCAUCUCUCUCACUUGUCCAUGAAGUCCUGGCCAAAUGUCCUGUUCCAGGCCACCACAGCCCGGAAAGCUGCUUCCUCCUCCCCGUCUGCCUCUCCUCCCCCUCCCCUCUCCUCACCUUCAACGGUUACCUCAACUUCCUGCAGCACCUCAGGGGUUCCAACCUCACUACCCACCGAGAGUUGUUCAGAUGAGUCUGACAAUGAGCUAAGCCAGAAGCUGGAUGACUUAGAUAACGCGUUGGAAGUCAAGGCUAAGUCAGCCUCUGGCCUAGACGCGAGCUUCAGUAGUAUCAGAAUGGAUAUGUUCAGUGUGUAGGAGUGACAAAAGGAUCCCUUGCUUAAAGAAAAAAAUAAGACUUUUUAAACUGCAGUUCCAAAGUUUCUCUUAACCCAAAAAAUUACAGUACCAAAUGAUUGACUCAGGAUUGUUUUUCCCAUAUUGAUAUGCUGGCAAGAUAUUGAUUGAUUUUUGUUAUGGACAGAACUGUUGCAGAUGCUUGACUGAGCUUAUAUUGUAUACAAAAACAUGGAGUAGGAAAAAAUCCCACAGGCUCCCUUGGGGGGGCUUGUUUCAAGCCAAAAACUCUCACGAUAGCAAAUUGCACCUCAGCUGGAUUGUUUUCCAAAUGCUAGCAUGUACUGUAUGGGAUGACGAUCCAGAACCCUCAAAGAGAAUCUCUCUUAGUUUAGAUAGGUGUAAUUCAGUAGCUUUAAAUUCUCAGGUCAGAACAUAACAUUUCUCAUUUGUUAAAGCAGCAACAAGCCUGGGUACACUUGGCUUAUAACCAAAACAUGUCAAGCUUUAUCGGACGCAUUUCCUUGAUGUGUAUAGAGUACCAAGAGACAAUAUUACUGUUACAGUGGACGAUGUGCAUAUCCUUUUAGUUUUUGCCCUACAAAGACAGUAUGGUUUUGCCACUGAGGGAAUUUAGAAUGAUGAAGUAAAUGUGUAUGAUGCCCCUGUGUUUGCCAGUUUGUAUUACAACAAGCUGUAUCUAUUUCCCACCCCUUUUUUCUUGUAGUAUAUACUAAUCUGUGCCAACUCUUACCCUUUCACUUUUACCUCUGCUCACACCCUUUUCUGAAGAGGUAAUAACUCUAGUUUUGAUAGACUCUCUCGGAUUAUGUGAAUAUAACAUUUUUCAUUUGUGAAUUGCUGUACUGUUACGGUACCUGCUUGUGUCUGGACUAUAGUGCACUUAUUUUGUUUUUAUUUGUCUUUUUAUUAUUUGAUUAGGCCAUUUGUUAAUUUAAUAGAAUUUUUUCUGUUUGUAUGUAUGUAUGUAUGUUUGUGUUUUAAUUAUUAUUUGUGUCUAUUGCAGCAGCAUAUUGGUCCAUAUUUGUUUCAGGAUUGAUGCCUAACAAUCUAGAGACCUAUUUAACAAUUGGUGCAUCCACGAAAGCAGUACUGUAUACUUGAAACUGUUAAGGUACAAGUUGGUCACAAUGUUAAAAAAGGUAUGAUCAUUUGCUAUACAUUUGCAAACAUGCUGCUUUAAAAGGGGGACAACAGCAUUUUUGUUGUAUAUUAAAACAUUUUCAUGUACUUGUAGGACUUAAAACAGUGUUACACCUAUACGCAGACACUUUGUGCAUAGGUCCAUGUCCUCCCAUCAGUUUUCUGGGCACUUCUGAUGAUCUACAGUUACAGUCAACAUUUUAAUUUUCCACAUUUAGUGAUUUCAACGUUGCAAAGUAUUACCUUACAAAGUUUUGCUGCUACUGUGUAAUGUUAUUUUGCUUGCCAUAAAUUCUCUCAACUUUCUACCAGACAUAAUACUGAUCCAUUAAUUGCUUUGCUUUGCUUUUUUUUUUUUUUAUUUUUAUUUUAUAUUAUUUUGUUAUUUUGCUGUGGAACUAAGAAUGUGAAAGCUGUCAAAGGGUGUUCAAUUUUUUACGAAUCACUUUCUAGUUUGGUAAUUGAAACCAAUGUGAUUCAUUCCAAAGUAACAGAAGGCUAUUUGUAUGAAAGAAAAAGGCUUGUGAACAAAGAAAGCUAAGCUGUUGUACAUAUUCGUAGUUGGCUGUGCAUGGUACAAAUUUAUUAAUAUGAAGAAAUGCAAAAAUGUAUUGCUUUUGGUAUUUCCUAUUCUGAGAUGAGCAAGUAGCAUGUAAUGCAACUGUUUGACAGGUUAAAUCAAAUCAUGCUUAGUUAUUGUUUCAAACAAUGAAAUCAAGUAACAUUUCCUCUUAUGUUUUAUUAUUGUAAAGGUGUUUUUUUUUUUCAAAGUUUUAAAGCAAAAUGUCAGUUUUUAAUUUUCUGUGUGAGCUUUUUAAUGUCAUUAUUUGGAUUUUUAGUAUUUUAACAUUUUCUUUAAUCCUGAAGACACUUUUCGAUUGUGUUUCAUAAGAGACAUCCUGGGCUCCCAAGGUGCAAUUCUGCCAUUGUACAAACAUGAGCGACUGUCCUGAUUCCAAAGGCUUUCACAACUCUGGCUUUUUGCCUUUCCCACUCUGUGGCUCAGCAUUAAAAGACUGAACUGUCCGCUAGCAUCGUGUGCUAAGAUGCUAGCUCCAGACAGGACGCUUUCCACACCAAGGACUGGUAAAAGCUAACAAACCAACAAAAAGGAUGGUCCAACAAUAUAACUGUACAUAGAUAUUGCAACUGCACAGCAGCCAAAAAGAAAAAAAAAAAGAACUUUUUAAAAAAAAUGGAUGGAUUGUGUCAUGUUUAUGGGGACAGCCUUCAAAAGGUUGAAAUUGGAAUUGUUCUUCUGGAUGUCAAAGGGAUUUUCAUGGCGCAAUCAUAUCCUACACAAUAUGUACUCUUCAACAUCUGGGUUACAUAGGAAAUGCACCCUGAGGUUUUAAUAAGAAGAAGCCCCUAUGGCUAAAACUUUAAAUAAACUAAACCAAAAAUGUUAUUGAUGUUUUAUAUAUAGAGAGUAGUCGCAUUAGUUUUUGUUACUGUACUGUUUGAGGUCUCAACUGUACCGUAUCACGGUAAUAACAUGGUUUUGAAACCUUUUUUUUAUUUUGUCACAGACCUGUUGUCAUAGUUGAAAUGACGUUUAUUGUAGAUGGUAUUUGAACAACUUCUGGAAAUAGUUCAUCAAGUAUGUUUGUUGCUCAUUGUUGUGAUACAUUAAAAACUGUAUCUGCAAACCAGUUGGGUCUCAUCAAAUGCUUUUUUGUCAUGUUUACUCUUUUGGGAUUUAAUCAAUUCAUCAUUUAAGAUGAAGUUUCAUUGGCUUGUCUUUCUUAAAUCUUCCUGACACUGAACUCAUUGCCUUCAAGAAUCAAGUCAUUUGAAUACAGUUUAUUUACUCGACAUCCAAAAAUGUUUUCAUUUUUCAACAUUUCAUUUUGCUGUGUUUUAUCAUAAAGCCAGGUGGUUUGAUUGGUUAUCGGUAAUAAGCAUCAAUGUAAGCAAAACCAUCAAAAUAGCACCCUCAGGACUGCCAAUAAAAUUGGACUUACAGAUUGAUUGAGGUUUUUAGUUGCAUGAGGUUUUUGUUUGAUGUAGUUCUCAAACAACCUUUAAGGAACUGUUUUUGUUAAGAUGGUCAAGUAUACUUAUGUCAAACAUUUGAUAUAGUAUGGCAGUGUCCGAAAUUGAUCCCUAACCCCUAUAUAGGCGACUAUAUGGGGGUUAGCGUCAUUUUGUGGGGUGUCUGAAACCUGAGUGAUCAAUUCCAAUGCCCCAUAUGACAAAAUGUAGUGACCAUCCAAUGGUCACUCACCGGUGGCUGGCAUCCCGUCAUGCAUUGUGUCUCCAGCGGCAGUCUGAGCAGUGACGUCACAACGGUGCGCCAUGUAGUGUCCGAAACCUCCGGUGAUUGAGCUCACUACAUAGUCAGCUAUGACCAUAUGGGGGUUAGGGUUAGGGAUUGAGUUAUUCAUUUCGGAUACACAGUCUAUGUGUUGUGUCAAUAUCAGGGCCAUGUCCAAAUGAUUGGCUGGGGGUGGCAUUGCCCGCCCAUCCCUGAAAUCUAUUUCACCAAACCAAGUGCCAGGCAAUGGUUUUCUUAGUAUUUAAAUGUUGCACACUUUCUUGUUUCUAGUCCAUUCAGUUGUAACUUUAAACAAGCAUUAUUUAGCUGUUUAAGAACUAAGCCAAAUGGAUCUCUCUGUUACUAUGUUCCUUUUUAAGAGUCUAAUAUCAUACACAGGAUUAUAACAACUGUGUGAUACUUAAGAAUAGUAGUUUUUACAGUAGAUCAUGAUAGAGAUGGUAGAUGUGAUUAAUAUGUGUAUUUGCACACACAGACACCCCGGCCACCCCUGUCUAUGUCAAUGCUCCAGUUUGACCACCCCUGUCAAAAAAAGGCUGGUUAUACCCCCUAUAAAGAUCCCUUUGAUAAUUGUCAUUCAAGUCGCUGCCAGACUAAAAUACCAAAUCAUAUAAUGGGUGUUUUCUGUCAUUUCGCUGUUUGUGCUAAUCUGACGCUAAGCAGAUGCAGGGGAUUAUGUUUGGAAGUGUCUGCUAAUCUGGAUUUGAUCAGGUACAGCAUGAGACCCCUCCCAUUAAAACAGGAAAGUAUAACAAAACACAUAGCCUUAACAUUCAUUUGCAGGUUCCUAUAGUAGAUUGAUGGGGAGGUGAAUCGUGUUUUGUGCCCUAACUACAUCCAGCCUUUAAAAUUCUAUUAAAAAGCAGAAUGCAGGCCAGCUUGAGACAGGAGGUUGACUUUUUUUUAGACCUGAGGUCAACAGAUGCUGUCACAUUAAAAAUUGCGCCUCAAGAACACCUCAACACAAUACAUCACACCCUGCCAGCGAGACGUGUCCGCCACCAGUGUCAGGGUCACGGAGAAAGCCGACAUUCACAAGUCGUUAAAUCCACCUAAUGAAAUUUCACAAGGGCAGCAAAAAAAUGAAGGGGAAGAUGAGGAUCUUUUCACUCUGGCAGAAUCGGUUGUGGCCUUUAUUGUUUCGCUUAACACACUUCAGUGUGCAGUGCAACAGCCGCGACAUGUAAAAGGCUCAAAAACAGCUUUUUUUUUUUUUUUCUCUCCCCCCUUCUGACUUCACCCCUCGCCCUUGACGAAUGUGCUCGGCUCACAGGGUGCAACUGUUCUGCUGAAUGGCCCUUUCCUGUUGCUCACCCUUAAAGCGCAGGCGGUUGCCGAGGUAGGGCUCCCCCCUUGCCAUAUUAUGGGAUUGAAUUGCGUUUGACCUUUGUGGAGAACAAUGGCUGAAGGCCUUUCAUUUUUCUGGCCUUCUCAGCGCCUAGAAGAAGGACCUCUUUGCACCGUGUUUUCACUGUGGUCUGCCUGUAAUUCACAGGGAGGAUGACAGGGUUGAUGUGCGCUCGCUGAAGGACUGUGCACAAGGAGACACGUACACACAAGUGUUUUGUUUGCCAAUUAUAACUUGAUCUCCAAGAAUUGACUACUUAUCGGUCAGUUGAAACAUGUAAGCUUUUAAAAUAAUGGAUUUGGACUGCGCUUUAGUGGGCCACCCAACUUUGCUACCCAACUGCGCUGUCCUAGAUUAAACAGGCCCUCUUAAGAGGAGACUAGUUCACAGCAGUUCACACUCAGCUUUGCUAAAGAGGCCGCAGAAGUGAGCGCUCUUGCCCUGAAUACACGAUAAAAGGUUUACUGUAAAUUCUAAAUGGCGUUUUCUGCAACCCAUACAUCACUCAUGACCAUUAGGUUCCACCCUCUCUGCACAGCGCACCCUUCCAGCCACAGCUUUCCAGAUGAUACAGUACAGAGGCUGCAGUUCAGGCAGAUCUGCCUUUGAAUAGCCUGCAGCCAAUGGAUUUUCUCUGGAUAAUACAAUGUUUGGGACAGAGAGGCAGGGAUUAGUCCAGACGGAUACAUCCAGCACCCCCCACAUGCCCAAUCUAAUUAGACUGGAAUCAGUUUAAGAUGAAAGCAAGCCCUAGCAUCACCGCACUAAAUACUGGAAUUAGUAUUCCCCGCAUGGGAAUUUAAUGACGGAGACUGAAAAUCCAAUCACAUUCACUCCCAGUUUAGCCCCUCAUGCAUCGGGCCUGGACAAUGACGAAACGAAAGAACAACAACAAUGAUUUGUCUGUCAAUAGAUAUUGACCAACAUCACAUCUGAGGCCACUUGCGUAUUGGCGUUGCUAUGUUGUCAUCGUUUAACCAGGAUAAACAGCUUAUAAUCAGAUAUUUAGACAGUCUGUUUCUGAUGUAAACCUUUGUCACACCAUGACUCGGGGCCAUCAUAGAAAUGAAUCAAAACAGGAAGGGGAACUAAGGAAGACGGAUCAUGUUUUCGAACAAACGUGCUCAUAAUCUUGAGUUUCUUUUUACAAUAUGUUAAUGUAUGAGUUCAGAUGAGGUCUCAAAUCAAUAGAGCAUGUGCAAAUACAAACAUGGUCUAAAGGAUUUUAUGCUAGCCCUUCAAAUUACUGCACCUGUUUUUGGAAAUAGGGAGACUUUUUUUGUCCUUGAAGCUUUUGCACAUAAAAAUCUUAGGCAUGGAGAAGUCAGUUAUUAAUCAGCUCCUUACAUCAAAGCCCUGAUUGCUGCACAGGAAUUGAAACUGUCAAAUUAUUGUUAUCAGGCAGACAGAAUCAGAUCCUUUCUAGUUUCUAUUAUCUUGCAGACUUUGAGUCUACAUUUGCUGAUAAAUCAGAACAUAUUUUUUUUCCGCUGCACACAUUCACACAAAACAUCCUCACAGUCUCUUGACUUUAUCUCGCCCUUAUUAUUAUUAUUUCUGCACAUAAGUAUAUGCAGUCAAGGGAACUCUAUUUUAAAACUGCUAAAAUGCAAGCCAUAUAUCUGCGUCAGGCAGUGAUUAACAGCAUAGGCUGGAAAUAGCUGCGGCACCUGGGUUCCAUCCAGCACACAAUAUCUCCUACACCUGCGAUUCAUCCACCAAAGCAUUACACCUGAGAAAUCAGGGAGCCAUUGUCCCC